CCUGCUGUCAGUCCGUGCGCUGGUCUCGCGAGAUGUGAUCCGUGUUUGUGUGUGUGUGUGUGUGCCGGGCCCUCCUACCUGCUACCUGCUACCUGAGUCGAGCCUGCAUGCUGGACUGGCCAGCCACCCCGGGGAGCAGCGCCCACUGACAGCACCCGGCCCCGGGCACUCCGCCAUGGCCUCAGACAGCGACACGGAGGAGUUCUUCGAUGCCCCCGAGGAGGUGAACCCGUCUUCCCCGGCUGUGUAAGUACCUCUCCCCCCUGUCUAUCACACAGCACAACCACUGUCAGCCAGCUGGAAUACAAAUCCCAUGACUCUCAGCCACCUUAGGCAAUCUCCUCCCCCCACAGCUGGAGUGCCAGAGGCGUCAGCUGUCACAGAGGGACCCUGAGUAUAAUGACAGACUUGGGAAAUCUGUCAUUCUAAUCCCAUCACUCUCAGCCAGCCUGAUGAUAAGCGUGGUAAUCCAGCAACAGGAGGCUGUCAGAUACUCUCACUGUCAGCUGUGCUUCCUGCUCUUCAAUCAGGGGGUUUUAAUGAACAUACUGUCCCCAUGUCACUCCCAAAUUUCCCAAGCUUUUACAGCUUUUGCUGCCUAGUGUUCUUGUUUUUUUUUACAUUUUAUUUUUUCAGGACCUGUUACACUGUUAUCAUUUCAGAUGUGACUCUGAUUCCCCAUUUCCUCCAUUUUAUGUUAUCAGUGUAAAAUGUCAGGAAUGCAAAGCAAAUUAAAAUGUUAGGCCUAUAUACAGUUUAGCUGUUUUGUAUAUUUUAUUUUAUUCAGCUAUCUUGGCCUAAAAUGUGGAAUUCACUUUACAUUCCAGACAAUCUAUGCUUUAGUCAACAACCCAGUCUCAUGUUGAACAAGUAUACAAGCUAGAUGCACAGCUUUUAUUGGGCUGCAGCUCGCAUGAUGACUUAACCAGCUCUAAGGAUGACAAUACAUUAAAGGAGUUGUAGUUCUGUAAAAGCUGGGGAUCUAUCUAGCUUGUGAUCAUUCCUGUUCCUCACAAGCAAUGUAUGAAAACCCCCCAUCUUCCAGCCCCCCCACACAUAAAUCUCUCAAUAUAUACCUGUCACCCCUUGUAUGCUCCCACACACUCCCUUCAUGUGUCAGCACAUAUUCCUGCCAGUAUGUUCAGCUCUUUAAUUAUGUUUCCUCUGUCUCCUGAACUUAUUAGGCUGCUUAUUAGUUAUUACACCAUGCCCACUCUUCUCAAUUUUUGUUGUGUCCUGUCAUUCUAUGUGCAUUCGUCCCUAUUAUUUGGCAUUGCUAUUUCUUCCUUUUCCCUGCUGGUUCAUUGCUUUUUAUAUAUAUAGUGUAUUUUUGUGACAUAUUUAGCAGUAUGUAUUAAACCACAUUUUCUUGUCUUCUGUCGGGUAUGUACAGACAUCAUUUCUGUUUUAAAACUCUUUGGUACCUUAUAUAAUUGUGUAACUAAAUGUAUUAAUCUCUCAUUGCUGGUUUUUAUUGCUAUAUUUUUGAAAUAGGUGAUUUUUUUUUUUUUUUUUUAGGAUUAACCCUGCCUGCUGGGUUUUUAGUUCAUAUUCAGAAAAUAGCUUUUCUUUCAGGCUAAGUAGGUCUGCAAUUUGAGAUUAGGUUAAAACCUUCCAGAUCUGCAUAUUAUGCAACAUUUACUGUUAAGCCAACUUGAAUAUUUUUGGUUUCUAAUAGAUUUUGCACAGCUCCCAUGAGACAGACGUAUGUCACACACUCUUGUACCAGGUGUGAAAAAGUUGUCAUAGUAAGAGCACUAUUACUGCUAAAAUGAGAUGUUGUGAUUCUGGUGUUUAGAAGGGCCCUUAGUUGGUUUGCAUAUCUUAUAGAUUACGAUCCACAUCACUAGUGAUUUUUUUUAUUUUUAUAUUUUUUUUUUAGAUUUUAUGCAUAAUUUUAUUAUAAGGAGGGGGAAAAAAAUGAAAGGCUUAGAAAUUAAUUCCAUUGAAUAAUAUGACAUACACAUACGAUCUUUGAGUAGUUCUAUAUUUAGUAUUCCAAAAGCUAGCUUAUUUGCUACACAGUUGUGGAGAUUACUACUGUUUUAAUUUUUCAGAUCUCUUGAUUUGAUCAGUUCUCUAAUUUAGGCCAGUCUACAGGUACCUGUUGGGAACAAAUUGCCCAUUUAAUAGUUUGACAAUGCUUAUCUUCUGCAAAGCAUUGUUUGAUCCCUACCUGUUUUUAGCUCUUUUGUAGCAGAUCCUGUAUUUCAAAUUGCACAAUAGGAAACCACCCAAACAAUUUACUUUAUAUAUGCCUUUAAAGAAUAGUUGGGUUUUUUUUGUUGUUUUUUCGUUAUUACCCUCUUUUUACCUUCCUGUCUCAACCUGCAAUGUUUUUAUUUUUGUUCUAAUGCUGAACCUGUUGGCUUGACUUCUGGGAGUUGUAGUUUAGUAGUAUGCUUCCCACAGUAGAAAGAUGAGAAGUAAGCUAUAAUUUCCAUAAGCUUGAGCUGUGCCCAUAAAGUUUUACAUGUAGGGUAAUUUCGGCAGUGCUGUUGAAAGUUAAAGAGUACCUGUCAUGCUUAUUUUAACUUAUGGUAUUUUUGUUAGAGCAUACAAUUCUACCUAUACAUUUUGCUAGCAAAUGCACAGAUUGGUAGAAAAACCUUUUUAAAAUAGGUCUUUCUCCCACCUGUCCGUCAGCUAUUUGGCAUAGGCUCUAUGCCAACAUAUUGACUGACAGACGAGCGCAGAAAAGACAUCCCACAGGCUGUCCUACUGUUAUCCACUCAUGGCAACCGUAGUACAUGUGCUGUGGUUGCCAUGGUUACUCCAUAGCAAUGUUAAUGUAGAGCAGGGGUAUACAAAAACGUUUCUUAAAUAGUGCACACAUGACAGUCUUCCGUUGUCUAAACAAGUUAAUAGGAACACUCCAGGCCCUGGUGUAGUGGUUAUGUUUAGUGUGUCAUGUGUGCCGUGGUGCUCUCUCAUGGUAAUUAGUUUUAGUACAGUUUGACAACAUACCUGGGUCCCGCCAGGACGGAAUAAGUCUUCUACUGCAUGAAAAUCAAAGUUUCUCUAUACAACAAAGCAUGGCCACGCAGGGCUGGUUUCAUUGAGAGUGUAGCAAUGCAGGGCUCAAUCAGUGAGCAAAUUCCUGCAUAAGCCUUACUUUGUUAUAGAGACCAAUUGCAGGAGAAAGCUGGAUGCUGUAAGGCUGUUUGGCAGGUUCCAAGUAAAUUGCCAAUCCAUACAAAAAUGUUAUGUCCCAUACUACCACUGGUCAGUUCCAAGUCAUUCCUGGCACCAUAACCACUUCAGAUGUAUGUAGUGGUUAUGGUGCUAAGUGUUUUAUUAUUAGAGUAUCAAUGAUCAAUAUCCUGUUUCAUGGUCUUUAAAAAUUAGUUUGACUUGUAUAUGUGUGUGUGUGUUUACAGCAUUGACGUGUAUAAAAGAACACCCUUGUAAGGAUUUUGAAGACCUCAUAAACCAACUCUUUUUAUAUAUUUGUUUUAUUCGUAUGUUAUAAUAUUGAAUUUUGUACCACAGUAGAUGGUACAGCUUUUCAAGAGCCAUAAGACAUACCCAAGUAACUAACAUACAGCUGGCAAAUGUACAAUACUGUGCCUUCAUUCAUGUGCACAAUUGAGUUGUUUCAAGCUGUGGUCAGAUAAUUUUAUAAAAUGACCUCUGGGUGACAAAUGGGUAAAUAAUGAUUUUUGUUCGAUAACAGGGAAGACAGUCUAUUGGAUGAUCACCUAUGCCUGAAGUUUUGCAAUUAAUCAAUAAAGCAAAACAUUCACUUGACAAUUUUUAUGUAUUUACUUACAAACUAACAGCUAAAUUAAAAGAAACAGAUUGUGUUUGGAAAAAAAUAUAAUUUGUUUUUACCUUUUAAUUCAAAAUACGUCUCUCCCUGUCUUGUAGACUUCUUCAAAGGGACACUAUAGGUGCCCAGACCACUUCAGCUCAUUGAAGUGGUCUGAAUGCAGUGUCCCUGUUGCCCUUAGUCCAGCAAUGUAAGCCAUGUUACAUUGCAGGGCUAAGGCAGCCUCCAGUGGCUGUCAAUCAGAGAGUCACUAGAGGUGCUUCUUGAAUCUUAUCUGACUCUAAAUCCCUUAACUGAUGAUGCUCUGCAUAAGGACAUCCAGUGUGGGUAAAAUCCCCAUAGGAAAACAUAACAUCUUUGUAUUCCUAACACUAUAGAAUCCCUUUAACCUAACGUCCACAAUUCUGUGCAUGUUUGGCACUAUGGAAGGAAUGCAAGAGCAUAUAUGCCCUUAAAUGGCCCAGAGCAUUGCGAGGACAUGAUGUUGCCUGAAUGAGUAAGUACUGAGGAGAUGAGGUUUAUUUUUUUUUUUUAAACUUACAUAUGCUGCGCUAAGUACACCAAGUAAAAGCUUCAAAAGUGUUAACUGGUGAGGGUGUAAACAUCACUUCCAGUACUUUAAAAUACUUUUCCUGGUUAUACAGGGCUGCUUUACUCUUGGGUAGCUUCUCCAUCUCAGCUGAAUUGGACAGGAAAACAACAGACGUAAUAUAGAAGGAACCCCAAAAAUUGCACCAUUCAUUUUUCCUGUUCUCUCAGCAGAUCAUGGCCAGAAAUAGUUAAGGUUUUUGUAUUCUUUAUUUAUUUAUUUAUUUUUACUCAAAAAUCCUAAAUGUUGUUGCAGUAACUUAAGAUUAAGUUUAUUAUUAGCAUAAUUUCAAAGAAAGCAAAACUGAACACUGAAUAAGUAAUUACGAUGGUUGACAACAACUGCACAUGCAAUCUUAUAUUAUGAGAAUAAUCCAGUAAAAAAUAUUCAAGAAAACUGUACAAAAUGUUUUGAGUGCUGUCCAGAAUAGGAGUGUUGCUCAACCAAAUAGAAGUCUCUGAUUCUUUUCAGUGGAGCCUGAUUAUAUGCUAUACAAACCUGCCCAGCAGACACAGCCUAUCAUUGUUGCCCAGAUGUGCAUGUAUAAUGCAUAAGUUUCACUUUAAGAGGCAUCAAAACCACUACAGCCCAUUGUAGUGAUUAUGGUACCAGUAGUACCAUUGCCUGUUCUCUGGUAAUGGGGCAGGACAGUUACUAAUGGUGUCCACUGGACUUUUGCAGAGCUGCAGAAGCCAAAAGCUGAUCCAGUCACCAUUUAUAGACUGAGAGCGUCAGCUGACCGCUCUCGGCCAAGGAAUGGCACAAUAUGCAUGAAAAUACUGAAGUGGUCACGGUGCUUGGAGUAAUUCUUUAAGUACAGUUGGUGCACAUGAACUCAUUGAAAGUCGAUAUAUUAUUUAUGCCAUACAUUUAUUGGUAAUUUGGUAGUACCAUAUGUACUGCAGAGUAUAGGUUUUUACUAAAUUAUCACAUGUACAACUGAGACAUUUAAAGAGUUGCAUUUUUGAACCAAUAGAUAUAUGCUAAAGUGUCUGCAAAUAAUACCUGCCCACCACUAAGCAAAACUACUUGUAUUCAGAAGUAUUUCUUGAUGUCUACCAUUGCUAGGACUGAAUAUAAAUAUUUUGUGAUACAAAGCCAAUCUAUUAAAGGGGCAUACAUCACUUUGAGACAGUGGUCUCACUCAAAAGCUUUUAGCUUUGAAUUAAAGGAUCACUAUAGUGUCAGGAAAACAAACCCGUUUUCCUGACACUCUAGUGCCCUAAGGGUGCUCCCACCCCUGAGGGGCCCCAUCCCUUGGCGCUGAAGGGGUUGAAACCCCUUCAGAUACUUGCCAUAAUCCAUACUCUGGCUUCCUUGGCGCUGGUGACCUCUCCGCCCCUGCCUACGUCAGCUCCCAAGUGGAGCAGAAUGCACAUGCGUGGCAAGUGCUGCGCGUGCAUUAAAACAAUCCAUAGGAAAGCAUUUCUUAAUGCUUUCCUAUGGAUGUUCUGCACCAGCGUUGCAGAAGCGCCUUUAGCGGCUGUCCGGAAGACAGCCACUAGAGGUGUGAUUAACCCUGCUAUGUAAACAUAGCAGUUUCAUAGAAACUGCUAUGUUUACAUCUGAAGGGUUAAAACCUGAGGGACCUGGCACCCAGACCACUUCAUUGAGCUGAAGUGGUCUGGGUGACUAUAGUGUCCCUUUAAACAGUUGCCUAACUUUGCAGGCUGAUAAAAAGCAGGUAAAUUAUUGAUUUUCAUAUGCACCUGCUUCUUCUUUCUUAUGCUUUCCACACCCACGCCCGGGGGGACACUGAUCUAACCAAUCAAUGUCCUAUCCCUUAAGAUGCUGGAAAUGUGCAUUGGGCAAUGCCUGACAUAUUUACACAUCUAUAAGGGGUGGAAUGCGGAAAAAUCUCUCCUAGUCGAGGGCAUGCUUAACAAUGCAAUUUUGACCAAGUUUAUAGUAAGUUAAUAAAUUCAUUACGAGUUUUCCAAUUUUUGCUUGCUUUAUUUUUGUUUGUAUAUUUGCUUAAAAGUGUUUGCUUGCUGGUUUAAAACAAAAUAUGAUCAAGUGAUGCAUGUUGCUUUUAAUUACCUGAACUGUUAAUACUUAUGAUGGUCACUGAUAUUGUGGAUAGGUGUGUGGGUAUUUGCCAAUAUUGAAAUUUGCAAAGAGUGAACGAUCAAGGCAUGUUGAAUAAUAUAGGGUGUAACUAAGGGCACAGAUCCUCUUUGGUGUUUUCGUAAACGUGCAGGAGGAAUAUGUUGGCCAAGGAGAAUAACAAAUACUGCCCAGGUUACACCCUUUAAUAUCGCAAGGAACCGGUUUAAUCAUAGCUAGCAAAUCAAUUUCCCAGUUUUUUUUCUUCUGUUUGGACGAUUAAUGUAUCAGUGACUGUUACUAUAAAAAGUGGUCAAAAUUACCACCUGUUUUUUAUUUUAAUACAUUAUAUAAGGUGUGUGUGUGUGUGUGUGUGUGUGUGUGUACAUACAUACAUGCAGUUAAAAGAUCUAGGAAGCCAAGAGACGAACCCAUGAAGAGGGGCACUAUUCAUUAGAAUCUUAUUCAGGGACAUUUUUUAGUUUUAAUGUAUGAUAUUUCUGGACUACUGACUUCAUUUGAUGACAAAUACAAUGAGGAAUCAGAGUGGUGGUAAACUAUGAUUUGCUCCACAGAUAGUUGGAAUAACUAAUUUCUUCUUCUUCUUUUUUUUAUUUUUUUUUUACUGCUGUCUUGAUCCUUAAAUUGGCAUUUAUAGUCGUCUUUGGGUACUAUGCUUUAAUGUUUGUAUAUCCGUUUUUGGUUUGACAAAAAUCCGGGAUCUCUUUCUAGCUUAAGGCGACAGUGUAGGCACCCAGGCCAGUUUAUCUCAUUUAAGUGGUCCGAGUGCAGUGCUGCUGUCUGUUUGAAACCUUCCGCUGCCGUCUUCUUCCAGCUGGUCCUCUUUAGCUCCGGGAUGGGUGGACUGACACUUCUAGACAGCGGUAACUCUGCCCAGUGUCUAGAAGUGUAAGGCGGAGAAGAAAUACUGAGAUAAAGUAGCACCUACAUUGUCUCAGUAUUUCUCUUGAAUGGGUUUGAAUUUCAGUGAAAUUCCAACAGUCAAUUUGAGAAUUUUAUCAAGAUUCUAUCUUUAUCAAAUACCAAUUUGUUAGAGUGCUGCUUUAAAGGGACACUAUAGUCACCUUAACAACUUUAGCUUAAUGAAGCAGUUUUGGUGUAUAGAAAAUGCCCCUGCAGCCUCAUUGCUCAAUCCUCUGCCAUUUAGGAGUUAAAUCCCUUUGUUUAUGAAACCUAGUCACACCUCCCUGCAUGUGACUUGCACAGCCUUCCAUAAACACUUCCUGUAAACAGAGCAUUAUUUAGGCUUUCUUUAUUGCAAGUUCUGUUUAAUUAAGAUUUUCUUAUCCCCUGCUAUGUUAAUAGCUUGCUAGACCCUGCAAGAGCCUCCUGUAUGUGAUUAAAAUUCAAUUUAGAGAAUUAUUUAAGGUAAAUUACAUCGGUUUGAAAGUUAAACCAGUUUUUUUUUUUCAUGCAGGCUCUGUCAAUCAUAGCCAGGGGAGGUGUGGCUAGGGCUGCAUAAACAGAAACAAAGUGAUUUAACUCCUAAAUGACAGUGAAUGGAGCAGUGAAAUUGCAGGGGAAUGAUCUAUACACUAAAACUGCUUUAUUUAGCUAAAGUAAUUUAAGUGACUAUAGUGUUCCUUUAACUCCACCUCUAGUGGCUGUCUUCCAGACAACCACUAGAGGCCCUUCCAGGUCCCUAACAGAGUUUUACUCUGCUAUCCGAUGUUAGACGUCCUCACGCUUUGCAUGAGGAUGUAUAACAUCUUCUAUGUAACCCAAACAUUGAUUCAGUGCUUUCCAAUGGAGAAGUUUUAAUGCAGUACAUUAGGUCUCACCAUUGCCAUGACAUCACAGAUGGAGGAGACCUAACCAGUGCCAAGGGAGCCUCUGUGCUGGGGAAAAAAGGUAAAUAUUUAUGUAUUUUAAAAAAACAAACACUUUUUAUGGCGAGCAGGGGUGGAUGUCAUAUAAACUUAGUGACAGGACACUAUAGUGUUAUGAAAAUUGGUUUAUAUUCCUAAUGCUAUAGUGUUCCUUUAAGCAGAACCGCUCUACUCGGUCUUCACUUUUACAUGAACUGCUCAUAUCCAUCCAACCUUGAGUGGCAGUCAGUGAUAGGUGAACCUCCUUUGUGAUGGCAGCGUGUCAUUGGCGUUUACAUUUGAACGGAAAUGAAAGUAAAAUUUCUGCAUUAGCUGACCUCUCCAGCAGAGAAGCCAAUGCUAUGGGUGCUGGCAGCUCCUCUAUUGGCUAUUUGUCUUGCUGUCCCUUUUAAAUUUUGACACCUGCAAUCUCAUCUUUCUUAUAGUUGUAGAUGUGAUUUAUUUUCCAGUACACAGCUUUGCAAUGCAAUGCAAUACAAUACAAAACAUUUCAAUAAUGAGGUAUGCCAAAGUGUGUAAAAAAAAAAAAAUCAAAAAAAAAAUCAAAGCCAGUUGUCUGACCAAUACUAACAAAUUGUUUGAAUAUUUAUUAAUUUAUAAAAUAUUUUACCAGGAGGCAUACAUUGAGAUUUCUCUUGUUUUCUAGUAUGUCGCACAAACACUGCAUUGUUGCUAUAGGGCAGGCAUAGGCAAUGUUUGGCACUCCAGAUAUAUUGGACUACACCUCUCAUGAUGCUUUGCCAGCUUUAUGGGUGUAAGAGCAUUACGGGUGAUGUAGUCCACAUCUAGAGUGCUGAAGGUUGCCUUCCCCUGCUAUAGGCUAUAAUAUUAUAUAACUAUAUAUACACAUAACGCAGGGCUCGACAAAUCCCAGGCGCCAGGUCGCCAUGGCGACUAAAACUUUUGCGAGGGCGCCUGGGAGUUGUCAACGUUUUAUCUAAAACACCUGGCUGGGCAAAUAAUGGAGCCGGCCGUCGACCUGCGGGAGCAUGUAGGCGGCCGGCUAAGUGAGCGUUGUAGCCAGGCGGCCGGCUAAGUGAGCGUUGUAGCCAGGCGGCCGGCUAAGUGAGCGUUGUAGCCAGGCGGCCGGCUAAGUGAGCGUUGCAGCCGGCCGCCCUGAACUCCAUGGAGGCGGCUGGCUCAGUGGAGCAUCAAGGCGGUCGGCCGGGGCAGUGUGCGAGGGAGCAGUGAUCUUCCUGCGGCUCCUCUCUGCUCCCUUGCGCUGUGUAAUGAUGCCGGGAGGCGGAAUAUGACGUCAUUCCUGCCCCGGCAUCACAGGGUGCCGAGAGGAGCUGCAUGGUAGAUUACUGCUCCCUCUCACACAGGAAGAGAGAGCACCCCCACUAGACCCCAGGGAACGUCCACUCAGCUCUCCCAAAGGUAGGGAAGCUGGGUGGAUAAAAAAAUAAAAAAUAAAAAAAUGUAAAUUUGUGUUUGAGAAAGUGUAUGAGUGUGUGUGCGUGCGUGUGCAUGCCCCUGUCAAUGUGUGUGUGUGUGUGUGCAUGCCCCUGUCAGUGUGUGUGUGUGUGUGUGCAUGCCCCUGUCAGUGUGUGUGUGUGUGUGCAUGCCCCUGUCAGUGUGUGUGCGCAUGCCCCUGUCAGUGUGUGUGCGCAUGCCCCUGUCAGUGUGUGUGCGCAUGCCCCUGUCAGUGUGUGUGCGUGCAUGCCCCUGUGUGUGUGCGCGCAUGCCCCUGUUCUUGUGGCGCGCCUUCCUGUGUCUUGUGGCGCGUACUGGCCUCUGAUAGCAGCGCGUACCCCUGUGUCUGUGGCAUGCCCUGUAGCAUGCCUGUGUCUUGUAGCAUGCCCCUGGCUCAAUGUGGCAUGCCCUGUGUCUUGUGUAUGCCCUGUGUCUUGUGGCGCAUGCCUGUGUCUUGUAGCGCGUACUAUUUGUGUGUGUGUGUGUGUGUCGCAUGCCCCUGUGUGUGUGUGUCUGUGUGUGUGUCUUGGCGCAUGCCUGUGUGUGUGUGUCUUGGCGCGUACCCUGUCAGUGUCUUGUAUGCCCCUGUCAGUGUGUCUUGGCAUGCCCUAAUCAGUGUGUCUUGGCAUAUACCCCUAUCAGUGUGUCUUGGCGCAUGCCUAUCAGUGUGUCGCGCAUACCCCUGUCAGUGUGUCUUGGCGCAUACCUAUCAGUGUAUGCUUGUAGCGCAUGCCCCCCUGUCAGUGUGUCUUGUAGCAUGCCUGUGUGUGUGUGUCUUGUAGCGCAUACCCUAAUGUGUGUGUCUUGUAGCGCAUACUGUGUGUGUGUCUUGUAGCAUACUAAUAUUAAUGUGUGUCGCAGCGCAUACCUAAUAAUAAUGUGUAUGUGUGCAUGCCUAAUAUUAAUGUGUGUGUCUGUAUACUAUGUGUGUGUGUCAUAGCGCAUGCCUAUAAUAAUGUCUGCCGCAUACCCUAAUGUGUGUCAUAAUACUAAUAAUGUGUGUGUCAUAGCGCAUACCCUAUAUAUGUGUAAUAAUGUAGCGCAUACUAUGUGUGUGUCUUGUACAUGCCUAAUAGCUUUUAAUAAUGUCUUGCAUACCUAAUAUGUGUGUGUGUCUUGCUUGGCAUUACCCUAUGUGUGUGUGUGUCUUGUAGCGUACCUAUGUGUGUGUGUGUCUGCUUGCUUGUGCCUAUGUGUGUGUGUCUUGCUUAGCAUUACCCCUAUGUCUUGUAGCGUACCCCUAUGUGUGUGUGUAUGUACUUGAUACCCUAAUAAUAUGUGUGUAUGCCUUAGCACAUGCCUAUGUGUGUGUGUGUCUUGUGCCUAUGUGUGUGUAUGUAGCAUUACCCUAUGUAUGUAUGUGUGUCUGCUUGCUUGUGCCUAUGUGUGUAAUGUAUGCCUUGCGUACCCUGUGUAUGUGUGUGUAUGUAGCAUUACCCUAUGUGUGUAUGCCUUGCUUGUGCCUAUGUGUGUGUGUAUGCCUUGCGUGCCUAUGUGUGUGUGUAUGUAUGUGUGCCUAUGUGUAUGUAUGCAGCAUGCACCCAUGUGUGUAUUAUGUAAUACUUAGCGUGCCUGUGUGUGUGUGUGUAGCGUGCCCUGUAAUGUGUGUGGUAAUGCUUGUAGCGUGCCCGCAAUAUUAUUGUGUGUAGCGUGCCCUGUGUGUGUGUGCAGCGCGCGUGCCCACCAUAAUAUUGUAUGUCUUGUAGCGUGCCCUGUAUUAUUAUGUGUGUAUGCGUGCCUAUAUUAAUGUGGCAGCGUGUGCCCUGUAAUAAUAAUGUAGCAGCGUGCCUGUGUGUGUCUUGUAGCGUGCCCUAACGUCUUGUAGCGUACUUGUCAGUGCUGUAGCGUGCCCUAUCGAAUGUAGCGUACCCCUAUCCGAAUCUUGCCCAGCAGCGUACCCCUGUCAGUGUAGCGCCUUAUCUGUCUUGCCUUGUAUAUAUCUAAUGUAGCGCGCCCUGUCUGUCUUGUAGCAUCCCUGUCUAUCUUGUAGCGCGCAAUAUGCCCUGUUAGUUAGUGUGUCUGUUUAGGUACCUGAGAUCACGAUUGAUGUUUUAACUCACUCUUUUUUUACCCACGCUGUGCAGGUUUUGACGUGGCUUUUCCCGCCUCCAUUGCUGAGUUCAUAAAUCUUUUUGAUCUCAGCUAAGCCAAUGCUUUCCCAUAGGAAAGCAUUGGGAGAAUAUUGCGCAUGUUCUGUAUGGGUAACAUUUAGCGCCUCCAUGCAGAGCACUGACACAGUACUCUCUAGUGGCCGUCUGAGUGACAGCCACUAGAGGUCUUAGAAGGCAGGAAUGUAAACACUGCCUUUUCUCUGAAAAUGCAGCGUUUACAUUGAAAAGGCUACAGGGAUAGGCUAUACGCACCAGAACCACUACAUUAAAAAAAACAAAAAAAAAACUGGCUCCUAGAUUCCAAACAAAAUUGUCAAGCCCUGACAUAAUGAUUAAUAAAUAUAGUCAACUAUGACAGGUGCAUUCUGUAUAUAACAUAUUUAUUAGUCACCAGCACCUAGAAGAUUGUUGUGCAAGAACACACUGCACCUUUCUUUUAACUAGGGUAAACUUGAAUGUCUAAUGAUGGAUUCUGUAGCCUGACCAGAACAGGUCAAAUACCUUCAACGCCUCUAUUCUGGGCUGUGUUUUUGCCCUUGCUAGGAGAUUGUUUGAUUUUCAGAGCCUGCUGCUGACAUUGUAGGAUUCAGUUAAUUUAUUUUGUUCAUCCUGUCAUGUUCUUAGUAAAAGGUGAAAGACUGCCCUUGGACUGUAAAAAAUAACAAUGGAGGGAAAAUCAACUCAAAAAAUGGUCCAAUUUUUCCAGGUUUAAAUUUUAUUUUCUUUCACAAACAUGUUUAGACUUUUUGUUUUGUUUUUUGGUAAAUGGAUAAAAUCUCAAAACCUAUGUUAAAAAUUUAAAUGUGAAACAAUUUUAAUCAAAAAAGCCGCUGCCAACUCAAUAGCAAACUCCAAAGCUACAACCACAUAUGUCUUGUAAAAUCAGUCAACAAAAGAAAGAACCAGCAAAGUCUAAAAUAGUCCACGUUAAGUACAUCUAAAAGAGCCAAGUGAAAAAGGCAUCAUGGUGUAAUAGUGAAAUCUGCUCAAGUCAAAAUACAAUCUUUAAAAAUGUAAAAAAAUCACACCCGUUUGGGCUAUGAAAGCAUUCUGGCCUAUUGAUGGUCAUGGGCAAAAAAAAAUAUAUAUAUUAAUCAUCUGUAGUGUAGUGCUGUACAAUGCUGGCAUACCAACAAUACCUAAUAAACAGACCACUUCCAUGGGUGUUUGAGACCGUAACACCCCUUAUGUUUUGCUUGAAAUCAUUGGGACACACAGUGAUUUCUGUGUUAAUUUGGCAAUCCUGAAUUUGUUGAAGUGGUUCUUUCACAUUCUGGGAUCUUUGCAUUAUUUGCAAUAUUUGGGGACUUUGCUUCUUGGUGUCUGGUAGCCUACCUUACAACCUCCUCCAUCUGCAUUUAUUAGAUCCUUCACAUUGCUUUGCACUUGCUCGAGAUUACAUCACUGAAGUCUAUGGAGAAUCUGUGAGACAGCGGAGACUCCAUAGAUGUUCAUCGAGACAAUGCCUUAUUACAACCAAAACUUGGCAAAGGUAGCUCCACUUUUUGUCAAGUUUUGUCAAGCAUAAAAAAAAAAUACAUGCGUUUUAGGAGAAAUAGGCUGAAAAAGAAUAGAUUAGGAAUAAGGAAGAGAAAAUGAACAGAUUGAACAGAUUGUGGCAGAACUGUUUUAAGAAGGACUUGUUAAGAGGGACUCCGCAGUUUGAAUGCUGGAGAAAUCCUCCAGUUUUUGUCAAAGCACUUGGAAAUGGUUUGAAUGACACCUGAAACUAGAAGUCUGUCUAUCUAGUAAAAGGGUUCUUCUCUGAUGUAAUAUAAGAGAAACGCAGGGUUAUUUACUAAUCAUUAAAAUAAUGCAUUUCAUUUAUAAUUCUAUUCACAAUAUAAAACACAAAUUUAAAAAUGUUAUUGAUUUUUCUAUUACCAGUAACAGGAUAUUCUGUAUAGCAUUACAUGACUUUCCAGUUUUAAUGUGUGUCUUUCCUAUUGAUUAAGUCACCAUUAAAUGUUUCAAUGCAAAUCUUCAAGAAGUUGCCCUGAAGCAGAUCAUGUAACAGUUUGGAGUAAAGCCUAGUUAAUAUGUGGUUUUGUAUAUCUGUGGAACCAAACAGUAUCUCAGUACUGCCUCUUGAAUUUGUUGCAUUGAUUUUUAUAAAAUUGAUAAGAAUGGUAAGCUGCUUUCACAUUGUAGCACACAUACCCGUAGGUCACGCAGAUUUAAAACCAAUAAACUACACAAGUGUGAAGGAGUCUCCAAACAUGGUGUUCUCCAUUCACAAUGGAGUACAGACUAUUGUUUGCUAGUAAGGAGACAACUGGCUAUUUGGAUUUAUUUAUUUCCUCCAAUCUGGGUAUCAUUUGUAUUAAGCAACACUCAGAAUAUAUCAUAGCCCUAUUACUAACCAUUAGCAAGUGUUAGUCUACUCCUCCCCAAUGGCUGCAUUUAGAAAGCAGGAAUAUUGCGUAUAUUUCCCUAGUGCACACCUCUCCCUACUUCCUCAUGGCUCACUGGGACUGUAAUGAUACCAGAGACAGCGUUCUCACAUAUUCUAUGACCUAUAUAAUACUUCUCGCUCAAGCCACUUGAUUGUGAUAUAUGGGCAGUGGAAAAUAGGCACACCACUCCUAAUACAUUUCCUUAAGAAAUAGGAAGUCAGGCUCCUGUUCAACAACAAAAUAAGCAAUUGAAGGGGGCCUGGAGAGCAUGUUAGGUCUGCUUGUGGUAUUUUUAGUGGUUUCAUAAAGUAAUGUUGCUGCUAUCGCUGUCUGCUCCUUACAAGGAGUGAAGGUAAAACUGGUCUGUUCCCCUGUAGUGAAGAGCAUUGCGCCCUUUGUCAUGCAAUGGAAAACUACUCAGGAGUAUAGUAACCACGACACAGUAACCCAGGAUAAAUGAAAAUGAGCUACAAUUUAUAGCCACAAGCCCUAUAAACCCUUGAUGAAUUAAUACAUUUUGACUGGCUACAGGACAUUGUUUGGGUGUUGUGUUGGCUAAUAUCAUGUGUUAUAAGUGUUUGUGAAUACACCUUAAUUGAUUAUCAGCAAGUAUAAUUACUAAGCAUCGUAAGUAGUUUUGUUUAAAAUACAUCCUACAGGGCCAAUUUUAUGUUUACUAAAUUUACUUGGUGGCAACCUUGGUGCCCUGGUAAUCCACCGAUAGUUGGCUAAGAGAGGACAAAGUGGGGUUUUCCUUCAUCCAAGUGUUUAUCUACAUUGGUCACUAAACAUGGAUGAGUUGCAAAUGAUCUUCUAUAGCUGAAAUAAAGCAGUGAAUAAUAUGAGAUUCCACAUGGUUUCAUUCAAACUAGCCAUCAUCACUAAUUAUGAUAGCAUUUUCAUGGUGCUCAUUUGGUAAACAUGGCUCCCAAAUAGUCCAUAUACACUUUAGAAACAUUGAGAACUGCAUGUUCAGAAAAUGUUGCAAUGAAAGGAACACUUUAAGUAGCAUAGUCUGUAAUGCGUGCUGGCUUAUGGUACAAGGAGUGCCCUGGCACACCCUCCCAUUGUAAGUAUUAAGUCCAUUCUAGAAUAGUUUGGCUUCUUCUUCCCUGUCUACACUACAGGACUGCUGGAAAUUCUGUCUAAGCUAAGCACCAAUGGUACAGGGCUUAGCUCAUUGGCUGACACUGGCAGGGCAUAGCUCAGGUGCUUCUGGCUAUCUUUAGUGGUGGUAAGGAGCGACAUCUGGCAUUCUCCAUGUAAGACAUCAAGCAAUUCUAAAACAAUUUGACUUCUUACAAUUGGGGGUAUGUCAAACACCAUAACCAUUGCUGAUUAUUGUACUGGUUGGGAUGCUUGGAGUGUUCCUUUAAGUGCGUUGAAGAGAAGGGUGUGUGUGUGUGCACGUCUGUGUAAAAUAUAUAUAAAAAAAAUUAUAAAUUUUUUUUUUUUGUGUUUUCAAGUGUUAUAUAUGCUGCAGUGUAAUCUUGUUCAUCUUCUGAAAUGUUUGUUACACAGUAUUUUUGUUUUGUACAUACAAAAUGGUUAGCCUGGUGUGAACUUCCAAUUCCAACAAUAUGGUACAUUUUGUGUAUCUAAUUGGCAAAGAUUUCUAGAUGUCCACUAGUAAAUUACCCUAUUUUGCUCUACUUGACCUGUGUCUGAGAAGAAUUUCCUUCUCGGUUAUUUUUAGUUUUGGCAAUAGUCUUGCCAUGCUCUUUAUUUUUAAGUUUCAUUGCUUAGGUCAUAUUUGAGAGCUCCUUAUUUAGUUGCUCUUGACACUUUUUGGCUGGUCCUGCUUUGGUUACUGUUAGUCAAUUUAAUACCUGCAGUCCUGAUUAUUAUAUCAAUUUUCAUAUGUAAUCCUUUCAUGCUUGUUUACUUAGUGCAAAGCCAUUGUGUCCAGUGGCAAGAGGCAGCAAGGAGAUGGUUGGAGGAAGUUCUAAACACAGCUACAUCCAUGCUCACUCUAAUGAUAUUGUACAGUGCUGAAUUGACAGCCCUCGGGAGCUGUGUUUAGAACCUCCUGAAGCACACAGCCUCUACUAAUUGGAUGAUGAUGUGGGCUUAUGCGUUCAGCCUAAUCUGUUAGCAUGUAAAAAGUCAAAGUAACCUUUAUGUGGCUGUUUUUUUGUUUUUUUUGUUUUUUUUUAUUCAUUUGGUAAGCACUUAAAAUAAUAUUAUAGAAAUGUAUUCUGUAAAAAUAUUUUAAAGGGACACUAUAGUCCCCAGAACAACUACAGCUUAUUGAAUUUGUUCUGGUGAGUAGAAUCAUUACCUUCAUGAUUUUUUCAGAGAAAAUGCAGUGUUUUCAUUACAGCCUAGUGAUAACUUCACUGGCCACUCCUCAGAUGGCUGUUAGAGAUCCUUUCUGGGUCAUGGCUGCCAAAAAUGCAUCCAAACAUUCAGUGUCUCCUCCCUCUGCAUGCAGACACUGAACUUUCCUCAUAGAUAUUCAUUGAUUCAAUUCAUCUCUAUGAGGAGAUGCUGAUUUGGCCAGGGCUGUGUUUUAAUUGUGCUGGCUCUGCCCCUGAUCUGCUUCUUUGUCAGUCUCAGCCAAUCUUAUGGAGAAGCAUUGUGAUUGGAUCAGGCCACCACUUCUGAUGUCAGCAGACAGCUUGUUAUUCUGAGGCAAACAGCAUGCAGAGUUACAGCUUCAGGUUUGAAUACAAGUAAGAUUUUGCUAUAUUUAGGGAGGCAUGAGGGGCCCAGGGGGGGCUAGAUGGUGGUUUUAACACUAUAGGGUCAGGAAUAAAUGUUUGUGUUCCUGACCUUAUAGUGUUCCUUUUUAAGCAUAGUGGCCUUCUACCUCUACUUUCCAAAACCCCGUGAGACAAAAACAGGCCGUUUUCAACUCCUACACAUCUGACACAAUGAAUUAAAAGUAUCUGUCAGAUGUUACAUUUGCAGAAUCUAGUAGCCAAUGAAAACUGUACCAUUUAUGGUUUCUGAAAUACUAAUCCAUUUCUGUUUAUUUUUUCUUCUUAUAAAUGCAUGAUCCUUCAGAGCUGUUUAAUAGGCUUAUGGUAGAAUGUGUUACUAUUGUGGUUGAUGUAAGCUUUGCCACUAUUCCCAUUGGUAUUUCGUCAUGUAUUAACAUUUUAUAAUUUUGGUGAAGAAAAAAGUGAUUAUUAUAAGUGGUGUGUGCAUCCAUAAAUAAAGUAAUCUUCUGCAAAGCCUAGCAUCCAUUACGAAUAUAAAUGUUCUCUACAUCUAUGCAUUUGGCUCAUUAAUGUAGAUGUGUCCUCAGGAAAUAAUGAUAACUUAUGGCUGCCACACAUUAUUCACUCCAGAAUACACCUCAAUAAUAUUGGAUUAAAAGAGAAACCUUAACAAAAAAGCUGGCAUAUUUGAACGGAGACAGUCUAAGCACCAACAUUACUUAAAGGAAGACUUUAGCGUUGGGACCGACACGUACUCCUAUAGUGUUAUUUUAGAUUCAGCCUGAUAAUAAUAAUAAUAAUAACCCACAAAUAUUGGGUAUAAGGUACACUCACAGGUCUUGAUGAGAAGAUUCUUUUAUUUUAUUUUAAAACAACGUUUUUUGAUUGACGUUUCAACCCUCAUAGAGUCUUUUGCAAGAUCAAUUUUGCAGUGUGUGUGUGUGUGUGUGUGUGUGUGUGUGUGUGUAUGUAUGUAUAUAUAUAUAUAUAUAAUGUGUGUGUAUAUGAAAAAUAUUAAUGACUUACCAAAUCAGUGCGUGCCGAAAACCCGGAAGUGCUCAAUAGAACCACGUGACAAACGUGAUGACGUGCAAAUAGACGGCAUUGCUAGGCAACACGUAUAGAAAUAGCGUGCAAUCAUCUCCAUGUGACCGGCUGUACAUGAAGUGUGAAAAUAGGUGUAAGAGUGGAUUAAACACAAAGUGAAACAAUAUGUGAUGUACUAAAUAACAUAUAAAAUAUAUUAUAUAUGGAGGAUGAUAUUCAAGUGGGUAAUAUAACGAAUAACCACAUAAGAGGAUGUAGACUAUAGAUGUGGUGAAAAAAGUGGAGUAAAGUGAGUGAAAUAAAAGUAGUGAUAGUGUGAACACACAAAGUGAUAACUUGAAAAAUAAAUACAUCUAAAAGUAAACUCCUAUAAGUGGUAUGCUGAAUAAAUCUGUGCCAUAAUCAUGAAACAUCAAUGUGUACAUGCAGCCAGAUGGAUAAUAGGCAUAACUCAUAGCAUGUACCACCUAAAAAUAAAUUGUAUACUAAAUAAUACAACAUUAAGGUAUAAUACUCUAAAUCAGAUAGCAGAUAAAUCACAGUAAGAGGGGUAAAUCUGACAUACACAAACUUAAUCUGCAACCUGAGGGAUCUGUCUCAUUUAACCUCUUAAGGACACAUGACAUGUGUGACAUGUGAUGAUUCCCUUUUAUUCCAGAAGUUUGGUCCUUAAGGGGUUAAAGGCGACAACCCUACAAAUUGGACAUAGGUAUUAGACUAAUAAUGUCAAUGAACUAAAUGGUAUAUAUGUAAUCCAAUAUUGGAUAAACUAGAGAAAUAUGCAUAAGAAUAAAAAAUGAAACUAGGGGCUCUAAAGAGCGAUAAUUGUAUAAACAACUGAAUAUCCAGUGUCAAAUGACAAUAAUUUAAAUGUAGCACAGGAGAAGACAUAUUUACAGGAACAUAGAAUAGAUGUUAUACUCAUUAAGUCCUUUAGGUGUUACCGUAUCCACUUUAAAGAUCCAACAUGCUUCCCUUUGAAGCAAUAUUCUAGACCUGUCACCCCCACGGGGUAAAGGGGGGACAUGGUCUAUUGCUAUAAACCUCAAUGUGGGAAGUCUAUGAGAGGUGGCUAGAUAAUGUUUAGCCACUGGGUUGUCCAUUUUUUGGUCCCUAAAGGCAGUCAUAAUGCCAGACCUGUGUCCUCGAAUGCGAUCCCGUAGGGUUAGGUCUGUCUUCCCUACGUACGACAGUCCACAUGGGCAUGUAAUAAGAUAUAUCACAUGGUCUGUCAUACAUGUGAUAUGAUGAGAAAUCGGUAUUCUUUUCCCAUUGUGGGGAUAUACAAAAGAAUUUCCAGAGUUCAUAUGUCCACAGGUGACGCAUCCGCUGCAUCUAUAACAUCCAUUUUUCUUGUGCUGUAUGCCUUUCUUGUAGCUCUGAGUGGGAUCACUUCAAACUAAAAUAUCUCUCAAAUUUUUGUUUCUUUUGUAACUAAUAAUAGUUUUUUUACUAAAUAUGAGGGAUAGGUUCCAGCAGAACCUAAUAUAUCCCAAUGUUUUUCAAUGGAUUUGCGAAUUUGUGUGGAUCCCGUGUGAUAAGUUAAUGGUAAAUAUAUAUUUGGUGUAUCAAUAUUUGGGUCACACUUUGCUUCGUUAUUCUCCUGUGUCCAUUUCUCGAUCGCUCGGGUUUUGGCUUCUUCAAGAAUCUUCAAAUUGUAUCCACUCUCCUGGAAUCUAUUGGUCAUCUCGUUCAAUUGACUUUAUAAUAUAAUAAUAAUAUGAACACGGUGAGACAAGUGCGUUAGUAGGUGAAUUUUUAUAUUAUAUAUAUAUAUAUAUAUAUAUAUAUAUAUAUAUAUAUAUAUAUAUAUAUAUAUAAUAUAAUAUAAUAUAAUAUAAAAAUUCACCUACUAACGCACUUGUCUCACCGUGUUCAUCCUGCAUCUACGCUGGCUGAGAUAAUCAAUACUGAUGAUCUUAGCCAAUCCAAAGCUUCCCGAUGAGUAGCAACCUAGCAUCUCCUCAUAGAGAUGCACCUCUCUAGAACAUUCAUUGCCUCCACGUGGAGCGUCCAUGUCGAGUUACAGCCAUCAGAGGUGGCAUUGGACAGAAAUGUAAACCGUCUUUUUUUUUUUUUUUUUAAAAAUCUGUAUUUAGACUGCUGAACCAGCAGCGAUAGGCUCUUUGCCCCAGAACUACUGCAUUAAACUGUAAUGGUACUGGUGUCUGUAUAACUCUUGUUAAAAAAGUGAUUUUUGGGUAUAGAUGUUCCCCCUGUAGCACUGCAGAUCAAAACAUUGCUGUUUCUGAAAAAUGACAUGGUUUAUAUUUUGCACUUUAUAUGCCUCCAGUGGUUGUUUCACACACCUGCUAGGGGCUUCAGACUAAAAUAGGUUCAAUAAUUGAAUCUAUUCAGUGCUCAGCAUCAGCAUAGAAAGAAUGCUGGUGCUGAGUGUGUGUCCAGUGCUUUUCUAUGAAGAAGUACUAGAUCGGCUUGCGCUGUGUCCACACUGUGUGUCAUUAAGCUUGAUUACUUCAUGGUAGGUAGAUUAGGCUACAGUGAGGUGUCUAUCUCAACUCUGUUCUUUUGUUGUUUUCUUUUAAUUGGGGAACCCCUAAAUAUUAACAGAUAAAGGGUUUUUAUUGUAUCAUAAUAUACUAUAUAUUUAAAUGUCAUUUAAUAAGGACAUUACCCUAUAAUUCCCAUUGUCUUCUCCUGUACUUGAAGGAAAAUAGAAUCAAGAUAAUUGCAGUACAGACAUUCCCUUGACUUCUUGCAAACCCUGUCUGUUAUCCUCUUAAAUGUUCUAUAUUCAGUAAGGGACUACAGUACUACUUAUAGGCUCCAAAACAACAGUUUCCUUAUCCUGGCUGCUAAGUACACAAACACUGCAGGAAUUUGUAUUUGGAAAGAAAAUUCAAGGCUUGGGAAGUAAAUAGGGAUUUCUAUUUUUACUUCUCGGUUUUUGUUUUGGAAAGCAAUUUAUAAUUUGCUCCAUGUGAAUCAGUGUCCUGUUUGUCAUAACGGAGAGAUCUGCUACAUGCGUAGCUAAUCAUAAUUUAUCACAUUAUGAAUGUAAAAACCUCAGUUAAGUUGUUUAACCCCUUCCCUCUCAAACUCAUGUAUUUACUGACAAUGUUAUUUUACAGAAGUUACACCAGUGGUAGGAAACCUUUGGCACUCUAGGUGUUGUGAACUACAUCUCCCAUAAUGCUCUUACAGCUGUAAUGCUGGCAAAGCAUCAAGGGACCCCCACUAAGGUACCCGUUUGUCCCUUUUUGGCUCAGAAGAAUUGGAAAUGUCAUCAUCUUUUACUAUACAAGAGCCAUUAAAGGACCACUAUAGGCACCCGGACCACUUCAGCUUAAUGAAGUGGUCUGGGUGCUUGGUCCAGCUAGGGUUAACCCUUUUUUUCUAUAAACAUAGCAGUUUCAGAGAAACUGCUAUGUUUAUAAUAGAGUUAAUCCAGCCUCUAGUGGCUGUCUCAUUGAUUUUCACAGUGAGAAGACGCCAGCGUCCAUAGGAAAGCAUUGUGAAUGCUUUCCUAUGAGACUGGCUGAAUGCCUGCACGGCUCUUGCCGCGCAUGCGCAUUCAGCCGAGGAGGAGGAGAGUUCCCCGCCCGGCGCUGGAGAAAGAGGUAAGUUUAACCCCUUCCUCUCUAUCCAGCCCGGCGGGAGGGGGACCCUGAGGGUGGGGGCACCCUCAGGGCACUAUAGUGCCAGGAAAAAAAGUAUGUUUUCCUGGAACUAUAGUGGUCCUUUAAGGUUCAAAAUACAUUGGCUGCAUUCUUGUUGCCAGUUAGUGCAAAUUUCAUUCCAUCUAGGAGCAGUACAAUGCAUCUAUCUAAUAUUACUUUUUCCCCGUCUGUUUAUAACAUUGUAGUAUUUGGGUUAAAGUACAUAACAAAUGCAUGAUGAAUGAAAUCAAAUUGAAGCAAAACUUAAAAAGAACACUCUGCACCAUAACAACUUAUUAUAGUGCCAAGAGGUUCCUGGUGUUGGCUUAUUUUAAUCCAUAUAAACUGACAACAAAGGGUUUAAUACCAAAGUUUUGAAUCUAGCAUCUGUUCUCUCUCCUUACAAUUUUGUUUGAGACUUGAAUCAGGAAGCCUUGGACAGGGACACUGCUGAUUGACUGAGCGCAUCAGCUGGUAUUCUUAAAGGAGAACUAUAUAGCCAGUAACACAAACCUAUAUUUAUGAUGCUAUCCUGUUAAAACCACCAUCUAGCCCCCCUGACCCUCUCUUGCCUCCCUAAAAAUAGUGAAAUCUUAGUUGUAUUCAAGCCUGAAGCUGGCUAUGCCCCUGUCGGCCUCAGAAUAGCAAGCUGUCUGCUGAUAUCAUUACGUAAUAAGGAGGGUUAGGCGCUCUCUAUAUAACCAGAAAAUGUGAGGCAGCAGUGAACCAGCAUCAUUUCCCAAUGCCUGCUUGUAGUGAACAGAAAUGCAAAAAUAGAAAAGGUGGUAAACCGCGCCAAAAUAAUGCUCAAAAGUAGAAUAAAUAUAUCAUACAUACAUAUUGAUCUUGAUUAAUACAGCUUAGUAAAAAGACCUCAAGAGAAACACAAAAGGUACAAACAAUAGUGCAAUAUGCUAUAAUUAGUAUAUACACGUGUGGAAUUUUAGAUAAAAGGCAAACUCACACUUUACAGAGCUGCUAAGAGCUCUGCUGUGUAUCACCUGGACGGUACAAUCCCCGUCUUAGGAUAUGUAGAUGUUGAUGGUAUGGGAUAUCCAAACUCAGCCACCAUAUGUGGGGGAAAAAAACAAAAUACAAACUCCAAUGGUACAGUAUGAAGCCCAAAUUUGGAAUAAUAAAAGGUAAAUUUCCUACUUACAGUUUCCAGAGCACUAACUUGCUCUGGUGGUAGUGGCUUGUGGUGGUAUGAUCCCCACCAAAGGAUAUGUGGAUGUAGCAGGAAUCCAACAGCACCAAAAAGGAUGAUAAAAUCAAUAAGAUGGAUUAAAAAAAAAAUACACUUUAUUGUUAAACAAUAUAAAAGCUAAGAAUGCAGCUUCCAAUCCUUCACUUGACGCGUUUCACCCAGGUUUGGGCUUUAUCAAAAGUGUGGAUGUGCUUUGUAUUCCGCCUGACUUUUAUAAGGGGUCUUGAUGCUUUAAUUUUCAUCCGGUGUGGUAUAUGCAAAUUGUAGAGAUUCAUUCUGUAAUGGCACAAUUGAGUAAAAACUAUUUGGAUACCUGAGCACAGGGGUUUCCUGAAGAGAAAGCUAUUAAGUUUCUCUAUGGUUCUGUCCAUUCUUGGGGUCUUAUUCUCUGUUUUUAUGAAACACAUUUUGUUUUUCAUUUUUUUUAUUUUAUUUUUUUUACAGGUGGAGAGGGCUUUACUUCUGCUGUGGUAUUGGAACACUGCAUUUUAUAGCAGUGAUCAGAUACUUCUAUUUUCUUACUAUCCUUUCGAUCUUUGCCACUGGUCCCUCCUGUCAUGCUGCGCUUUGUAACUGAGAAUUGCUGAGAUCAGUAUAUUUACCUGAUCCCUUACUUAUUCUCUGCCCUAUCUUUAUGUCCCAGAUGCUCUCGCAAGUCUCACAGGCAUUCUAGUUCCGUGGCAACCAGGUAGCAAGGAAGCUGCAUGUACAGCCCAGACUUUGAGCAGAGAAGUAAAUAAUGCUAGAACCAGGCAAAGAUACAGAACUUCUAGCCACCAGAUGAAUCUGCCUGCAUGUCCCUCUAAUCACAUGGGGAAUUUAAUAUAAUCCAUGGCCUCUUUUCACAAAACGUGAAAACUGCAGGAGUUUUAUUGCAGUAACUGUUGUUGCAUGUUUGAGAAAUGGGUGUCUAUCCUUGAGUUGCUCUCUUCUUUCUCUCUUUUUUGACAUUUUUUUUCUUACUCUUUUCUCCUUUUGUAUUAUUUCUAACCUGUUUACCUCCCUAUAUACAAUUACGCAACUUGUACAAAGGUUCUCUCAAUUGUUAAAAUUGUUUAUAUGAUGCAAUCUGAUUGUUCGAAAAGCAUUAUUUUGUUUUAUUGCUGUUAUUUUUACAAAAGAUUAGUCUGGAAGUGCUGCCAUAAAUAACGUGUGAGCAGACAUAUAUAACCGUUUCUGAAAAGGUUGAAUAAAGUUGUCCAUCGGUUCUCCCUUCCUCCCAAAGCCAGGUACAGAGGUUAUGCAUGAUACAUUGGGAUGCUUUCAUGAUGACCUACUGCCUGCUAAACAGAGAAUCAUUAGGUCUGCAAUGUUCCAAACAAAUCUCUACAUCGUAUAUGGAAUAAUGAGCAGUAUGAAAAAGGUAAAAAUAUUUAAGAGAAAAACAAACCCCACACAUUUCCGAAGUACUAAAUAGUUUACAGUUGACCCACCAAAAACAAUAGCCCUACUCUCUGGAAUCAUGAUAUACCCAGAAAAUCAUGAUGAAGAGUUUAGUGAGGACUCAUGAUGCGCACGGUGAUCACUGGGGUAAAUUAUGGUUUAUUGUUUUUUUCUGCAAUAUUUAUAUCAUAUUCUAUUUAUGCUAAUUGCGAUUAACUUUAUAGACUUGACAUGUUAAUUUUUAAAAAUGUUUUUUAUAUGGCAUUCUGCUCUUUGUAAGUUAUGACCAGUAACUACCAAUACAGCUAAAAGUCAUAGGCAUUAGCGAGAUAUUCUCCAUCUCAUGAUAAAUUAAAGGAACACUAUAUAGUGCCCCAAACAUGGGUCAUUCAGACUCCAGGGCCCUGCUUUUGAACAAAAAAGAUCUAUUUUUUUCCCUCUGUAAUCCAGUGAUGAGGCAGCCUCUUGUCUGCAGCCCUUUGUGCCUUCGCGGGGUCAUCAGGAUUGAUGACCAUUUUGACCAAUCAAAUGCCAGGGACUAGUUUGUCUUAUAUGCAAGCCUGAGGAUGACAAAAGUCAGAGCUCCGCUAUCAACUUUUGGCAAAUUUCAGCAGCCGCCACAAGUGGUGUUUGUGGGAUUCAGGCAUUGUCAUUCCUCCAUAGAUCUCAGUGUUGUACUUUCACAGCAAAUGGCGGUGGCUACGAGGGACAGCUUGAGGUCUAUAAAACCUACCUUUCGCUGCAUCCCACGGCCACUGGAUUCAUACUGGAUCUGUCAUUUUCGAGUCUCUUUGUGACUAUGCAAAAGUGUCAGAUCCACUUUAAAAAAAAGUUUUCAUAGAUGGCUUCAAGUGCUAUAACUUACACAAUAAACUUAAUGUGGUUAUUGGGAUUUAAACACAAUCAAAAUUUUGGUUCAGUUCCGAUAUGUUUAAACUGACUUUUUUUUUUUUCCUCCCCUGCUCUUUUCAUGCAUUUUGUUUUCUAUCAUUGCUGAACCAUUUUAGUAAAUAACAACUGGCUGAGACCUUUUGUGGUUGUUUUUUUUACAUUGUUUAUUCUUCUUCAAUGUUUUCAGGUAAUAACUUCCUGAAAUACUAUUUCUACUCCAUUUGAUUUGCCUUACAUAAAUGUGCUUUCUUACAAUUAAUGGAACACUCCCAUUAUUUUUUUUAGUUGAUAUACCCUGCAUGCAUUGUUUUAUGGGUCUAUUCUUUAAUGGGAUAUGAAAAACAAACAAACAAACCACUUUUCAAAAGUUGGAGACCUGCUGUGUGCACCCUUCUUUCACCAACACAGAUUUUCAGUCAGUGCUCUGGAGUUGGCUAGUCAGAAGCUUCUUAUUGAGAAGCCUCUGUACUGGAGCAGCAAGUUCCACAGAGUAUGGCUUUCCAAUGCUCCUCAAUAAGCUGUAACAUAGCUCAUUGACACGGUGGGAAAACAGGCAUGUGAUUUUGCCACUUUCAACGUAAGCAGAUAAAGACCUCUCUGGCUGCCUAACAGCCAUGUAGGUGUUUCUGCCCUAAAUAUAAAAAUGCAGAUUUCUAUUAAAAUGUUAUAAACUGUCACAAAUAUGACAGACUCCAGACCCAUAAAGUGUAUUAAAAGGACACUCCAGUGCAAGGAAAACAAUCCAUUUUCCUGACACUGCAGGUCCCCUCUUCCUCCCUCCUCCUUCCAUCCCCGGUUGCUUGAAGGGGUGAAAAUCCCUCCAGUCACUUACCUGAGACCCCCCACCGAUGUCCUUCGGCGGUGGUUUCGGGUCGCUUCCUUACGUCAGCUGGUGGGUGAGACUGAUCCCACCCGCUGGCCGGGGAGACCGAAUGUGCAUGCGUGGCAAUGUCGCGCACGCGCAUUAGAGCUCUCGAUAGGAAAGCAUUGAAAAUGCUUUUCAGUGCUUUCCUAUGGGGAAUUGUGCAAUGCUGGAGGUCCUCACACAGCAUGAGGACGUCCAGCGACGCUCUAGAACAGGUUUUCUGUGCUAUAAACCAGGAAGUGCCCUCUAGUGGCUGUCUAGUAGAGGAGUUAAAAAAAAAUGCAAUAAUUACACUUACAGGGUUAAGGGUAGUGGGAGUUGGCACCCAGACCACUCCAAUGGGCAGAAGUGGUCUGGGUGCCUGGUGUGCCCCUUUAAGUGCUUUACAUGUCUGGAGUGUUCCUUUAAGAGUACUAUUUUGAAAAUUGCGAUAAUCCUUGUUUAAACAUUUGAAUCUAGCCAAAUCAGCAAGUUCAGGGAUUAACGGCUUUAUAUUAAAAAUAAAAUAUAGUCUUGUCUCCCAGGCUGUGUAAGAAAACUCUGUAAGGCCAGAUGCCUGAACACCUGCAUGAAAGAGACUUUUCAUUGGCCCUACAUAAAUAUGCAUGCUAUUUUUACCAGCAAUUUAAAUUGUUGGCCUGUAUGUAUAAAUUGAUUUGGGGGAAAAGUUCUAAAAAUGUAACAAUCUGCCUCCUUCACAUUUCAGUGGUUAUAGCUGUACUUUUAUUUACAACAUUGCCCAAGAAUAGCUCCUUAGAUUUAUGGCACUUUGCAUCUUUUUGGAGGUAAACAGUUGAAUUUGAUGGAUUUCUUAUAUAUUUAGAUAUAGUGAGAAAUAUGCCUCUAAAGUAGAAAUAUUUUUAGUAUUUAUUGCUAACCUGGACUUCUGUGAACAUCCUUAAGGUACAUGGUUCCAACAUUUCCAGUUUUCUGCUCAGAGAAAUAGUCAGAAUACUGGCCAACUUCUGAGUUUGGAAGGUUGGUAGUUUUUGGAAUGGAAAUUUCUUUUUUUUUUUUUUUUUAACCUCUCUCUUCUGGAUAGCAGUAGUCGUAGUUGUCCUGUACCAUCUUAACCGACUUUAGACCCUGCCAGAUUUCACAUAUUUUAUCUGCAACAUUGCCUCCUUAAUUAUUUACAGUGACAGAUCAUUUUUGUCCUAGAUUACAUUUGUAUUGUCUCCUUAAAGAGGAACGGUCACUUCUUAGGUUUCUAUAUUUUUACACCUGAGGUAACAUGUUGGAUUACAUGAUGAUGUGUUUUGAUCAGUUAGAGGUUUCUCAUUGCACUUCUUUCUUUGGUAGAUGUCUCCAUGAGCUGUAGUACAGGGAAGGUGUUUCAACACCCAAACUCCAGAUAUAUAUGUGUGUGUUUGUAUGUAUGUAUGUAUGUGUGUGUGUGUGUUUAAUUCCUUCUACAUAGAAACAUAGAAUGUGACGGCAGAUAAGAACCAUUCGGCCCAUCUAGUUUGCCCAAUUCUAUUUCUCAGGUUAAUGGGAUGACACUAUUUUCAGCGAAUAAAAUCUAAUAUUUCAUGACUACUGUUCAAGUGCAGUGGAAAUUGUUCAUAUGGAGCAGGUACUGAGUUGUUCACAGCACAAGUUGUCUUGUAUAUUGUCAAAAUAGAGCUAGAUAGCAUUUUAUUAAUUCGGAGACAAACAAAUGAUUUCAGACACAGAUGGAACGAUGCAAAAUUGGAGAGAAAUUUUAUUUAUAUCUCCUCUCAAAGCAGCUGAAGUAAGAUUUGUGAAUCGUUAGAGACGGGUUAUUUACAGUAAGGUGCAUCUUUCAUUGUACACAUAUAUUAAAUGCAUAUCUGGGUCAAUAUGAGUUACAUUCAACAGGUCAGGGAGCCUUGUGCCCUCACCUGACCUACAACGGGUGGGAGCAUAUCCACUAAGUGGUAAGCAGCUCCACUGUUAAUGCACCCCAUCUAGAGGGAGGUGAGAUUGCAAAAAAAUAAAAAUGGGUGAGGCCUAACAUCAUGGCGGAGAGUUGUGUUUCUCAUGGGCUCCCUCACAAACCUACCAAUCUGAGUAAGCUACCGGUUCCAUAUACUCACUGGCCUUCCACGACAGAGGGACUGCAGUGGGGUGUAAUGUGAACCGAUUGAGACCCGCUUGUAUCGCGACUGACACUGCGGCCUGGCACGCAUCGGGCGGGGGAGACAACCGCUUCCAUGACCCAGAGCUGUCUUGAAGCUGCCUACAACACGAGCAGGCCCCGUAACCGCCCCAUAUUGGACCAGCGGGGUGAUCCCGGUCCACCCAAGAGAGGCUAGCCAAGGCAGGCUGAAGAGCAAGGUGACACUAUAUGGGCAGGGAGAGUGAAUGGAAUCCCACAUAAGAUGGCGGACACCGCUUGUGCUGAUGAUCCCAACGAUGCAGCACACAGCAUCCUCACAAACCUGCAAAAUCACUUUGAUGCAUUUUGGAGGAAGCUGGAGCACAAACUCCAACAGCAACCACAGCAUAUUCCAGCGAGUGACUUGCUGACACCCUAACAAUCUGCUCUUUGAAGCCUGGAAACCACUCCACGUGUCACACAUCUACACAGAGGCAGGUAUACUCCAGCAACAGAGACACAGACCUCGACGAGCUCUUGCUUCCAUGUGACGCAGACACUGGCAGAGACUCAUAUCUGUCCCAUUGGCAGUCACCCGGAGACCCUAUAUGCGACAACCACGUUCCCAGAGACGGGCCUAAUCCCGGACGGGAGAGUGAAAACCCCAGAGUGCAACUGCAGUACACGGCACUACACCUCAUUGAGCAUCCUGAUCGUCCCUUACACACCCCUAUGUCUGAGCCGUGGGCUGUUUGGAUACUGGCUAUACUGCAGGGCCAAAUCUCACCCGGGACUGGCAAGGGUUAAUCAGGACUUGGAUCUCACUCUUCAGUGAUUAUCCAUCAGCUUCUGGUUAUUGCACCCUCUCGUUAUUACGACACAGCAGCCACAGUACUUUAACAAGGCCAACCCUUUAGUUAAGGUUUCCUACUCUUCUUUUUUGUAUUACCGGGUUUGGUCUCGACUCGUUUUCAUGAUGCAGUUUUAGCUAGCGUGUGUUAGGUUAGAUCUGUUUUUAUUAUGCCUUUUGACCACUGUCUACCAUGCUUGGCCAUUUCUCUAUAUAAAACUUGUGCAGCACCUCAGACAGGCAUAGUGCUCUAUUGUUGACAACCUCUCUUGACUUACACUGCAAUGUCCUUGUUAUUCUAUGAUUUCUGCAAUGCACAACAAAAAUAAAGAAUUUAAAAAAUAAAAAUGGGAAAUCCCCCACCUUAACUUAUUUGGGGUUAAAAUUAUGAGUGAAUUGGCAGUCUGUAAAGGCCCCAUCACAUAGGCAGAUCUGUGGUUGAUCCCAUCCUGCCCCCACUUAAGGAUAUUAAAUGGGGGCUAAAUAGUUAUAGGGAGGGACAGGCCAUUUUUUCACCCAAGUAUACACUGAUCGUCCACAACAUUGAAACAACCGACAGGUGCCCUGGAGUGGCAGCAGCUAUUCCCUAUUUGCCAGUGUGCAACACCUGGAUUUCACAGAACAUUGAUUAUAUUAUUACAAUGGCUUUGACUAGGGCCAAAUUAUAAUGGCAAGUCUUGUGGGGUGUCCCCAGUAUGCAGUUGUUAGUACCCACCAAAAGUGGUGCAAGGAAGGGAAACGGCCAUUAGGAUCAUGGGCACCCAAGGAUGUGGGGAGCAUAGGCAAGCCCGUCUUAACAGAUCACACAGACGAGCUACUGUAGCUCUAAUUGCUCAAAAACGUAAUGCUGGGCAUGGCAGAAAGGUGUCAGAACACACAGUGCAUCACAGUUUGCUGCGCAUGGGGCUGUGUAGCCACAGACCAGUCAGAGUGUCCAUGAUAUCCUCUGUCCUCAAAGAGCCAUGCUGCAGACUGCAACUCUGCCUCAAGCUUAUCAUAGGACGGUUCACUGAACCGUGAACCAAGUUAUAUGGAAACUGAACAGAGGAGAGAAACCGCUUUGAAUUAGUUUCCCAAGCAUUAUGUUAACUUAGCAGACAGAUGUUUAAGUGCAUUUCCAUUGUGUCCGGAUAGGCAUCAUUGUUCACAAACCUGGGAGCCCUAUCUGCUUUUGUCUACAGGCCCCAGUUGUUGGAAUGAACAAUUUACUCUGUAGUUGCUCUGUUAAAGUUGGCUAGUGCAGACAUGUGAUAACAGAUGAUAAUGUUUGUCCUUGAAAAGACUUCUAUUUCAUUUUUUUCACAUUUUCCUUUCCCAGAAUUUGAUUGCACGUAAGACAAUAUAAAAUACACAUGCUGAUACAGCCAUGAAAUACAAUCUGUGUAUAUUAUUGCCAGACAUGUUCUGGAAUUGAUACCACCUUGAGAUAAAACAACCAGCAUUUGAAUUAAGACAAUGUGGUUGGUUAGACCAGGGACUUCCAAAUCCAAGCUAUCUAGCAGUUGUUAGAUUACAUUGACAGAGCUCCGUUUUAAAGGAGCACUAUAGUGCCAGGAAAACAUACUCAGGGUCCCACUCCCGCCGGGCUGGAUGGAGAGGAAGGGGUUAAACACUUACCUUUCUGCAGCGCCAGGCUCCCUCGGUGCUGGAGACUCUCCUCCUCCUUUCCCAUCAUUGGCUGAAUGUGCAUGUGCGACAAGAGCCGCCCGCGCAUUCAGGCAGUCUCAUAGGAAAGCACUCUCAAUGCUUUCCUAUGGAUGCUGGCGUCUUCUUACUGUGAAAAUCUAGAGGCUGGAUUAACCCAUAGAUAAACAUAGCAGUUUCUCUGAAACUGCUAUGUUUACAGCAGAAACGGUUAAGCCUAGAUGGACCUGGCACCCAGACCACUUAAUUGAGCUGAAGUGGUCUGGGUGCCUAUAGUGGUCCUUUAAUGCAGUUUAGUGUCUGUAUUAGCCAAUUGGAGAGAUUAAAAAAGAAAGGACACACUGUGUCCUGCACAAAAGUAUCAAUUUAUACCUUAUUAUGAAACAAAUUAAGCUGUCCUUGAACAGAGAUUCCUAAAAAAAUAAAUAAAUGUAAACUCAUGUAGUACCUGGAUUACGAUUACAUUGUCUCAUAAAACAUUCAUAAGGUGUCUUUUACCAAACUUUCUUUUGAAAGAAAUGUAAUUUUAUAAAGGGAAAAUAAAAUUGUAGAUCUAAUAAAAAAAUAAACUACCCGACAUCCAAUUCCUUUCUAAGAGGUUUUUAGGGAACUCUAAUGCACCUAGAACUGGGUAGAUUUAAGUCUUAUCAAUUGAAAUCAUUAGUCGAUAAGACUUGUUCAAAUCAUUAUAUUCGUAAAGACUCAUUCGUCCUGUUUAUUACAUUAUUUGCAACCAGAUGCAGAUUUCAUAUUUCAGAUAAUAACUUUUCAGAUUUGAUUUAAGUUAUAUCAGAAUUAAUUUUGUUAAAUAGUGAUGAAAUCACUGCAGGGUACAUCUCCAGUUUAACAGUUUGUUCACUCAUAUUUAAAGAACAGGUUAAAUAGUUUUAUUUUACUAAAAUAACAUUAUAUAGUAUAUAUAUAUUCAUGUAUUUGCUUAUCCCCUUAAGGACAGUGCAUGCACGAAGUACGUCCGACAAAAACAGUCCUUAAGGACUAGGUACAUCAGCAGAAAAUUUUACUUAUUCGAUCACCGCCAUUCCACCUCCGGUGAUCGAUGUUGCUCCCUGUCUGGGGGGGACUGCCUGACAUCCCAGACAGUCCCCCCUCAGCAAAUUAUGCCCCCGCAUCAGGGAGAGGCAGUGUCUUAUACCUGGAUAAUUGGUAAUCAGCCAUAGGUGUGCUGAGAAUGUUGGAGCAGCCACAGAAUAAUGUCCAGUGCUGGAUACAAGGUAAGAUUAUACUUCAGGCAAUCCUAGAGCUGUAUAGUGGCUCAGAGGCAAAAAAGCAGGUCCAGGAUUGCAAAGUACCCAGGUUCAAGUCCCUCACCGGGCACUUUUGGGGCGACCUCGUCUGGAUGUCGCGGUGAGAACCGUGACACCUGUGCAGUGCCACCCCCACCCAACCCUUCCCCCCCGCCCCGCCUUCUAAAUACACACACACACACACACACAUUCACUGACAGAUAAGCAUAAACUAGCUAACAGAAAAACACACUCACUCACUAGCGGACACACACGCACUCACCAGCGGACACACACGCACUCACCAGCGGGGACACACGCACUCACCAGCGGACACACGCACUCACCCGCAGACACACGCACUCACCCACCUUUGGGAAUGCUGGGGGGUCCAGUGGCUGCUGGGCAGGCGCGCUGGCGGGCGGCUGGCGAGGGAGCACUUCCUCCGAGCUGUCUGCUCGGCUCCCUCACGCGCCGCCCGCAGAGUGAGGCUGAGAGCCCGAAUAUGAUGUCAUAUUCCAGCUCCCAGCCUCACUCUGCAGAGCGCAAGGAAGUGCUCCCUCGCCAGCCGCCCGCCCGCACAGCAGCCAGUCUGGCUUGUUAGUAGCCGCAAGGCUAACAAGACAUUUGCCCUGGGGAUUUGGGAGCGGCUUUUUUUGCCGCCCCCUGGAAAAUGCCGCCCAAGGCAAAUGCCUUGUUUGCCUCGAGGCUAAAACGUCCCUGUUCCUGUGAUCCUUUGUGGGGCAGAGUCUCUUUCAUUUCUGCCAGCCAAUGGUAUGCACAUGGUUAAACGAACAGAAAGGUAUAUUGCUUUCAGAAGUUUCCAAGUUGCCUAUUCUUUAUUAUCUGUCCUUGCUAUUGUCAUUUCUAUAGUUAUCCCUUUUCGGUGCUAUUUUUAUGUCUUCAUGUAAAUCGUACUUGAGCCAUUGACUGUUAAGGUACUGUCCUUUGACCUCCAAAUCCAUGUAAUCUCUGACUGUAUUUAUUUAUUUUUUUUACUUAGAGAGAUUUGCUCUUUGCUCCAGUAUAAAUUAACCAGCUGCUCAAUGAAUAUUUAAUUGGGGCAUGUUAACCAGGAUUAAGGGCAAGUCCGCAUUAGAUACUAGUCAUAUAAACACGGUGUAUAAAAGGAAAGGUGUUUGUUUUCAAAAAGCAGCUCUGCUUUUGUUUUGUAGAUGUCAUAAGUGAUCCAAUGAUAAUAUAGGAUUUUUUUGGUUCCGUUCUAUCCCUGUGUGAUUAUUUAGUCUUGAAAUGCAAAUUUGCAGUAAGUUAGACCUGUGCAAAAGUUUAUUUCAGACGGUUCCUCGUAACUAAAGGAACACUAUAGUGGUAGAAAUACAAGACUAUAUUAUUAAUGUUCUCCUCUUUUAGAUUCAGGGCCGCCCCUCCUAAAUUGAGCCACGUAGCUGCUCGAUUUGUCUUCCACAGCGUCACACAGACUUUUCCAAAUCAGUGCUGUUUAUAGAGGAUAACUCGUGACAUAAAGCGCAUGUUGGAUAGCGCUCCGCUACUAUUGGAGAUUAGCUGUGGAAAUGCCUCUAGUUACUGUCAGGUAGACAGCCAUUAGAGACGUAGUUAACUCUGCAGUGUAUGCGUUGCCAUAUCUACUAAAUGGCAUUUUUUUACAUUGCAGGGUUAAAACUAAAGGACCACUGCACCCAGAUCACUUCCUUAAGAUGACUUUUAACUCAUGUCUGACUGAACUGGGAUUUACCUGUGGCAUCGUAUUCAAUGAAUAAGACUCCACAGGUAAAUCCCAGACAAUUGGAUUUAUCCAGAUGUUGAUUAAAAGGAACUUGAUUUAGAUAAACUGUCCAAAACUAAUUUUUGCCCCUCUACAGUAAACUAGAUUUAAUGUCUCUCUCCAUUAACAAAACCCAUAAUUUUAUUGACGUCACUUCCUUUAAUAUCUAUAUCUCAGUACUUAGAAAAUAGUGAAAGAAAGCUAAAUGGACCUUUAAUGGGUACAUGUAUAUUAUUGUCUUUAGAGUAUUUAUUUUCUGGUUCUCAGUACCAUAUUGAAAGGGAGGGAACGGGCACACUAAUUAUGGCUUCCAGAUAAAGGCGCAAUACUGUGGCUCUGAAACGUGCGUCGGGUGUUUUAACGCUUUGUUUUCAUUUGUUUAAUUUAACAGGCUAUUCGUAUUUGGGCACACGAGGGUAUGAGGGUAUAACUUAUGAGUUUAGUUUAGAAACGUUUUCUAAGAUUAUGUAGUGUCUUUAGUAGCUUAUGGUCUGGUUGGUCGGGGUGUCAGCUGUACUUACCCUCCAUUGAAUAACGACCUAGCUGGGUUAGUCUCCAAGGUUUAGGUUGGUUAGACUCGUUUUACCUCAGAUCUGAUGAGAGGAUUGGAAUUUCCUAUCCCAAGGUAACAGGCAGUUAUGGUAGGGUCGGACAUGGUGAUAGUAGUGUCUCCUUUCCAUUGUAAGACAGUGAAGCAUGAUCACAGCUCCUAUGUUUAUAUAGCUAUACUCUUUCUACCUAAGGUUUAUAAGUGUGUAGGGCUAUUAUAUCAUGAGGUAUCAGGAGGUUUCUCUUCAUGAAUCUUGGUUUAUUUGCUGCAAUACUUAGGAGCUAGUAGACUGUAGCAAUUGAUGUGGGGUAAGAUCUAGUAAGCCUUAAAGCGGCAUGGAAAUGCAAACUUACCUUUCCCCAAUCGCUUCCUCUUCUCUCCCUCUCUCAGGAUCUGUUCUUCUUUUCUUCCUAUCUGCUCUAGUUUUCUUUAAAACAUAAGACAAAGUUUGUCUUAUGGAGGUUUCCUACGAUUGACCAGUUUUGACCCACUUCUCCUGGUCAAAGGAAUUUUCCCACAAUUCUCACCUCAUAUCGCGAUGCUUCCUUUCACCAUUCCCCAGCGUCCUUUCAUAUAGAUAGGACAGAAUUCGGUAGUUUCGCCGAACAGUUUGUUCAUUUGUGGUUUUAUGAUUUUGUGAUUUGGCCUUUUUUGGGGUUGAAAAAAGAAGACUUCGAAUGGUAAGUAUUUUUAUUUACAGGGACUUUGUUUUAUUGUCUCCCCCCCCACUAUUUCUACUGUGAGGGGGUAGGUAGAAAUGUAUUUAUUUUUUGGGGGGAGUGGAUGGGGGGGCGGGGACUGACUAGGGGCUUGGGGACCCCCAGUUUAAAAAAAAAUAAAAAAUUUUUACAUUUAGAGCCCCCACUCACCGCUCAUGGGUGGGAGCCAGGGGUGACGACAAUAGGUGUCCCAUCCCCCCAUUGUCACUAGGGUAGGGGGGACAGGACAGAUCCCCGCCCCUUUUCAUCAUAGGGCCCCCAUCCGUCAUUGUCAUUUAGGGCCUCAGGGGUUUCGGUCCCCUCUGCUAGUUAAUAGAUGGGUGGGGCUAGUUAAUAGAUGGGGGGGGGGGGGCGGUUUUACAACAGAUUUUAAUCUCUCUUAUGCUAUUAUGGGGGUCAUAUUGAGCCCCAUAUAGUGAGGGAGGACAUGUGGAGGGUUAGGAAGUGGCAGGGGAGCACUGCUCCCUGACGCUUCUAUUUUUACAUAUUACAAGGAGGGAGCCGCAAGCCGGAAGCUCCCACUUUGUAAUAAACAAACGAACACCGACAUUCCGUCUUGGUUUGUUCGUUUGAAAUUUCUAUUCAUUUGUCUUUCUGACAAAUAAAGGAUUGAAAUUCCCGUCCGAAUGCCGAACUGGAUAUGCACGGUUAUAUCACAGUGCUAUCUAGUGUGGGCAGAUUACAUGUUCCUCAGGGACUUCAUCUACCCACACAAAGAUGGCGGCACCUAGGUCCGGGCAGAAAAUAAACAUUAAAUAUAGGUAAUAUGGGGGGCUUAGGGGCAUUUGGGGGUGACCAGGAGGACUGUUGGAUGUAUUUAUGGUCAACUCUCACUAUUUAUCCAGCUCCGCUCUAAACUGCCACAAUUCAAAUUUGUUGUUAUCAUCAAAUAUACAAUGUUAUUCGGAUGUAGAUUCUGAUAAGAUAUUUUGUUUCAAGACAGCUAGCCCAUCUAGGACUUCUAUAUUGAAUCACAUUCUGAUUUCUAGGAUUAAUUCCUUCAAAUUUAAGUGGCAAAACAUAAUCUUAUAAUGUUUAGACAUUUAGUAGACUUACCUUUUCACAUAUGUCCUAGCAUUAAAUAAAUGUUUUUCCAAUAAUAUUUGCAUUGUAUUGGUAUCGUCUUUAUAGAUCCGUAUUUAUCAUUUUAACUUGUGCGAUAAACUCUAUCUUUAGUAGGUGCAUUUUUGUAGUGUAAUGUUUAGAAUCUAUGGUCUAUUUAUCCUUACAUGCUCUAUUCUUAAACGGAGAUUUGAACAUUUCCGGUUCCUCUCUUUUUUUUCUAGUUUGGGAUUGCUCUAAAAGUCCUGGAAUAACCUUCCAAGAGAAUUGGAUUGUUGACGUAUAAAGCUAUCUUGAAGAUCAAAUAAGCAUGAGAUUUUAGCUACCUAGGUAAUAUGCUUUAAAAUGAGCAAGCCAAAUCUUAUCGGUUUUAGCAUUAUUCAAUAGAAAACAAAUAUUUAAAGAAAUGCAAAUGAAGUGAUAGUGAAUGCAUUUCAUUUAAAGACUAUAUGACAUUUUGAUUUGUUAUCAGUGAAUGUUAAGGCAGUGUAUUGUAGUUCUGGUCUGCAACCCUUUUAUAUAAUUUCACCCAACCUGUUUACGGGCUGUGUGGCAUGGAUGUUUGACUCAGUAGGUUCACUGCUGAACCCAGCCACUGCAGAGAUUGUAGUAAAAACUUUGAUCUACGUAGAUUUUCUUCUUCCUCUGAAGGAAAUCACAUUAGGAUGCUGUAUCCCAAGACAGGGAAGGAAGAAAUAAUUUUAUCAGAAAUGUUUAGUUUAUUUUAGUUUUCUUUUGUGUGUGUUCCACUCCCCCAGAAUAUAAUUCCCAUCAUUCUUGGUAGUGGAAAACGGUGUGCAAUGUAGUUCAGCAACAGCUGGUGGUCCAGCUUGGACACCUUUGCGCUGUCAUGCAGUGGACACAUGCUUUUAGUGCUAACCAGGCAUUUCUACAGCUACCAUUAUGUCUUCGAAUUGUAGAGCCAACCAUUGCUAACAGAACAUAGUGUGUUAAUGAAACCAUUAUGUUUGAUGAAAGGCCGUGCCAUUUAUGAAUAAUUUAGUUGUUGCUUGUACGUUAAUGAACAGUUUUAUUUUUUCUUGCAUAAUAGAUUGACAUAAAGAAAGAUGGCUAAUGGAUAAAAUGCGUUCAGGUUAAAAUAUGCAUGCUACAACUUUAAAGGGGCACUAGAAUCCCCAAAACAGCUUUAGCUUAAUGAAGCAGGUCUUGUGUAUAGAUCAUGCACAUGCGGGCUCGCUGCUCAUUUCUCUUCCAACUAGAAGUCAAAUCACUUUUGUUUCUGUAUAUGCAAACCUAGCCAUGUCUUCCCUAGGCUGAGAAAGACACAGCCUGCAAAAAAAGGCUUCAUUUCAGUUUGAUUUUAACUUUCUUUAGAAGUUUUUCUCUCCUACUUUUAUCUCUGUGUAAAUUAAACUUUAAUCAUUCACAGAAGUCUCCUGCAAAGUCCAACAAGUUAUUAACAAAGUGGGAGAUAAGAAAUUCUAAAUUAAACAGAAUGUGCAAUAAAGGAAGUGUAAAUAUUAGAGUUAAUAUACAGGUUGUGCUUAGGAAGGCUGUGCACUACAUGUAGGGACGUGCGAUUAGGACUGUGUAAACAAAGUAAUCUAACUCCUAAAUGGCAGAGAAUUGAGCAGUAAGACUGCAGAGGCAUGAUCUAUACAUAAAAAUUGCUUCAUUAUUUUGGUGGCUAUAGUGUCCUUUUAAUUUUUCACCAAGACACUGGUUUCCCCAAGAUUUGUUUCUUAUAUAUUUUUUCCUUUUCUGCUUGAGGGUACAUGUGCAAUAUUGUAUUGGAGCCAUUAGUAUUCUUCCAACAUUAUUUUAACUACAAAGUUAGGAUCAUAUUAUGAUUAUGAUAUAUUAUUACAUUAAACCUUUGCUUCACAAAGAAUAAACCCACUUUUACCAUUAUCCGUGCAGAGAAUGAAAUACAUUUCCCAUAAUACUCAUCCAACCUUUGCAGUACCCUGGUUAUCCAUCACUGGCAUUGAUAUUGUAUGAUGAGGGGCAUAAGAUGGUAGUGGAGUUGGUCUCUACAGGCAUCUCAUCCAUAUAGCUUGAAAUAUAGUUUCAUUAUUUACAUUGUAUUUUUUAACAACCCCAAAAUAUACACUUGUAUUUAUUCAUUUUUAUUUGUAUUUUCUCUGUUUUAUUUUCCCAGUCAAACUAAUUAAUUCACUGACCCAUGGAGAGCCAAGGAGGUAAAGGUUUCAGCUUGGUUUCUCAUGGACACUGUGCCAUGCAACCUGCAGAAUCUAUAGAAAGAGAUUCAAAUCAUUACAUACUUCUUUUACCUUUUUAAGUGUUUUCAUAAAUCACUGCCAGGAUUAAAAAAAUGUGUUGGUCUAGUUCAUCAUUCAUGUCAUAAAGAACAUUUGAGGGUCGUAUGAAAUUUCUCGUUUGGAAAUUAGGUAGACUAUAAAGGCCAUUAUAUCUUAUUACUUUUGUCAAGAUUCUAAAUCUGAAAGUCUAUAUAAUGCUGAAAUGUAUUUUUUUCUAUCAGCUGCUGCAUUAACCUGUGUCAAAUUUCAGUUUUAGCAAUCAAUUUUCCAUUGCAAAGAGUGUCUCCAUUGAUUUUAGUUGUAGAUCAGGAAUAUCGGUCUCUGGAUUUGUUUAUAUUGACUGAGAGGUAGUGGACAUAGUUUGGCAAAUUCUCUCCUGUACUUUUCAUUAUAAGCUGAAUAAGCUAAAUAGGCUAUCACAAGAACGAACAACAUUGUAUAUGAAGGUUUACAAAAACCCUGAUCAUAAUAUUCUCGGCAGGGAAUGUAUGGCAUUGGGGCCUAUCAUCAGGGCUACAGAAAAUGUCAGGACUGGAAGAGUUUUCCAUUAGUAAAUUAAUUAUUUGCAUAAUAUUUAAAAUAUGCAAGAAAAUAUUAAAGUAUCCUUUCCUUUUAUAUAUUUUUAAGUUACUUAAGAAUCUGAACUUGAACAGAUGAGAUUUAGAAACAGGCAUUCCCACACCAUACACUGAAGAGGCAUCCCCAAUUGGUAACCUCUCUUAUUAUGAUAUUCGUCAGUGGUUCUUAAACCAGCCCUCAUGGCCUAGUACCAGUCCAUGUUUAGUCAGUAUCUCCAUUAAGAUAGAAGUAGGGAAACGCACAAAUCCUAGACUGAUGCUGGGCCAUGAUGACUGGAAUUAGAACCACUGGGCUAAGCAGUGUGAUCUCAUCCCAAAAACCCAUUUUCAGCAGGGGAUUAUGAAGCUUGUAGUCCAAUGUUUGUUUAAAUUGUGGUAUGCUGGCCAUGUAAUAGAAUAUUAAAUUGUUUCUACCCCCUUCAAUAGUCUUUGCGUAUUUUGUAAAGACCCCUGAAAGUGACAUGAAGUUUGCUUUGCAGCAGAUUUUGGCUUCAUCUUCCAUGAGUCGCGUUAAUGUUGUAUUCUUGUGUUUGCAUGAGAGUAAAUCACAGAUCACGUGAGAUGGUGGGAUCUUCCAUAGAACAACCUUUGCAAUGUGCGGGAAGAUAUCUGUUUUAUCUUUAUGAAAUGUUCAAAAGUGAUAGAAUGGUGCCUUAGCUCCUUUAUGGGCCCUGAUUUUCAUCCAAAAACUUGAUUGGUUUUGCUAUCCUACCCAUAAUAAUGAUCCUUUAUGUACAUUUGUAAACACAGCCUAAAACAAUGUUUCUUCCUAGCUUGUAGACCUAAACAGCUGAUCAGCUAUAGGCAUAUUACCUAAUGGGUCAACAGAAUUUUGCUGUAUUAAAUUCAUUAAGUCGUUCUUGCCUAAAUGUCAGAAAAUUCAUGCAUGUAAUUUUACGUGUUUGGCACUGAACAUAUACAUUAUGUAAAAGUGUUCAUGCCUCUGCAAACUUGAAUAUAUAUGAAAUCAUGAAACCUAAUUUUGCAGUAUUCACAAUAGAAUAUAUAUAGGCAAGGGUAUGUGACCUCUGCAGUUCUAGAAACGGAGGACUACGUAUCCAUUGAAGAUAUCUUAUGGUUGAUAGAGCUGUUCCUAGUUGUGUAUAUUUGGGAAGGACUAAAUGUUUUGAGAGAUUUCCUGAGUUCUAUAAUUAGUCUAGAUUUGUGUCCCCGAGGAUAUUUUUAUUUAUAACUGCUACCAAGCUAAAGAGGUACUGCUCAUCACAUUUGCUGGAAUUCUCUUAUAUCCUUUUUUGAAAAGAAACCUCGGGAUAUCCUUCAUUACUGACACUUCUCCACCAUUCAUCCUAUAAGCUUUAUUGCUGAAUUAUACUACUUGUGUUCACUUUCCAAGUAAAAAAAUAACCAGUCUUCAGAUCCUGAAUGCAACCAAUAUCAUCUGAUGUCACUUACCGGUUUCAUUUGGGUCGGCAGCCUCACGUGCCACAGUUUGCCAACACCUGUCUUCUUUCUUUCAUGGAAUGACUUUAUCCUUUUAUUUCUUUACCUUGUGCAUGAUUCUGUCUAUAUGCUAUUAUGCUCGUAUGUCCAUUCUGAGUGGACACGUUAAUACAUCCUCCUAUUUGUAAUAAAUUAGAGAUAACGCAGAGUAAAAAUGUAAACGGUACAACAUUUCUGAAUUUUAGAUUAGCAGCUUUGACAUUGAGCUCUGCCAAUAAACCAGUACGAAAACUUGUUGGACAUUCGAUUGGGACAAGUGCAGACUUGUCCAAAUUUCAUGAAAUUCAUUCAGUUGUCCAAAACACAAACAGUAGAUUUGCCAUUUGCCUAAAAAAAGAAGUAAAAAACAAAUUGCAUUGCUAGUGAAAUGUUUCCAUGCAAAUGUUUUCUUUUUUCUUAAAAUAACUUCAUAUGCUUCCAGACCACAUCAUCCCAAUUAAGUGAUCUGAUUGGCUCAGUUCGGCAUUAUGCUACACAUGCGCAGUACCCUCCCUAUGCUUUCCUAUGGGAAAUCAUACGAUUGGCUGAAUUCAUCAAUCUCAAUCUCCGCCAAGGAGGCAGGACAGAUUCACUAGAAAAAAAGGGCAAUUCAUUAUUUUAAGUCUUUUUGACAUUACAGAUUUCUAGUUAAUGGCUUUGAGUUUAUUUAGAACUUUAUUGUGUUUGAAUGAAGUUCUAUGUUUAAUUAUCACUCCUGAUGGAUAUCCAUAAUAUGACCGGUUUUAUUAUAGUGCAACAUUUGUUCAUUAUAUUGCAUUAAUUUCCUACAUGCCACUGAGAAAUUAAAAGAUUGGAUUUUCUGUUUUAAUUACAAAAGGGCCGAUAAUUGUAAAUAUGCCAGUGUAAGGUAGUCUGUGUAUGUAGGUCACAGUGCUUUGUCAUAUACUCUCUGUGGAAUGUUGUCCUGUUAUUGUGCAAUAAAUCUUGCAUAAUUCUUUCAUUUAUUCAUUUCUACCUUGAAAAACAUGACUGCACACAUCCUCUAAAUUUUCCGUUAGUCAUGGAGAACAUAAAUGACCUUGGAGAUUACAUAAGAAUGUUAUCCCUAUUGCGAAUCGCUGCAAAUGAUGUUUGUUCUUCAUCCCAUCUGUGCAAAGCAAAGCUUUCUGAUGGCAAACAGGGUUUGUAAUCUGACUGGGAAAAAAUAUUCCUCAGUGGUUUUAAUCAUUCAGAUAUAAAAGUGUACUUGGGAAUUAUAGUUUAAAAGAACACCGUAAAUGCACAAGAAUUUAUUAUUGUCAUUGUUACUUUGCUGGAACCAUUUUGUGUUUAUUUCAUAGAAACUUAUUAUAUUUCUUUUAUUUUUUGCAGAUCCCCCAUGAAAACUGGAACUUUCAUUCUACAGGUAAGCCCACCUAUUGACAAUCUGAUUUACUGAAUAUUAAGGUGGAACGAUUAAAUCCUUUUGCAAAUGUUGGCAAUAUAUAAAUGCUAAUAGUUCUCUCUGGCAAUUCCUACUUUUCUCACCUCCGCAAAUGCUGUUAGAGCCCAACUAAAUAAUUUUAUGUAAGUUAAAUGAAAAAAGUUAUAUCAAUUUGUUUCUGCAACCCUAGCCAUAUCUCCCCUGGCUGACACACACUGCCUUCCUAAACAUACUGAAAAAAAAUCUAUAUUUGUUAGCUUCCAUUAUUGCACAGUGUGUUUAAUUUAGAAUUUACAUCCUGCUCUUUUAAAAGCCUGCUAGAAGCUUCAGUAGCCUCAUAUUUUUAACAAACGUGCAAUUAAUAGAGCAGGGCAUACAAACUUAUAAAGUUAGCACACCAUGCUGUAAUAUCUGAUUUAAAAGUGAAUCUAUUCUUUUUUUCGUGGAGGCUGGGUAGGUCACAGCCAGGGCCAGGGCUGCAUAAGCUCGUUUGAGCAGGAUCCUCCUCAACCUAUUGUUCCUGUCACAUUUUGUAAUGGUCAAUGUAUUGUUAAAUCUCUUUCAUAAUAUUGUAAAGCAUUGCGGAAUAAGUUGGCACUAUAUAAAUACUAAUAAUAAAACGUGAUUUAACUCCUACAUUUCAGAUAACUAAGCAAUGAGAAAACACAGGAAAACAUUGGGAGGCUAUUGUGCAUGUGCUGCAAAACUCUGCGCUUCAACAAUCAGCAUCUCCUCUUAGAGAUGCAUAGAAUCAGUGCAUCUCUAUAGGGAGCAUUCAGUGUCUCCAUGUAGAGCGCCUGAGUGACGACUACUAGAGGUGUUACUAGGUAGCAAUGUAAACACUGCCUUUUCUAUGAAAAGGCAGUGUUUACAUUGUUGAGUCUGCAGGGACAUGCUGUAGACACCAGAACCACUACAUUAAGCUGUAGUGAUUCUGAUGACUAUAGUGUCCUUUUAACACCAUUACUCAAAAACAUGACCAUUCCUCUUUAAAUUCAGUACACCUAUAUGCUUCAUAUUUUAUAUAAAUUCAGCCUCCUAUAGAAAUUAAUUGUAUUUGCAGGAGGUUUCGAUUGAUUUACAUAAUUGGUUGCAUUAUUAAUUUGACACAGAUUUUUCCAUUAAAUGCCACCUUAUUUUAUGUAAUGCCUUAUAUAUAGAUCAUGCAAAAAAAACUUAAAUAAUAAAAAAAGAUACAUACCUUGAAAGAUCCACAGAAUUUUGCAAUAGCACAGCCACAUUCCACACUUGUUCAAUUCGAGGCUGUGGAGCAGACCUUCCAUCUUGUGCACAAUGUGUACAAAAUUGAUAUAAGGCAACUCAGAACUAUAUUUCUAGCUGUCUGAGAGUGUCUUAUGACCGUAAAUUGUUAAAAAACAAAACAAAAAUAAUAAUAAUUUGUAAAUCAAACAAGAUUAGCUUCAGGGUGCUCUAAGCACCAUGCACUUUGCAGUAAUACAAAUAGAUUAUAGUUUUUAGGCUGGCACGGAUUACUGGAAUUACUGAGCUUAAAGGGUUAGUCUAACCUAUUAGUAGGGAAGUACAUUACAGAUAUUUAACACCUACCUACUAUUCUUAAAUUCCUCUAUGUAACAAUAACCUUGCAUAAUAUGUUGGGGGAAGUGUGUUGAACAAAGUCUGUCAACUUUAAGAGUGUAGGACAUUCUGUACCUGUAUUAAAGGAACACUAUAGUUACCCAGACCAAUUCAUCUCAAUGCAGCAUCCCUGUCCUCUUAACCCUGCAAUGUAAAACAUAUUCAGGGUAAGUCCACCUCUAGUGGAUGUCAGUAAAACUGUUACCUGAUGUGGAAGACCCAUUGGAUUGGAUGGGUCACUGAAGCAUUGGUUUGGACAUAGAUGGAGGAGGCCAUGCCUCCUCCCUGAUGUUGCGAGAGGUGGAGAGUUAAGAAGUGUCAAAGGAUCCUCUGCGUUGGAAAAAGGUAAGAAAAAUAUUUUCAUUUUUAGUUUAAUAGUGAAUGGGGAAGGAGGAGAAGAUAGAACCUGAAUAAGAGCAGGGACAGAAACACUGUAGCGUUAGGAAUAUAGAUAUUUAUUCCUAAUGCUAUAGUGUUCCUUUAAGGGGUACUCAGUGUAGUGGUUAUGCUACCUAUAGUCUCUAGGCACCGUUCCCCAGUUUUAUGUGAAACAAAUUAGAAGCAUUUGACAAAAACAGAAGCGCUCUGGCACACAACAUUGUCCUCCUUCCUCCACUCUAUUGAUAAUGCCGAAUAUACACUUUCAUAACCAAUGCACUCUCAGUAUCAACCUCUGUCACAGGGACAAGGGCCUCAAAAAGCUGCUAGGUCUAGAGCGUGACCGGUCAUCUAGCUCUGCUAAUUAGAACAUUCUCCUGCUUGAAAGAAGUACCUUGGGGUGUGCUAUAUAUUAAUGAAAGGGAAAAAAUGCCUUCCAAAGUCAAAAAAAAGUUCACAAUCAUUUUUUACUUUUCACCACUUAGUGAAUACCGGUAAUUGCAUAUUUUUCUUGUAUUGCUGGCUAUGGGUUUUUAUGUAUCACAAUAAUCCAUCUUUCCAAUAUCCGUUUGGAGGUCACAGGUUUUCUUCUUUUAACACGUAACCUGCAUAAUCAUUUUUCUAGUUGAGUGGUUCUUUACUGUUAAAAUACAUUUUUACCACAUCCUGCUGUGAGAUGCUACACUUUGCACGCCCUAUAGUUUCUUCAUGCGGAGUGAAAGAAUAUCUCCUUCAGACCAUAAACUUAAUCUGGGUUCAUGGUUUGAUGGUGGCUUAGCUUUUGAGAGGCAGACCAUUAAAUCAGCCACAGAUUGUUCUCCUGAGGGUCAUAUAGUAUUGCAAGAACAGGCAUACACAGAAUAUAAAUACUUGUCUUGAUCUUCAGCACUUCUUCUUCAGUAUGAUAUGUUACUACGUGAUUACAGUAAAUGCUCAUACUAUAAAUUAACCCCUUAAGGACACAUGACGGAAAUAUUCCGUCAGGAUUCCCUUUUAUUCCAGAAGUUGUGUCCUUAAGGGGUUAAACCUCACUAAGGCUAUGAGGGGGGAAAUGGAGGAUAACACUGUUUCAUUUUUAAAAUCCAGCUAUACGUAUGAUUGGAGAUUGGACUCUGGGACCUUUCUGGGGGCUUCUCUUCCGUACUGCAUCUUCAAUUUAUACCAAUUAAACUAUGCCAUCUUGAGUAAAACUACAGCACUAUUGAUUGCGAAACGCGUUGUUCUUUUUACGAUUGUUUUUACACUAUAUGCCUCUCAUCUGUUCCUUUGCAGGGCUUAAAAUUAUAUAAAUACCAUCUGAGAUGAACAACACAUGACAUAUAACACUGUGUCAUGAAAUAUUUUACAAUAAUAAAGCCAAAAUGGAGUAGCCAUGUGUGGGAAAAACUAAGCAUACCAUAUGAUUCAAUAGUUUGUAGAACCACCUUCAACAGUAGAAUUUUACUAUCUUCCCUAACCGUUUUGGCACUUUGAAUUACCUACAAAAGAAGUAUGCAUUGAGAGGCUUUGUUGAAUGACUGAAGCAGCCUCAGCACAAUUCAUGUGUCCUUGCCUAUCACUUCUUCCCUCUCCCCUGAUCAAAAGUUGUGUGUUGACUUAUGUAGAACCAUCUAAAGAAUGACUCAAGAUAACGGCAUUGUCAACUAUUGUAAUGUCUCACGUGUAUAUUUGAUGCCCUGCAUGGCAUACCUUAAUCUUGUAUUGUUAAGAUCCUAUGUUAUCCUUGUAUGACUAUUCUUGAUAUACAUACAUAAACUAUAACUAUAUAUAUAUAUAUAUAUAUAUAUAUAAUGUCUUGUGUGGCUGACUCUGUACAGUGUGCAGCAACACCAGAACAAACAUACCCUGUCCUGCUUAAGAUUAUUGGGAGUUCCGCGCAAUUCAUUUGCCCAUCUUAAACAAAUAUGACUUAUUGAAGGGCUUGUGAGACAAACUAUGAGAUUGUCUAUACUCUGUGGUGAUGGGUUAAGGACAGCAGUUGCUGCCCAUGUCUUACUACCACCCAUUUUCAGCAGAACAGAGCAAUUUUGUGUAGUAUAGGAAAGGCAUACCAUCUCUGAUUUCUGGAGGCGGUCAAGCUCAUGGUUUUUACGAUGUCUUGAGAAACCCACAAUGUCCAUAUAUAUUCUCCUAUAUAAUAUAUGGAUUUGUUUAUUUAGGGAAGUAUUGCCUGAUACGAACUCCGGCUAUUGUACAGUUUCAGGAAACCAAGUACCUUUGGGACAUUACAAAAGAGAACCUGUUUUUUUCUUUUUUUAAAGUGAAAGCAGAGUGAUACUGCACGGAACAAUGCCAAUAACAAUGUCAAUGGGUCAAUGUUUCAACCCUUGACAGGAUGUCUUCUCUACUAUUUGCCAUUUCCAGACUCCUCUAUACAUCUCAGAUUUUGCUGAUUUCCACUAGGUUUUUAUGUAGUGUUUCCAUUGGCUGGAAAGCACCAUUUGCUUUCUGCAUUAUUAUUUAUCAAGUUUGUACUUCAACAAAAUAUAUUGAGGGUCCUACUCAAACAAGCUUACAGUCAUUAAGUAUUAUCACUGGCUUUGUAAGCAGCUAUUAAAAUGUGGAAUAGCUGUUUUUCUUUAUAUAUAUAUAUAUAUAUAUAUAUAUAUAUAUAUAUAUAUAUAUAUAUAUAUAUAUGUGUGUGUAUGUAUGUAUGUGUAUAUAUAUAUAUAUAUAUAUAUAUAUAUAUAUCACUGCAGGCAUGUAAUUCUUAUAAUUUUCAGGUUUGAAACUGUAACUAUGUUUCUGUAUGCAUACGUUUGCUUAAUGUUGUACUUUUUCUCCUCCUGUCUGCUAACUUCACUCUUGCCGAUAGAUAUCCAGGGCUGUCUUACGUGUAACUGUUGGGAACAUUCCAGAUGAUUCGUCGUCUUGUGAUACAUUUUCAGCUGCAAGCAAUCUUCCCUUUCACUUGCAGUGCAAUAACUUCCUCAAGAUCCACGUUAUGCUGUUUAAUUUUCGACUAAUUUUGUUAUGUAAAUCGGAUUACCAAGUCCAUACAAUAUCAGUUAAACUUUGUACCUGUCUUUGUUUAGCUAAAGGUACAUGUUGGUGACAAGUACCAGGAGGGGAACAUUUCAGAGCAGUUCAUAGGGCGGGACAUGGCUUUAUUCCAUUUACAGAUAAAAGUAUGCAGAUUAUCUGAUAAACCUUGCAAGCACACUUCUGUAAGAAAUGACUAAUCAAGAUAUACAAGACAACUUUCACAUGACAAAACUCAAAUAGAGACAGCCUGAAACAUCUCUAUUAGUAAUUUAUAUAACUUCUCCUGGUGAUUUAAAUAUAUCCUUAAUUCAUUUAGGAUAUGUAAGGAAACACUUCCUUUCCAGUGCUACCUGCGCAACCAUGAUGCACUAAUUAUCCUUACAUUAAUAACAAGAUAACUCUUGUUCCUUCCUACCUCCCAUCCCCUCUUGCGAGACUGACCAUGCUUCCCUAAAUAGGGGCACAGUAACCCCAUGACUCCAAAACACAAGCCUCUCUAUUAUCUUUCCUAUACUACUCUAGAAAAGAUCGCAACACUCUGAAGCGGCAACUUCAGCUUAUCCAGUAUAGUCACUGUGACAUAGAACAGGAGAACCCUUUAAAGGGGGGUUCUUCCACUCUCUUCUUUCGCUCAAUUCUCCGCAUGUAGGGGCUAGUGCAUGGUAUCAUAAUAUUUUUAUUAACGAUUCUAUGAUGUUACUUAAAAUUACCGAAUAAAUCCUAGAUUUUUUUUCUUGUGCUUUAGAGUGGCUUAUCUAGUCAGAAGCCACAAUUUUUGUAAAACUGGAAUGUAGUUUAUCAACAUAGCUUUUUCUAAGAAUGCCAUGCAUUUCAUCUCUUUGUGAAGAAACAGCAGCAAAGCACAAGUAAGAAAAAUAAGGGAAAAAUAAAUCAACGUACCCAUAAUAAGUGUGAAGGUUAUGCAACCUUUUUUUAGAGCAAACUGCAUCAUUUUAAAAAAAUACUCCAAAUAAAUUGUAAUGGAAAUUUUGACAGGUUUUCCACAAAAAAAGUUCAACAAGAUAAUACCAAAUCUAAACAGCAUGCACUUUUUGACCAAUACGUUGCAACUACAUUGGCGUGAAUUUUUGCAUUAAGGAUAUGCUCUCCUGUUAUAGUGGGCAUUGUCUGUAAUCAUUUUCCACCAACAAAUAAUGGAGAAUAGUCAGCAGCAACCUCAACAUCUGUGUAUGAAUAAUACAGCAUAGACAUAGCAAUGAUACUUUUGUCGGUCUGAGCUGACAAAGUGAGCUGGUUAUUGUAUAGCUCAGAACGACUGUCAAUAGCUGGGCAUUGAAACAUUGAGAUUUUAUCCGAGAAAUCAUGUUUUUGCAAAUUUUGUAUAGAUUGAAAAAAAUAGGUCAGUUUUGUUAAUUCACUGCACAUUUUGGUCUACAUCCUGGGUGCAUAGUCCUGUCAUUGGCAACAUGUUCCUGUUCAGAGUUUGUUAGAACUAUAGUUCUCAUGAUCAUUUGAUACCCUACCCAUGUUAAAUUCAGUGCUGCAAAAAAGUGAGUGUUUUAAUUUAAUAGGUGGAAAGAUACUUGUUGGCAAUCUUGGUGUAGUCCCUAUUUUUCCGUGAUGUUAUUAAACCUAGCCUUUUGAUUUAAUGUUAAUGCAUGUUUGUUAUGGCAUGUUCUCAAGUCUUUGUAUUUGCUUGUUUUAAAGGAAGACUUAAUCCAUUCCGAAAAAAAUGACGUGGAAACUGGAAGAACAGAACCAAAGCCAGAUGACCCAAAAGAGGUUAGUUUUAUCUGGGUUUUUUUUUGUUUUUGUUUUUGUUUUUUUAUAUAAUUAUUUUUUGUGUUAUUUAUAUUUUUUUCAGUUUGGAAUUAAGACAGUCUAGGCAACUUUACCAAUACAGAACAGGGUAGUCAAUAUGCUGCUUUUUUUUUUUUUUUCUUCUCUAUUGACUCCUACUCCUGGUUGGGACAACUUGACAGUACAAAUAUUAAACUUCUGCAUUUUCUAAGUGUUCAAUUGGAGUUGGAUUAGCCCAGUCAUCUCAUCCAAUCACUGCCUUUCAAGUUGUAUGAAAUAGAUAGAGCUUCUGAUAGAUUUGACGUGGUAUUAUAAAUGUUUUUAUAGAUUGUGAAUACAUGACUAGACUUGAGCACAAAUAAAUCCUUUUCACCUGCAACAAAUCAAAUUCCUGUUAAUAUCUGCCCAAACAAAUCAAUCCGGCCGGGAUUUACGUAGCAUUUCGAGUCAAUCAAUUGUAGAUUAACAGGAAUUGAUUUGUUAAUUGCAGGUGAAAAGAUUUCUGCACAAGUCUAUACAUAACUUCUUCAUAACAACGUCUAUUUUGUACUUUCUUAAUAAUAUAAGUGACGGUAGUCACCGUCACUGGGGAUGGAAGACAGACACUGUGUGGGUCCCCAGAUUCUUUUUGUGGUUUUGUCACCCUGUGCCCAUUAUUGGUGCAGGUUAAAUUGAAUGUAUUGCUUGUCUGUGCCUCUCCACCUCCCCCUUUUUCCUGUCCUAUUGUUUCUCCAGCAGGGCGUUGUCCCAGGGACACUGCCAGACCAGUUUGAACUGGCUGUCCUGUCCUUCCUCAAUCUCCCAUCAGCCCUUGCUAUUGUCUGACCCCACCCUUCCUUGUACUAUAGUGCUCUUAUCAACCUAUUGUAUGUAAAUGAGGCUGUUGUGUGCUUAAAAUAUGUGUGCUAUGCCUAUUAAAGUUGGUUGCUCUGUUAACCUUCACCAAGUGUCAUCUGGUGUUGGGGGGAAAGGAUAUAAUCUGCUGGUGGAAAGUGUGUCCAUAGCUGUAAACACUGUAGCCUGGUCCAGGGUGGAAAAGGCCCUUAGUGAUCUCAGUCAAGCCUCCGCGACUGGGUCUUAAGUGCUCCAGGGUCCCUGAUCGCUACGAGGACGCAGACUUGGCGGAGGUAGUCAGUUCGGAGUACUGAAGCUCCAUCACAAUAUUUUAUUUCCAAAGCUAUGUGUUUCAUACUAUGUUUAGAAGCAGGACCUAUUUGUUUAUAAAAAAAAAAAUUAAAAUUAAACUUAACUGUAAUACUCAUGGACAAGUUAUGUAAUGUCUCACUUUUGCCUUAUUUCAAUCCACAAAACAAUCAGUGCACAUGAACAGGUGCGCAAUAAUUAACAUCGGAAGGGAUGCUUGCUCAAUAGCACUAAUUGUUUGUAGUUGCUUGACAAGAGUGUUGUAAUUUAAAGUGAUCACAUAUUCAGUAACCCAAACUGUCACUAGGGGGGUCUAUCUGCCAAGUUAACAGUCUGGUAAAAUGAAUUACCUUACCUCUACAGGUUUGUGAAUUCAGAUACUUGAGUUCAAAGACAGAAUUAGCUUACUAAUAUUUUUUACUCUAGUAUCAUGGUUAUUAGACAUACAAUAGUUAUGCAAUAAUACAUUUUAUCCCAGAUAUUAGCAGCCAGUACACAUUCUAGUGAUAUGGUGAGUAGGUAACGUUACAUCAGUAAUACAUGGCAUGAAUAUGUACUCAAUAUGAAUUUCACCAGGAUACUAGUAGGCAGAACUAAGAAGGAGAUUAGGAAAGGUAAGGGAUGGGGUGGGGAAGCGAGCCCACAGCAGCCUCUUACCAUGCAGUUAGAACAGCUGUGAAGCGAACUCCAGUGCCCUGCAGCCUCUGAGCCAUGUCUUCAUAGUUGCGAGUUGUGAUCAGUGUCUCUAUAACCAUAAUGGAGUAUUUCCAUUGUCUAACUUAUUAAUAUUUUAAUAAGGAAAAUACAAAUGUUGCACAGUGUCAACGUUAUAUAAAACAAAUGACCUACAAAAACCUACAAGCAGACCAAUGCAAAAAUAUAUUUUUAAAAUAAAAUGAGACUUAAAACACAGAACCUAGACUUGUGCAAAUUUCACUGACAACACUGAGGUUUGUUGGAAAAAAAAAAAAAAAAAGGUUUAGGAGAAGUCCUAUUUGAUCUGCGUUGGCAUUCACUUGUACAUCUUUAUUUUCUUUUAGCCUUUUUUUUCCGAGCAAAGCCAGAUCCCUUUGACAACUAGUUUGGUACCUGGUUUAUUUAGGUUACUAAUGUGGAAACAUCACAUUGAUUCAUAUAUGGAUUUCCAUUAAUUCCAUGAUGCUUAUCUGAUAGACCACUUUUUUACUGCAAAAAACGGGCAACAAGCACACAUGAGUUCUCUGUAGAGGUGUAAAAAUCACACAGCCACAGCAAUAUUCUUUUGUUCAAAGGGUCUUGCUUCUUGCCAGAACAGACAAUCUGGAGAGAGAUUUGGACAGAAUCAUGCCCACUGAGUAUAACGCUAACCAUUUAUAGUCACUAAGCAAACCAAUUUGAAGUAGUCAUGUGCAUAAGAUACAUUAUUAAAGAGCACAUAUUAUAAUUCUAAAAACAAUAACUGACAUUGAUAAUAAAGUGGAUGGAUUAUAAUAAAACCAAUGCAUUGAAAGUGUAGAUCAAAAUGUAUACAGCAAAUACUAUUAUAUACAGAAAAUAUUGCAUGUAAAAAGUUAAUAUACAAAAUAGUGAAUCUAUUAAAAACAAAGUUUUAAAAUUACUGUUCUAAUUUUGUACUGGAUUUUGUCAGCAUUAUACUUCAUACAAAUUGCCAAAAGUGUCUGAAGACUAAUUUUAUGUAUAUAUUUACUAAAUAAUUAAAAACUGCCUAUAUGAAUUCUCCGAGGACAUUAAAUGGACCCUUCACUUCCCAAAUGGGUAAAAAAUAUUAUUCAAAUACAACGCUCCUGCCACUUCUGUUAGCUCAGGGGAGCUAAAGGAAGGAGCAAGCAAGCCUUCUCUGCUGACAGCCAGGGGGCUGUUUCAUAAUUUUAAUAAGUGAUGAUUUCUCUCAGGAAACUGGGGUUAAAAUAGGAUACUCCACACCCAUAAAGCACUAAAACAAGUUAUAAACACAUUAACCCUUUGUUCAAUGUGUUAUAGAUUGAAAAAAGAGACUGGGUCUCUCAGCAUUUACUUACACUUGUUGCACUCUGAGAGCAAUCACGUGUUGGUAAAUACUAGGUAAGAUAACUCAUACUGACGGCUACGGUCCUGGGGCUGUCCGUAUCUGCUUUUACCCACCGAUUGUGACAUGCAUAGUUGGAUGCUGGGGGUCUGUAAGCAAUGAAAUGCCGGGACAGUUGGACUUCCUUCAGGGACCGUUCUUUGUGGAGAGGUUGAGGAGUUAAUUAUCAGAUAGUUGUAGUGCUCUAAGGGUUGAUGUAGGUGUUCUGUAAAUGUCUUUAUGCUGUCAGUCUAACUGUUAGAAAAACAAGUAAAAGGAUAGUUAUGUUUGUUUACUACCUGGAAAUAAGAUUUGAAUAUUCCUAUUGCUCACAUCGACCAGCCUUUCCUGUCAGAAACCCGUGAAGUGUAACAGAAUGUCUUGCCUUGUAGCUAGACUGUGUUUAAGGCCUUUCUCUUACAGAAAAUCAUUGGAAAUAAACUCUUUUCUAAAAAAUAAAUUCUAAAUCAGAAAAACAAAUUAUAGGGACACCCCAGGCUGGAAUUGAUUCAUAGUUUAAGAGUUAAAAUAGCUCUGAGAGCAAUAAAUAUUUCAUGUUUGAGGUCUGUAAGUGUUGAAUCAUUGAAAUGCACACCCACCUGUCCCGCUCCACUCAGUGAAUACUAUGACAAGCAGGGCAAUCCUCCUUCAUGAUGCUGACAUGCUGCUUCACUACAAGUGGAUCAAAAGGGAGAGACAUCAAUAAUUCCAUUCCGGUGUUUCAUUAGCAGGAACAAGAUGCACUUGAUAAAAGAAUAGCAUUCUUUUUUUUUUUUUUUUUUUUAAUAAACAUUUUGAUAUCUUACCGUGGGACAGCGCCUGGGCUUUUUUAGCACUAUAACCACUAAUGCAGGCUUUUGUAGUGCUCAGAAUGUUCAUUCAAGCCACGGUUGACAAGUAUACUUUAAAGGAAUACUGUAGGCACAAUUACCUGCUUCAUGUCAUUAAAGUGGUUAUAGACGUGGCCCUUUUAUAACCCAUUAAGCUGUUUUCAUUGUUUUAAUGCUAAUGAAGAAGCAAUAUUGGCUUGGGCUAAUGAAGAAGCAAUAGACUUUAGGCAUACUUUAGGCAUACUUCCCAGCCUGAAGAAGAUUGGUCAUUAAAUCAUUGAUCAGUGGCUUUCUACAUUUUAUGGCUUAGUGUAUAAACUGCACUGUUUUUGAGUGUACAGCACAGCCUUUUUAAGGUAUAGAUUCGAAGAUGGUAACCAUAAGGAACAAUUACAUUUUUUUUCCUCCUCAAUAGUGCUUUAAGCAAUGUCUCAAACUAUCUUGUUAAACAUAAUGCCAUUAAAUGAAUAGCAAAUUGUGUCUAUGGAUCAUUUGCAAUCCAUCAAAAACCUUUUCUAAUUAGUGCAGUAAAGUUAUGCCAGUUAAUAAGUAGUAUUUAUUGAGUGUCUUUUUGUAAUUGUUUUAGAACAGAAUGAAAUAUCAUUGUAUGUACAGUAUUUAAUUUAUUUGCAUACUGGUAUGACAUUUCUUUCCAAAUGGAAUUACUUAUUUUUAAACAUAGCGUUUAUCAUUACUGACCCUUUUUGUACAUCCAUGCAGACUGUCACAGAUAUUUUCUUGUUCAGAACAUUUUUAAUUUAUUUAACUAUUAAUUUUUUUAUUUUCUAGAUAAUUGACAGCAUUAUUGAAGAAAGUCAGUCGUUCAUUGACUUACAUGACAAACCAACAAGAUCAAAUGACAAGGGUGAGGUUUUGGAUUUAACAUCCAGUACAGGAAACACUGGUCAAAAUCUUCUGAACAAUAUCCCAGAAUUGGUAGUCACAGAAACCACUUUUCGUGAUGACCGAGAAGACCUACUACAAGAGCCGAUUGAAUACACUGGGUUGGAACCCAGUCAGAUAUUACAAUCAAAUGAGCAUACUGCGAUUGCAGAUAUUAUAGAGUUAGUUGAAGAUCAAAAAAUUACAGACAAAGUUGAAGACUCAAAAAUCAUAAGGGUUUUGGAGGAGAUUAGGGAACCUAAGAAAGACAUUUUGGAAGAUACACCUGAAACAUCUUGCUAUGAUACCAUAGAACAGUUGGGUCCUGCAAAACCCCCCAGGCAGAUUGCAAUUGAGCCUGAUAUUGUAGCAAGUACAAAGAAAUCUACUCCUUCACGGCCUCCACCUCCAGUAAACGUUCCACCGCCACGACCACCACCUCCGGCUAGACCAGCACCUCCUCCACGCAAGAAGAAGGACUCUGAUUAUGAGAACCCAAGAUCUUCAGACUUGGAUUGUGAGUAUUGUACAUAAUUUGUUGAUAAGUAUAUCUAUGUCUUUAUCGCAAAUUAUCUUUUUUACUAUUGAUGCAUGUCUAGUCCAGGUAGUUAAAGAGACACUAUUGGCACAAAACCACUUUCACCCAAUGAAGCAGAUUUGGUGUAUAGAUUAUGCCCUGUGUCUCAGUCUCUGCCAUUUAGAAGUUAAAUCACUUUGUUUAUACAGACCUAGUCACACCUUCCUGCAUGUGACCUGCAUAGUCUUCCAAAACACUUCCUAUAAAGAGAGAUCUAAUGGUUAAACUUCCUUUAUUGCCCAUUCUGUUUAAUUCGGAAUUUCUCGUUUCCUGCACUGUUAAUAACCUUAUAAACCUUGCAGAAGCCCACUGUGUGUGAUUAAAGUUCAAUUUACAGAGCCUGGGAUCAAAAUUUCUAAUGCAAGUUAACAUCUGAUUGAAAAGUAAGCCUUUUUUUUUGUUUUUUUGCAUGCAGGCUUUGUAAGUCAAAGCCAGGGCUGCAUGGACAGAAAAAAGUAAAUAAACGCCUCCUAAAUGACAGAAUGGGCAUGUUAAUUACAACCAAGCUGUUUAAGCUAAAGUUGUUUAGUUGGCAAUAGUAUCCCUUUAAUAUUAUCUUUUAAAUAAUUAAGACUUGCUAGUUUAUUUUAAUACUUUCCUAUAAACACAAUUUAGAUCGUACUGUAUUUUCACAUCUCUUUACUCCCACUCCUUAAAUGUUUUAUCCUCCACCUUAUAACCUGUUACACCUUAUCCAUAGAAAAACAGAGAGAGCUACAAUUACUCCUGCCUCAAAUAAAUCUGCAGAAUUUUGUACCUCCCUUGACAAAGUAGAAAGAUUAAUCACUGUCCUGCAUGUCUUUGUGUCACACACAUGAAACUAGGUUGUUUAACCCCUUUUACUUCAAGAAAGGUGGACAUGUCACUAUGGCUUGAAAAACAAACAAACCUAUGUGCAGGAUUGAUAUACACUGCUCAAAAAAAUAAAGGGAACACAAAAAUAACACAUCCUAGAUCUGAAUGAAUUACAUAUUCUUCUGAAAUACUUUGUUCUUUACAUAGUUGAAUGUGCUGACAACAAAAUCACACAAAAAUUUUAAAAUGGAAAUCACAUUUUUCAACCCAUGGAGGUCUGGAUUUGGAGUCACACUCAAAAUCAAAGUGGAAAACCACACUACAGGCUGAUGCAACUUUGAUGUAAUGUCCUUAAAGCAAGUCAAAAUGAGGCUCAGUAGUGUGUGUGGCCUCCACGUGCCUGUAUGACCUCCCUACAACACCUGUGCAUGCUCCUGAUGAGGUGGCGAAUGGUCUCCUGAGGGAUCUCCUCCCAGACCUGGACUAAAGCAUCUGCCAACUCCUGGACAGUCUGUGGUGCAACAUGACAUUGGUGGAUGGCGCGAGACAUGAUGUCCCAGAUGUGCUCAAUUGGAUUCAGGUCUGGGGAACGGGCGGGCCAGUCCAUAGCAUCAAUGUGUCUUGCAGGAACUGCUGACACACUCCAGCCACAUGAUGUCUAGCAUUGCCUUGCGUUAGGAGGAACUCAGGGCCAACCGCACUAGCAUAUGGUCUCACAAGGGGUCUGAAGAUCUCAUCUCGGUACCUAAUUGCAGUCAGGCUACCUCUGGCGAGCAAAUGGAGGGCUGUGCGCCCCGCCCCCAAAGAAAUGCCACCCCACACUUCCUGAUGUACUGGCCUGUCUCCUGGUAGCGCCUCCUUGCUCUGGACACUACGCUGACAGGCACAGCAAACCUUGCCACAGCUCGCAUUGAUGUGCCAUCCUGGAUGAGCUGCACUACCUGAGCCACUUGUGUGGGUUGUAGACUCAGUCUCAUGCUACCACUAGAGUGAAGGCACCACCAGCAUUCAAAAGUGACCAAAACAUCAGCCAGGAAGCAUAGGAACUGAGAAGUGGUCUGUGGUCACCAUCUGCAGAACCACUCUUUUAUUGGGGGUGUCUAGCUAAUUGCCUAUAAUUUCCACCUGUUGUCUAUCCCAUUUGCACAACAGCAUGUGAAAUUGAUUGCCACUCAGUGUUGCUUCCUAAGUGGACAAUUUGAUUUCACAGAAGUGUGAUUGACUUGGAGUUGCAUUGUGUUGUUUAAUUGUUCCCUUUAUUUUUUUGAGCAGUGUAUGUUUUUCCUCUUCUAAGGAAGCACAGUAGAGGAACACAGUGCAAAAUGACUCAGAAAAAGGUAUAAUCGUAUAUGAGAAUUAAAACAAUGAGUGUAGUACCUAAUUCACUUAUUCAGAUAUUUCCUCUCCUGUGCUUUUCCAGUCUGUCCUUUUGAAAUUACAUCUGAGAAAUAAUUAGAUUUACUAAUUGGUUUAUAUCAGAAGGUUCCACUGUAUUUUAAAAUAAAUUGUUAAUUCUCCACUUUCCGAAGCAGUUUUCUGAUCUCUAGAAAUAAAUGUUUUGUACUUCUGAGACCCAACAUUACUGACCAACACAAAUAAUAUAUUCCUAAAACAACAAUCGCACAGUAAUGAGUGCAGUUCACAACCGCUGACAAUCCUAUCAGUAGCUGUCACCGACACAACCUAUUUUGCAAAGGUGUUUAUUCUUUUAUUGUAAGGUUUACACAAGUGGGGAACAAAAAUAGAACUGCAAACUGAAUGAAAUAUAUAUAUAGUCUACAUGCUUAAAUAAACACAGCAUAGAGACGGUUAAAUCUAAAAAAAUAACCUCUAACCAUGGCGUUCAACAUACUGUAUAGCUCACCAGACAAAUUUGUUUUUGUUUGAUAUGAAGUUCAAACAUUUGUCUUAAUGUCUCAGAUUUCACAUUCAAAGAGAAAACAAUGUUCUUUCAGGUGGAAAUGUACUCCUUGAUUGUGCUUGGAGAAGAUUUAUUACACAUAAAUGGUUUUGCUAUUUGUAAAUUGAUUUUUAAGACAUUACCUACUUGCUCGAGGCCUGCUCAUUAUGUAAACCGUAAGCACAAAAAUAAAAACUGGUUGAUGCAGAGAGUUUGGGUAAAGGCAUGAACACUUGAGGGGUGGUGGGAUGGAAGCCUAUUUAUAUUUUUAAGCCUUUUAUGUAUUUUUAAGAGUAUAUGCCCAAUCUUUACAACCUGUUUUCUCCUAACACUUGUCACACAGUAGAAAAAGGCCCAAAAGCCUUGAUCACGUCUGAUCUCUCUAUAUUUUGCUCCCUCCCCCACUUGUUCGAUAGACAUAGGAGCUUUAGUAUAACAGGACCCAUUGUACGCAUGCCACGCAAUACAAAGUGAAAAUACAGCUAUUCUAAAAAAACAACUGGUCUCUUCAGCACCUUUGAUCUUCUCCACAGUCUGCUUUCCUCUCAAAGGAUGCAAAGAGAAGUACCACUUAACAUUAUUGAUCUGCUCAACAAUCAGCCUGUUAUAAUGCAGAAAUGAAAAACAGUUUGCCAACUUCCUUUUCAUAUCACUAAUAAGGAACUGCAAUCUGAAAAUUUACUUCUGUUACAACCAUUGACUUAAAGCGGCACUGUCAUUCCAGACUUACCUUUCCCCAAUCGAUUCCUCUUCUCGCCCUCUGUCAUGAUCUGUUCUUCAUUUCUCUAGUUUUCUUUAAAACAUAGUCGUAUGGAGGUUUCCUACGCCUGACCAUCUAUGACCAGCGGAGGAGCAAAGUGUGCUCCGUUUCCUGUGGUCAGAGAAUUUUUCCCACAAUUCUCACCUUUCCUCUGUGAUCUUGCGAUGCCUCCUUUCCGUAUUCCCGAAUGCCGGCAAAACUACCGAAUUUCGUCCUAACAGAAUGAGAGCAGUUCGUCCAUUUGUGUUAGGACGAAAUUCAGGACUUUGUUUUAUUUCGAAAUUUCAUUCGAUUGAAUGAAACUCCAAUCCGAUCGUCAAUAAAUGGCCCCAUGGUGGUGCAUCUCUUAACAAUCCUGGGAGGGUACAUAGUGUCUCACUUGUGCCCUGUUAGUGGGGGCUAUUCAAGUAAACUGGGGACAUAUUACACAUCAUGGGAAAAUUCCAAAGAACUUUCCCACAAUGUGUAAAAUUACUCGGAGCACUCUGGUUGGAUUUCAAGCCAACCAAUCAGAGUGCUAUAUCGGGUAAAUGGAGAGACUUGUCCGAAAAAAUACACAAAGAAACUGUAUGAUAAAGGCGCUUAGGUAUUUCAAAAAUAUUAAACACAGUGACGCUGCAAUACCUUAGUGGGGAUCCCUCUCACCCACCUUGAAUAUAUAGCACCAGAAAACGGGUAAACGGCCAAAAGCAAUUCACCUUAAGAGUGGAGCAUUAAAUGAAUGGAUUGGACACCUACCCUAUACAAGGAUUGUCUGGUUCUUUCCUUACAGUAGUUUUUAUGUUACAUCUAGUUCAUAGAAAUAUAUGUAUGGGAAAAAGCAAACUGAGAAAAAUAAGUGUAAAUCCGUAUAUAUGGUUUGUAUCUGAAAGUGAAUAUAUGAAUUGUCAACUCACAUGACUUAGAGCCCUAAAUAGGAUAGGCUCAAAUCUCUUGCGUUUAUGUGCCAUCUGGUGGCACCUUCCUCUUUAAAUGAACACUGUGUUCUUCAUCAAUAUAGGGAGACAAAAAGUGACACAGCAGGGGACAAAUUGGUGUAGUAUGUUUUGAAAUAAUAUUUCAAGGUGUAUGCCUUUAAGUGAUUGCUUACUUUGUCCAUGAGCGGCGGGUGGGGGCCGGGGGGGAGGACAAUAGGUCACUGGCUGCUCACUGUUUAGUAGACAUGCCCCUACUCGCGGCAUAGCGAGUAGGGGCAUUCGGGAGAUUUUAAUCUCCCUUAUGCUAUUAUGGGGGUCAUAUUUACCCCCACAGAGUGAGGGAGGACAUAGGGGGUUUAGGAAGUGGCGGGGAGCACUGCUUCCAUUUUCAAAUUUCGUUUGAAAUUUUUAUUAAUUUAUUAAUCUUUCUGAUGAAUGAAUAGAUAAAAUUCCCGUUCACAUGCCAAAGUGUUUAACUAGGCAUGCGUGGGAAUUUCACAGCGCUAUCUAGUGUGGGCAGAUGACAGGUCCUACAGGGACUUCAUCUACCCACACAAAGAUGGCCGCACCCAGGACCUAGGUCCGGGCAGAAAAUAAAGAUAAAAAAAUAGGUAAUAUAUGGGGGAGAUAAGGGCAUUUGGGGGUAGCUAGGGGGACAAUUAGAUGUAGUGGAGUCGGGAGGGGGGGAUAAAAAAACAAACUGGAUUCAGCCAUGACAGUGCCGCUUUAAACUAGGUUUGCAUAUAACAUUGUGCAAAACAUUUGUGAAUGUACUUCCUGCUGGAAAUUCAAGUCAGUUAAAGGACCACUAUAGUGCCAGGAAAACAUAUUCCCCCUCCCUCAGAGUCCCCCUCCCGCCCGGCUCUGGAAAGGGGAAAGGGUUAAAAACUUACCUUUUUCCAGCGCUGGGCAGGGAGCUCUCUGCUUCCUCUCCUCCUCUUCUCCUCCUCCUGGACUGAAUGCGCACGCGCGGCAAGAGCUGCGCGCGCAUUCAGCCCGUCGCAUAGGAAAGCAUUUACAAUGCUUUCCUAUGGACGCUUGCGUGCUCUCACUGUGAAAAUCACAGUGAGAAGCACGCAAGCGCCUCUAGUGGCUGUCAAUGAGACAGCCACUAGAGGAUUAGGGGGAAGGCUUAACCCAUUCAUAAACAUAGCAGUUUCUCUGAAACUGCUAUGUUUAUGAAAAAAUGGGUUAACCCUAGCUGGACCUGGCACCCAGACCACUUCAUUAAGCUGAAGUGGUCUGGGUGCCUAGAGUGGUCCUUUAAGAGAACACACAAAUGUUAAUAUUGCAGAGCAAAACCUUAAUUAUACUUUUAAGCAUAUGCAAUUGAAAUCUCUUGAAAUUCUGUACCCUUCAUUACACAAGGUUUUAUCAAUAUCCCAACUUAAAUAGUAUUGGAUUAAUCCCACAUCCUUGGAGCCCCUUUGGGAAUGAUCGUAACCUAUUGCUUUAUGUAACAUAAAUGUGCCAUGAUUGAUGUAUAUGUUACAGUUAAAGUGCAGAAAUCAGUUAAUGUGCACAUUACCUAGUUAAUCUGCAGAUUAACUAGGGCGAUCAGUUAAAGUGCAGAAAAUGAUUUCGUUUCUCAAAUAUUUCUCACAUUACCUACUAGGCGCUCGUUAAAGUGCAAAAAAAUCAUUCUGCCCUUCAUCUCUCUGAGGGGCUCACAGCUCUGGAGGACACCAUGGUGUGCACAGGCUGCUGUUCUGUUCUUGUCUGGACCACAUAGUCACAUACAUCUUCAAACCGUUAUCCCAAACUGGUAAGAAUACGAGGAGCCCCCACCACCACAAGAGAGCGAGCGCUUCCUGCACAUUAUGCAGCAACGCCCUGAAACGAUCCCAGCAGAUGCUCUCCACUGUUCUCAAUAUCCUCAUAUAUUUGAAGACUGUCGGAAUCAGUGGUCCAUGAGAAGAACUCUCGGACUUACGGAGCAGCAUUGUUCGUAGCCAGCCCCCUCUGAGAAGCAACAAGCCAUGCGUCUAUGCUUUGAGAAUUUGAUAGUGGAGGGCAUUAAAGGAACUUGCUCACUAAAAGAAUCGAGACAGGUUCACACAGAAUCUUUCUGCCUUCAGACGAGAAGUGAACGACUCUGCAGAGACUGCACUGAAAGGGUGAAACAGGUUCUGCGAGGACGUUGUUUUUUGUAAUAAAUAAUUUCCUCUUUUACCGAGGGAAAGAAACAAACAUUAUGCACUUUAACUAGACGGAAGCAGUUAAUGUGCACAUUACCUAGGUAAAGUGAGGAAAACUCUUGAUUCCGCACUUUAUCUGAGCAAAUCAGUUAAUCUGCAGAUUAACUAGGUAAUGUGCACAUUAACGGAUUUCUCACUUUAACUGCAACAUAUACAUGUAAACGAUAAAACACAUUGGUUGAAGAACCUAGCCUGGGUUAGAAUGCAACAUUCUGCCAUUUGCAAUUUUAUUUUUUAACAUAUAUAUUCACUUUUUUACAUUAAAAGGUGUUGAAACUUUUGCACCAUAUGCGUCAUGUGUAUGCAUUAGCAAGUGAAAGCACUUUGAAGAUGGAAGCAAAAAUCUAUUUUGUAUCAGAAAUUGAAGAUCUCCCACUGAUGUAACAAAUUGUGUAGGAAAGGCAAACUGUAUCAGAGCAUGAAUUCACAGCUUGAAGACUUAGGUCAGUUCUCAAAGCACAGAAUAGUAUGCAAUAACCACCAUUCUCCAUAUGUGGUGAAAAUGGUAUUGGUUUGUGGUUUAAGUAAUCUGAGAAUGUUUGUUUUUGAGAAACCUCAUUAAUCUCACACAUUUUUAUGUGUUUCAUAUUUUAAAACUGAUGUUUGAAAAACUUGGUUUUGUUAUGUUAAAGGGAUACAAUACUAUCCGUGAACUCUUGAGUACAAUGCAAAGUCCCACAGGAGAACUUCAUGCAACCCGCUGGGUCAAUUUGAUGAUUUAGUCUAUAAAACCUUGCUUUUGUAAAUGUAUAUUUAGUGAGGAGAAUAGGACGACCAUUGCCAUCACAUGUCUAUGGCAGUUAGCUGACUUAAAAUGAAUAUCUGCAGCAUAAAUUAGUGCAGUUUUACAACAAUCUUUUCACACUGGACAUAGGCGACUUCUGUUUUGACCCAGUUCUGAUGUUAUGAAAUAUCCAUCAUAUUCAUUCUAAAAGUCUGCAUUACUUGGUAAAAUAUAAGCCUGCAAGUCUUCCAAACUGUAUCAAAAUACAUUGUAUAGAACCUAUCACUGUCUUAUAAUUGUUUGUGCAAAUUUUAUAAUGGCUGUCAUUCACCACUUAGGAAUCAAACGCUAGUGUCCUGUCAUUACAACCCUGCCCCAGUAUGAUCUAUGGUAAAACAGAAUCUUCUAAUUAUUUAGCUUUGACACCUGUAUCCAACCCUGCUGCAAAAAGCAAUUUCAUGAGUGCACUUGUCAUUUACUCACAUUAGAGAGUCACUUUAAAAACAUGGUUUUAUAUAAAAAUUGUGCUAGCUAAAUUGCAAGCAAAUCUAUAGAUGAUCUAUGCCAUAUAUGAGCUACAUAUAAUGUAUGGAUUCUACUAAACUUCAUUUUCACCUUCUUGGUCUUUGUUACUGUACCAUUUGUUAACCCUUUCUCAUCUGUAUUCAUGAAAUGCCUCAAACUAGUCUCCACCACAUGUUUAAUGCAAGGUGGAAUUAGUGUUUUAUAUUAUUGAAAUGACUAUCUGUAGUUUUGCAUGUGUGCUCUUUUUAACCCAUUGAAAUGCACAAUGUUUACGUGGCUACCUAUUUUUUGCAUUUUUUACCCUCCUUUUUACUUUUACAGCUCCCAGUAUUUCUUUGUCUAUCAAUGCAUUUAGCAAUGCUUCAUCUUCUCUUCCUAAUCCAUCAAAAAACACAUGAUCAUGAAUUCAAUAUACUGUAACCUUCUGCUGUAAUAUUUAAAAACAAACCAUCCCAGAUCCGGUAACUUUGCACUUUGAUUUAUUAAGGAUGGCUGUGGCCUGACCAGCUAUUUAGUAUGAGUCAUGAGGCUGUUUUUACUGAAUGACAUUUCUUUCAAGCCAAGGAGCAAAUAUCAAGCAUCACAAACUGCCCACCAUAGAGAACAUAAGAAUAAUGCAAAUUGUAGGUGUUACUGUGAUUUUGUACUUUGUUAUGAAGCACUCAUUCAAGAAAGGCAAUGCCAGAUUUCGAGUUGCUGCAGUUGAUGACAAUUUUUUUUUUUUUUGUUUAGCAAACCUAUUAGAGUUCUAUAGCUGUGCAUAUGCCAUAGUCACACAAUGUCUCUCGUUCAGUCCAUGUCCCUCUUUCUUCACUCUGUAGCACUUGAAUUCAUCUCUACUCCCUAAUUCAUGUUACUUUACCCGUCAUCUCCUUUCUUUUUUUUUUUCCUCUUCCAAUCUGCAGGGGUUUUUUUUCCAAUCUGCUAACAUACCCAUUCCCAUGUCCAUCUCCACAUUACUCUUCCCAUUAAACUAUCCUCCUUGCGACAUCUGUUUAUCAUAUAGGCCAGUGGUUUCCAAACCCGUCCUCAAGUCACGCCUACCAGUCCAGUAUUUAGGUAUUACCCAAUUGAGUCUAAGGUGUUUUUGGAAGGAGGGAAAAAAAACCACUGACACAACACAUGUAAUCCAUAAAUCCUGGACUGGUAGACGUGCCUUGGGGUCAGGUUUGGAAACCACUGAUAUAGGUGUUAGUGCAGUAGUGCAGGGACAUGGCGAUAUUCCCUCUGCCUGUCACUGUUUUUUCUUAUGUUGGGAUUUGCAACAUGAACAGAGCUUGUUCUGGCAGUGGUAAUGAUGUGCCAGUCAAUAGAUGUUUUAUUCACAUAGCAAAUCCUUCAUGCAGAGUUUAGAAAUGACAGGCAGUAUAAAUACUGUCACUGCUAUGGAAAACCUAUCAAUUUAACAAUAGCAAACCUCCAACCACUUUGAGAGUGUGUAAACUUAAAGGGAUACCUCAAGCACAGAAAACAAAUUUAGCUUAAUGAAGCAGUUUUGGUGUGUAGAUCAUGCCUCUGAAGUCACACUGCUCAAUUCUCUGACAUUUAGCAGUUAAAUCACUUGUUUCUGUUUAUGCAACCCUAGCUAUCUUAACUACCUCCCUUACCUGUGACUCACACAGCCUACAUGAAAAAAUAAUUUAUUUUUCAAUCACUACAGUGUGUUCACUUUAGAAGUUAUCUCCUGCUCUGUAAAUUGAACUUUAAUCACACACCGGAGGCCAUUGCAGGCUAUAGUAGACUAUUAACAGAUCAAAUAACAAAUUCUAAAUUAAACAGACUGUACAAUAAAGGAAGUUUAAACAUUAGGUCUCACGUUACAGGAACUGUGUAUGGUGACUGUGUAGGUCAUAUGCAGGAGAGGCGUAGAUAUGUCUACAUGAACAAAAAGUAAUUUAACUAAAUUGAAUAGAAUUGAGCAGUUAGAUUGCAGAGACAUGGUGUAUAUACACCAAGAACACUCCAUUGUGCUAUAGUUUUUUUUUUGUGGUGAGUGGUUGGCAGUGGGUUUUUGUUUUGUGACCUUUUGAAAUCUCCCUCAAAUCCCGUUUUUGGUGUUCAAGUUUAUAUUAUGCAAUAUAUACCUCUUCUGGCUGUUAACAUGUCUUUUUAUUAUGUGCUGCUAUGGUAUCCUCCCUGAAUGGCUAAAUCCCUGAGGAAUAUGUUGGUGCUUUAAAUGUUGAUAAUAUUACUACUGUAAUAAAAAGAAAAAAUUGGUCUUUAGUACCUUAUUUUCCAUUUACCUUAUGCUGCUAUUCUUCACUUUCCUAUAGGAUAUGAUGGACUGCUUUGGUUCAUUCUCUCUGCUUGUAAACAUUAUCAUGUAUAUAUUGGUAAUGUUAAUUCAUUAAUUUUUUAUUUAUUUUUUUUGGGUGGGAUCCUGCAGUUCCAAAAGAUGGCUUCCUGGCUGGGGGCCUUUUAUCGCCAAACCCAAUCACCGAUGGAUUAAACCGAGAUUCUCAGCCUUCCUUGGAUCUAGCUAGUGCCACCAGUGGAGAUAAGAUAGUGACUGCUCAGGUGGGUACAUUGCCAGAACCAAAUGGCAUGAAAAGCAUUCCUUAAAUUUGAAGAAUUAAAACCUCAAAUAAUGUCUUACUAUGAUUACAAAUCAAGGUUCUAUUAUGAUUCCAAGGUUUGAUGAUGAUUCCGAGACAAACGGCAUAUACCAUAUUGACUGAUGUUUUUUGAUAUGCCAUUUCUACCGCUUGAUAGUUUUUGGAUGAAAACUUGAAUAACCAAUAUAUUUACUAAUCCUGGAUUCAGCUCACUGCAGUUGCUUUGAUAUGGCCAAGUUCACCAAAGGUUUUAUGCCAUCUGUGUUUGUAUAUUUUGAACAUCAUAGGAUAGUAUGAGGCAUUCUUAGAGACUCAUAGAAGAACGGCCCAUUGCUUGAAUAUACUCAUCAACUACAACAGUAAAACCACUGACCGGUCAAGUGAAUAAGAUAGGGAUUGAAGAGAAAAUACUAGCAGAGCAGGAGAUAAGAACAUCUAAAAAACAAAAACACACUAAGCGGUUUGUUCUGAAUGAAAAGUUUCAAUGGAGCAUGGAGUCGUCUAGUGGCUAGGGUUGCAUGAACAGAAACAGUGAUUUGACUAAUAAAUGGAAAAUAAAUUAGCAGUUGGACUACGGGGGCGAGAGUUGAGGUUCAGUUAGAAUAGCAGUUAUACAAAUAGGGCAUAAAAUUUGCACCACAUUACAGUGUUGGGAAAACCAUGUCAGUGCAACCAUAAACAUAGAUGAAGCUCAAAUCCAUCUUCAGCUUUUGUUAACUUGUAAUACAGUCUGAAUAGUGUAUGGUCAUUAAAAUGCUUAGUAAUUGUUAAUUAGCCUUGGUCCUAGAACAAAUGUUUGACUGCCUCUUUAACUCCUUAAGGACACAUGACAUGUGUGACAUGUCAUGAUUCCCUUUUAUUCCAGAAGCUUGGUCCUUAAGGGGUUAAAUAUGUAUAUACAUUACUUUGGUAACAUUGACACUGUGUAAGCAGUUUAAUGGCAGUUGCCAAUUAGGUUUCAAUGAGAUCUAUUUUAUGCGAUUGCACACAUUGCGCAUAAAAAGGGCUUCUUAAAGGUUUGCCCCAAGCACCAUGACCACUUCAGUGAUUUGAAAUGGUUAUUGUGCCUGGAUUCUGUGCUGUAUUUUGAUUUGAAACUAUGCAUUUAGGGGUUUUGCCAGUACCCUGUCCCAAAAUAUAACUGGCACACAAGGUUAUCUGCUCUGCACCUGCCUACGCCACUGGCUGCACUUCUGGAGUGUAAUCCAUUUUCUGCGUGAGCUGUAACACUACCUCUGGCAGCAUCAUCAGCUAGCCCGGAACAAUAGUUCAGGGCUGGGUGAUGUGAAUUGUGCAAUAGUUUGUACAAAAAUUGGGCAUAGCACAGGAUGUAAUUUCUGUGCACAGUUUGUUCGAAAACUGUUAGCUGAUUCUUGUAGCCAAUGAAUGGCGACUGGAUUGGCUUUCUGCUUUUGAUCCAGGUGAAAGGGCAAACUGUUGUUAAUUACCAGGGAACUGGGCCAAGGUGCUCCUGACAUCAUAUCCACUACAGCCUACUUCAGUGGUUAUACUGCUUGGAGUAACCAUUUAUUCUGCUUGGAGUAGCCAUUUAUUUCCACAAGCAUCAUCUGUUCAAUCCUGUAAUUUAUUAAUGCAAUGUAAAAAGUGCAACAAAAAAAACGAUCAUUGCGCAUUGUGACUUGGGCACACUUAGAACCCAUUUGAGUGAAUGUUGCAAAUAAAUAUACUCACUGAGAUUUUUCUUUACUCUUGUCACAGGAGAAUGGAAAAGCUGCAGAUGGACAGCUGUCUUCUACACCCAGUGAAAGUCUUGGUCCCCAAAGACCUCGGUCUAAUUCAGGACGUGAGCUCACUGAUGAGGUAAUGAUGACUUUUAAAAAAAUGUACGCCCGCUGACCUUAAAAUGUACAUUAUUUUUCUCAUUGUUACACUUUCAUCUAAGUUUUCAUUUUGGGGAGAAUGUGGAAUAGCUAGAGGUGCUUUUUUUACCCCGUGGCAGAGAAUCCAAUAUCUGGUUUCUUUAGAAACAAACUCUAUAUAAUGCCUAACUACGAUAGUAAAUGAAAAGGCUUUGUCAGAGGGCUGGUACAGAAAUGGCAUUAGGUGGCAGAUUAUCUGUACCCUUUUUUUUUUUUACUACUUUGUCUUCUUGCUCACCCAUUAAAAACUUCACCAACUGCAGGUGUCUGCCCUGCCUAGAAAUCAAGUAUUGACCGUUAUAAAGAGUUCCAUUCUUACCAUGUGUGUUCUGCCUUUAAUAUCUUUUAUUUUCUUUCUAGUUCAGUUCCCCAGUCCAAAGAGUUGUAAAUUUAAAACUAUUGCUUCUAAUAAUUUUAUGAUCUGUAUCUUAUUUGUUUCCCAUUUUUAUCUGAUUUGUUCAUUCACCCAUGUCACUGCUGCUAUUUCUAAUGAGUCAAACUUCCUCGGUUACAAUGUUUUUACCACUAUUUUUUUUUUAUUAGUUUUUGUUUGUUCCUAAAAAUUUUAUUUAGAUAUUAUGUUUUUCCUUUCUUGUUCUCUGUACUUAACACUUUGCAAAUGAUUAUGUGUGCACUGCAGUUUGCUUUAUGAAAUCUUUCCAGAUUUACUUGUGUUUGACUCAUGGUUGCCAGUCCUCAAUAGGAAGUCCAUGUGGAUAACAGAUCACUGCUGUUUAGUUUAUUGAAAAAAGAAACUGAUUGGGGUCUGAUAGCUGAACAACAAAUAUUAAAACACUGUUACCGGGGGGUUACCAAUAGCUCCGAUAACCUAAAGCAGAAUCCAAGCGCUGUCGGCAAAACUAAAGCCCAUCGGCUGAAACCGGCUACGGACAUCGACUCGGGGCACACUGCUCAAACUGCAGAUGCCUUUCUUCCAAACUCCGAGCACAAAACGCUGCUCUUGGGGCCUACCGCGCAAGCGCCCGCCAACACGACCAGUUCGGAGAGUUAUCAGCGUGGCUCGAGAUCGGAUUUCUACAAUCUGGAAGAAAUGGGACGGAGGUCCCAAAAACCGACCCCACACGCACACCCAAGCCACAACGGGACAUAGGCAUCAUGCUAUAAUCCCCUCCACUGGCACGGACCCAAGCCGCCAUGGAAGCUUCGCCCACGAGGUCUGAAGAUGAGAACUCUGUGCACAGAAUGGCCACAGACGGAGAAAACCCACAGACCACAAGAGAAUCAGCCCCAGCGACCAAGCAGGAUAUUCAGAACAUGCUGGCUGGACUCCAAUGCAACUUACAGCAAAUGUGGCAGGCAGACCUCAAGGGGCUUGUAGCAGAGGUAGAGGAAGUGACAGCCCGCACUCAAGCCGCAGAAGGGGAGGUGAGAGACCUGCGACAAGACUUAAACGCACUGAAAGAUUCAGUUACCCAGAUGAAAGCCACACAGACAACUAUCACCAGACAAGUUAAUGUGCUAGAUGACAGGGGCAGGAGGAAGAAUGUUAAGAUCAGGGGGGUACCAGAAUCGGUACUGCUGGAGGAACUUCCCCAUUUUAUAAGGUGCUUAGUGGCCUCACUUCUACCCACCAGGCAAGCGAAACACUUCACGUGUGAUGGAGUAUAUGGCAUCGCCAAAUCACUGCAAGCGCCAAAGGCGGCACCCAGCAACCUCCUCAUACGAUGCCAAACUCUUGCUGAUAAAAUAGCCCUAAUGGCUGCUAUUAAAGGAAAAACACCCUACAAAUUUGACACACACUAAAUCGCCUUCUUCCAAAACCUGAGCAGGGACACACUUUCGUGGCGCAAGAGCAUGCAACCCAUAUCCACCACCCUACAAACAGCAGGACUCACUUACAGCUGGGCAACCCCUCGAUCGCUCUGGGUAGCCAAGGACGAUAAAUCCUACACUCCUACAACCCUAGCCAAUACAGAACAGACCACUAAAACACCAGCAUUACACUCAACAUAGCUGAGACCAUCAAACCAUCUAAUCGACCCAUAGGCAUGACUUAACAUAGUCCCUGAAAGUCAAGAGGACUAACCAAUACGCCUCUGUACACAAGACGCCCUAAACUAUCAAUGGUCGCCCUCUCAGGCGGUACUUUACCCCCAACUUGUUUAGAACGCUGAACGCCCCCGCCCAGCCAGGCUGAGCCCAUUUGAAAAUAAAAGCAUAUAGAGCUGGACAGAUCCCUAUGACUGCCUAGGCCACUUUCUCAAAACCAUGCAUGCUUGCACCCUAUUGACCACCUGAUCAUAUGUUACUAUGAUGUCUGGCAUUAUGGAUAUGUUAUGAUUUAACAUUAUGCACUGAAAACAAAAAGAAUUAAAAACAAAACACUGUUAGAUUGUAUGCAUGAUCCCGGGAGUGCAAAAUGUGGAUCUGUCUCCUCAUUUUGUAUAAUCCAGGAAGACUGGUAAUCUUUCGUAUCAUAUAUGGUUAAGUUUUCAUACCCCACUAAUUAUUUUCUUCUUGCAGGAGAUUUUAGCAAGUGUAAUGAUCAAAAACUUGGAUACAGGAGAAGAAAUACCUCUGAGCCUAGCUGAAGAAAAAUUGCCAACUGGCAUUAAUCCUUUGACAUUACAUAUCAUGAGGAGAACAAAAGAAUACGUCAGGUGAGAAAUAUAUAUAUAUAUAUUUGUAUAUAAAUAAUAUGAAUAACUUCUCAAGAAUGAGACUGAUCUCUAUUAAAAUAAUGAUUUCAUUGCCCAAAUUUGUGGAGGAUUAUGUUCAAAAAACUUUUCUAGAGCAAAGUUUUAAAAGUGGAGCAUUGGGCUGCAGCAUUUCAUUUGUUUUCAUGGUAAUUGCUACGGUUUCAGAACUUUACAAAUAAUAAGGAAACGAGGUAGAGAAGUAUGACUCACAGACCUCAAGUAAGCAUUUGUAGAAGGAGAGGAAGCUACCUUUGCAAAGGUUUUAGUAUUAUCUUUGGGCUUCAUUUAGAUGAUAUUUAUAUCAAAUUUAAAGGAAUACAAAGCCACCAACAGGACUAAAGGGUCCCUCGGCACGGAGUUGCGGAAUCAAUGCUUUCCUAUGAGGAAAUAGCUGAAGCUGGACGUCCAGCGUCCGUUACCGGACCAAAAGUCCGUUAGGAUCCAGCAAGCGCCUCCAGUGGCUGUCUGGUAGAGACCCACUGGAAGCAGACUUAGUGUUGCAAUGUAAACAUUGCAGUUUCUCUGCACUAAGUGCAAUGUGCAAAAGGGACACUGCACCCAGACCACUUCAAUGAGCUGAAGUGGCCUGGGUGCCUAUAGUGUCCCUUUAAGCUCUAAUUUUACAAAUUAAUAAACUUUUCAUAGGAUGUGUCACUAUUCAGUUUGUGAUCCUAGAAAUCCAUAUGUUUAAUUCCCAGGAGACAAGUUUAUUGUGAUGUUGCAUGGGACCUGCUCUCUGAUAGAUAUCAAAAAACAAUAGAAUAUACUUUUAUCUUUGUAUGUGCAAGUGAUUUGUUUAGCAGAUAUUAUAGAUUACCUUUAAUCCUCUACUUUAAGUAAGCCAGGAUGUAGGGCAGACAAAGGGAAUACUUGGAUGCAUUUCAGUAAAGAAUACUCUAAACUGUUAUAGUUUAUUUAUAGACAUUAAUUGUUGUUUUAAUGGAUAAAUCAAAUAGAGAAUGUUAUAAAAUAAGGGAAGUGAAUAAAAAUAAAUACAUGAUAUGCAUUUAGGGGGAGGGGAAGGGGUGAUAUUUAUUGGAAACUCCGUAUAGUAAAGUAGAAAAACAACAAAAUGUAGUUUUAAUUGAAGCCUAAAAUACAUUCUACGGAUUAUUUUUUUCUUCACUAAUUUUUUUUUCAUAUCGACAUUUUGUGGUUAGAUUUGUCUGCCUAAUAGAUUUUCAAAUUACCAGCAUCUGGGACAUAAAAAUUCUAUAGAUCUCUGCUGGCUGCCCAGUGUUCAUUGUGCAUCUGAGUACUUAAUGCGUAGCAUUACAAUCAUUAUCAUCUUCUGGACAAAGGGAACAUCAUGCCGUUAUUACAGUAGCUUUAAAGACACAUUUCAAACUCUUUUUAUUUUUUUCUUGUGUAAGACGUCAUUCCAGGCUGACCUGUGUGAUCUUUCUAGUUAGAGUUCUUUUAUGAAACUGAACCAUUGUAUAAAGCUUCCAUCAUUUUACCUUUUCAAAAAAUAAAGGUUGCAGAUAUGAACAUGUUUCCUCCUAAGUAAUGUCUAAAAUACCUGGGUGUAGCCAUUAGUGUCCUUAAUGUUGCCAUUGUGGGCACUCUUAAAAGAUUGGAAAAAAUAACUAUUCUUUUAGAUUUUUAUUUUUUUUUACUCCUAGAGUUCAGAAUGGUAUUUUACAGUUUAAUUUUUAUAAUUUUAUAUAUAUAUCUCAAUGAUCAUACGAUGGGCCUAUCUAAUGCCCACUGGAAUUAAUGCUUAUUAAAAAUAUCUAGUUCCAGUGUCUGCUUGCAUGGACUUUUCAAUGCACUUGUGCCGAUGAAGAGCAUAGUACCUUUGGAUAGAUAACGGACAACUCCAUCUUGUGGUCAUACGUUGGAAUAGAGCAUGGAUUAAUAAUUUUAUUUUUUAAUCUCUGACACUGACACUGUGCCAUCUAGAAUCCGAUAUAGAUAUUUUUUUUAAAACAGGACUCUUAACGUGAUAUAUAUAUGACAAAGUUCCUAGAGUGUUAUUAAGCACUCAGCAUCAAGACAAGUACUGUGAGUGUAGCUCAUGGAAUUAAUGCAUAAUUCUUAGACUGGAAAAUAAAUGGAAUUCUAAAACAAAUGGCCCUGGUGAUGUGAAUCUGCAGUCAGAAAUAAUAUAAAGGAAUGUUGCACUGCCCUGGAUGUAUUCAGAUUCAUGCAUUCAAUCUAAAGAAUGAUGGAUGUUGUAGUUAAAGAAAACAAAAACAGAAUGCUGUUAUUUUAUGUGGAAUAGUCAUGUGCUAUUAUCAGGUUAGGUCAAGCAGAUUUAUUGCAGCAUUGUCCCUAUAAUAUCACCUUUUUAUUGAAUGAGUACCCCAAUGCCACAAUCUAUUCAUUGCCAUUAAGGUUUCAAAUUCAGAAGGUCUAAAACGUACACAAAGCACAGGUGGAAAACCUGUAGCGUGGAGCAAGUGCAUUGAGCAUGGUGAAAGUUUCACUAUAUACUGAAUAGGAUUCCAGCUGUAUGUUCCAUUCUCUUUGUAUGUUGCUAGAUGCUCUACUCUACUUGAAGGGAGUGAUGUCCUGAGAAGUAUAUCUUUUGAACUAUGCACUUGCUGAUUUCAUAGCACAAUGUAUAGUUUAAAUCUGGCAGUUUUACAUGGGAUUUGUGAACACUGCCACUUACACUGAUCAGCAUUUUUCACAUGUUCACAUCAAUCACAAACAUCCCCAUCAUGAUGUAGGUAGUUGUUAGACAGAGUAUCAAAUUAUGGUAUGUACUUGUUGAGAAAUUUAGUUUUGUGUGUUAUAUCAUUUAGAAUUAUUUUAUUUUUUUCUUUCAUUUGAACUUUUAAACAUAGUUGGUUUCUGUGCAUCCAAGAUGGCGUCUGUCCGACGCUGCUUUCCUCGUAGUGAUGACUAAAAAUAUCUGGCCUAAUUGCAUCUAGCACCUGUACUAUAACUGUUAAAUAAAGGUGUGCAAUAACUUGCAAAUCAUCACAACUCGUUUCCUUGUUCUCUCUUACAGUAAUGAUGCAGCUCAGUCAGAUGACGAGGAGAAACUACAGUCCCAUCAGUCUGACACGGAUGGAGGAAAGCUGAAACAAAAAACGUAAACCUAGUUGCUCUAUCUUUAACGGAAAUGUUCUUAGCAUCGUUAUCUGUCUCCUCUAUAUCGGUCAGUGUGAUUGUGAUUGCUGGGAGUUAAACAAGACAAGUGUAGUCUUAGGGCAACAUACAAAACCCAGGAACACAAAUAAGUCUUCGAAAUGGGUAGCUUCAAUGUAUAUAUCAAUAGAUAUAUUUUGUUUCUCUAAUGCCUCAUGUAGGUAGAUGGCAGUCAGAACAGAAUGAAUAUGGCUUUAGUGCAUUAGCAGGGUAGAGCAGUAGAAAACAUGGAUGUGCUUUUUAUUUAGAAAUUUACAGAGUUGGUCACUUAUAUAUUGACACUAGCAAAGCUUUCUGUAUGCAUUAACAAGUGCCAAGGACAACAAUAUAGAAAACUAUUUUCAUUUUUUACAUUUAUUUAUUUAGUUUAUUUUAUAUUGUCCAAUAGGACCAAUCGAUUUCUCAUGAACAUCCAAGAAUCUGUCAUAACUUAAGCUCAGCAUUGGCAUGAUCCACGUGAUUGCCAGAAUAUGGGGAAUAUGAUCUUCUUGCUUAGGUUGUAUUUGUGUAUACUGCUACACUAAAUUUCAGGAAUUUAGACACCUGACUUACAUAUUUAAAAAUUGGCAGUAUAAUAAUAAAAAAAUAACUAUCUGCAAGCAACAACGUACCGGGCAUGUCGGUCUAGAUACUGCAUGUUAAUAUAACAUGUUAUAAAGCAAUUACAUAGAUAUGUAUUUUACAUUACAUAUUUAAAGAUUUUCAAAAAUUCUCUUUCAAAGCAAUAUGGCCAACAAACCGUGUGACUGUCUUACAUAUCUCUGCAAAAUAUCUAAAGAUAGCAUAACUUUACAGAGCAAGUGUUGCAUCUGUCAUGGAACAAGAGAUAAUUGAUUACUUCUUACAAAUUGGUCACUUAAAGAGGCACUGUCACUUCAAAAUAUUAGCACAGCCAAGCAAAAGUUAACUACUGGUUGUGCUGAUUUUUUUUUUUUUUAGUUCCUGUAGAUUAAAUUUUAUGUUCAAUAAAUGUUUUGCUAAUCAAAUUAGUUAUAAAGGGAUACAAUAGGCACCUAAACAAAUUUAGCUUAAUUAGGCAGUUUUAGUGUAUAGGCUCACUGCUCAAUUCUCUGCCAUUUAGGCGUUAACUCAUGUUUGUUUCUAUUUAUGCAGCCCUAGCCACAUCUCACUUGGCUGUGACUGACACAGCCUGCAUGAUUUCCCCUCCCCCUCCCCCGUUUUUAUUCAGAUGUUAACUUGCUUUAGAAAUGUUUUCCCUGCUCUGUAAAUAUAACUUCAAGAGCAGGAGAAUAUAAAUUAUAGAUUAACCAGAUCAUACAAUGUUCUUUUUUAGGAAGGCUGUGCAAGUCACAUGCAGGGUGGUGUGACUAGGGCUGUAUAAACCGUAUAAAAAGUGAUUUAGCUCCUAAAUGGCAUAAAAUAGAGCAGAGAGACUGCAGGUGCAUAAUCCAUACACCAAAACUGUUUCAUAAUGCAAAAGUUUUUAUUGGUACCUAUAGUAUCAUUUUAACCUUUGCAGUGCCAUGCAAAUGUGAGCAGUAUAGCACUGCUGGAGAAAACUUGCACUGCUAUGAAAUUUCUCUGCAGAUAUGAGCAUGCCCUAAGACUUUGUUAUCUAGAACAGGGAAGUGCAGUGGAACAAAUUCUUUAUUCACACCAAUAAAUCCUGAAAUAGUGUAUCUGGGUACACUUCUCUGGAAGAGAUGGCUCUGCUUUAAACAAAUAUCGAAGCAGACUAUCUUGCCUCCAAGUUGCAAACAGCUUACCAUAGUUUUCAUAUUUUUGUCCAGCAAUUCUAUAAUUUUAAUGUUUACAAAAAAAAGAAAGAAAUCAUCUGCCAAACAUACCUGAUGGACUCCUCUUGAAGAUGUAGAUUAUACGAACAUCCAUAACUCAAUACACAGUUUAACAUUUUUCUGAAAAGUUCUUUCAGGGAAGAUGGUAAAUUCUGCAGAAUAAUUUUGAAUUCAGUUCAUAACCUAACACUCCGCAAGUUUCUCAUUUGUAGAGCUGUUGAUUGCAUUAAUUGUAUAUUAAUACUGCACUGCGUGGAAUGCACUUUCAGUAUGUGUAACAAUUGUUCAUUUUUUUUUUAUUUUUUCUCCAAAGGACUCAGCUGAAAAAGUUUUUGGGGAAAUCUGUGAAAAGAGCCAAACAUUUAGCAGAGGAAUACGGGGAGAGAGCGGUCAACAAAGUAAAAAGCGUUCGCGAUGAAGGUCAGCCACCUUUUUAUAACGGUUGCUCAAUGGGCCAAAUCUACCAGGAAUUACAUCCCCCUCCCUUCACCCACGGCAUGCAUUAACAAAAAAAAAAAAAAAGUAAUAAUUUAAAACAAAAUUACAGCACUGUUAUUUAGCCUACACCUUCACAAACCCUGUCAGAGACAUGCAAGGGAGGGUUAUUACUGUAAAUGUCUUAUUUUCCAAGCACUCCAUGAUCAAAGCCCUGCACUGCUAAAUUCAUAAAGAAUGUGCUCUGAUGCUAUCAGUAUAUAUCCCAUGCUCCUCUCUGUGCCUGGAAAUACUUCCUCUCCCAGCAUGCCAAUCUGCCAUUCCUUUGAGCGUCAGUGCUCUUGCAAAUAAACCCGGCCCCCUCACUCUCUGUCUCUAUAUAUAUUUCUUGCGUAAUGUCCUUUGAGCAGGGCCAUCUUCACCUCUUGUCUUUUAAUUUUAUAUGUCAGAUGUCCCCAUUUUAUAAAGCUCUGCGGAAUAGGUUUGUAUUAUAUAAAUGCUAAUAGUUAACCUAUAUUAUAUCUACAGAGACUACACACAAACUUUAUUUUUCAUAUAAUCUACAGAGGCUCAUUGUACUCUGUAGGAAGCUAUAUGAAGUUUUCUAUACAUAUGAAGGUGUUUUAAUAAGCCUCACUUUCACCACAAGAUAACAGGAUCCUCCAUAGACUGUUUGUUUGUUUUUUUUCUCUUCAGCCAGUGGAACUUGACUGAGAGUUCCGCCUUUUGUCAAGUUUUGUCAGGCAUAGAUAACAUACUAAUGCAUAGUCUCCUUUUUGAUUAAUAGAAAAAACUAUUUUAAAAUAAUUUGGGGGGGAAAAAGUCAUUUUCGGCCAAGGGCAUCCUGAAUUUUCGUUUUCGGCUCAGAAUUUUCAUUUUGGUGCAUCCCUUCUUUUUAUACGUAGUUAACGGAUAUGGUUAUAAAAUAUGUUAUAGGUACAGGUGAAUCAUGUCUUUAGAUUCAAGGUAGUACUCUGGUACUAUUCCAUUCGUCAUUGCUCCACUUUAACAACUUUACACAAUAUUUCUGAACAUAUUACUUUGAUAUACAGGCACUCUUCAUUUACUGACACAGUUCUGUUCAUACUACUAGUUCUAUAAGCGAAUUGGUCGGUAAGGGAGGAUCCCUCAGAGCGGUGCGACAGUCAAGUCUCGCAUGUGCUAGAGAGCAGGUCUAUGUUCAGGUAAUUCCCUUUGACAUAGACCAGCUCUCUCGCAUGGGUGAAUCCCUCAAAUCUAUGUUCAAAGGAAUUCCCGAGGCUCAGAUUUGGGGGAUUUCCUGCAUUAGAGAGGUUGUAUGUCUGAGCAGUCUGUAAGCAGGUAAGUUGUGCAUUUCCCCAGUCUACAGAAAUGUCUGUUCAUUAUUUAUUUGUCUUGAAAUGUUGAGUGGGCUCAAAAUUACUUAAAUUACUUAAUUAAAUUACUUUAAUGGCCCUACAUUGACAGGUUUCCAAUGUACUGAAUGUACAACUUUACUUAUUCAGAUUGUGCUGAAGCAUCUGUACAAUCUUAUAAGCAAUAUUCUACUUCUUUUCUCCAGUUUUCCAUACUGACCCAGAUGACCCUUCCUCCAGUGAUGAUGAAGGAAUGCCUUAUACCAGGCCUGUGAAGUUUAAAGCUGCCCAUGGUUUCAAGGGACCAUACGACUUUGAGCAAAUCAAAGUGGUGCAGGAUCUAAGUGGAGAGCAUAUGGUAAUCUUUGAGUUUUACUUCGGUGUGUGUUCUCAGUUAGCAGGCUUAAAGUGCUAGCCUCUUUCCUAUCACAGCAGCAGUAUCUGACAACACUGAAUCCGCUCUCUUUUCUUGCUAGGGUGCUGUGUGGACAAUGAAAUUCUCCCACUGCGGACGAUUACUUGCCUCAGCUGGACAAGAUAACGUAGUCAGGAUAUGGGUUCUGAAAAAUGCCUUUGAUUAUUUUAAUAAUAUGCGAAUCAAAUAUAACACAGAAGGUACGUUCAGAUAUAUUUUGUUUUUCUAAUGCGCAGAUUUAUCUAAAUAUACGAUCAUAAUGCAGUUUGGGGGUUGUAAACAUAUUAAUCAUAAUGCUGUUUGGGGUUUGUAAACAUAUUAAUCAUAAUGCAGUUUGGGGGUUCUAAACUUGGGUAGAAUCUGAACAUACCUGGUCUGCCUGAGUUUAGUAGGAGCUGCACUCCUGAGCGGCAGGUAGAUUUAUUGACAUAAUGUUUCAUGGUGUUUCUGAGCUCUUAUUAAAUAGCAUAUUUAAUAAUAAAAAAUCACAAGCCACAUUGAAUUGGCAAUAUUUCACAGCGAAUUUGAGCUUAAUCAUACGCCUUUCAUUUUAUUUUUUUAUUUUUAUUUUUUACUUGCUCUCGUUUUUCUAAAAACUCUAUUCCAUAUACAGAAACAUAUGGCCAGACUAUGUGUAGCUAUAAAUACAUAUUUGGUUGCAUUUAUUAACUGAAUGGUCCCUUCAUCAAAGAAUGCAAUAAAAAGACUUCUCCUUUUCCAUGGAAAAUUGAUGGCAGUUAAGUGCCUUUAAAAUGGUCUCCUGAACAUCAGUUUAUUCUCAUUUAGCCAAAAGAUAGUACAUUUUGCUUGGAACUCUUGUAGAGUCUUCUAGAGACUAUUUAAUAUUUUUUCAACAAAAAACAUCCUGGGAUAUAUCUAUAAGUGAACCCCAAAAGGGUAUUCAUUUGCACCCCAAGAGCAGUGCUCCCAUCUAUUGGUUUUUCAGGUAUGUGGGAAAUUAUAGAGAGAUAUGGAGAUUUCAAUUGAUUUGUGCACAGUGUUUAAGGAUAUACCUUGUUUUGAACAAAGUUACAUUCCUAGAGUUCAGCUUUGCCCUCGCUAGAUAAAUUCACACAAACCUGCUGAAUUAGGGAAUUGUAUGUUCCAUCUGACAUAUUUCUAGGGCCUCAUGUAUUCAUUUGAAUCACUAAGCAUCCCAAAAUGUAUUUUAAAAAAAAAGAAGUUUGUGGACAUAUCUAUUUCUAUAUAUAGAAAAUUAUAUAUAUAUACACAUAUAUAUAUACACACACACACACACACACACACACACACACAUUAUAUAUCUAUAUAUAUAAAAUACCAGAGUAUUGCAGUAUGCAAUGAUACCUUUUUAUUGGACUAACAUAAUAUCUCAAAGACAAGCUUUCAAGAGUUUUCCUCUCUUCUUCAGGUCUGAAGCAAUACUGAUCAAUCUGAUAAGAGUUUAACCCUCAAAAACAACUGAUGUUAGAGAAGGGGGGAGGGGAUGAGGGGGGUGUAAUAAACAGCCGAAGAUGUUCCUGAAAGUGAAAGGUGUAGGAGAAUAGCCAGAAAAUGUAAAUGAGCAGAGUCAAUAAGCUAGUUGAAAAAAAAAAAGACACAAAAAACAACAAAACAGCAGAGCAGGGCAUGCAAGUAAAUAGCUGCAUAUAUGUAUGUAUAUAAAUUGAUCCAAUAAAGGUGAAGCGAGAAUAUUGAAAAAGAACUAUAUAAGACAUUAAGAUGUUUGUUUAUAGAAAGUUUUGGUAGUGUGUGAGAAAGCCAGACUGGUCGAUCCAUCCAAAACCUCAGGAUUAAAGUUCUUAAAGGGAAUUUCAAAGACUCUCAUGAACGAAAGACAUUUGAGAUGAAAAUGAUCACACAUUUCAUCACCAGAAAUAAAGGAUUAAUGUAGAUUCUGGCUUUCUCACACACUACCAAAACUUUCUAUAAACAAACAUCUUAAUGUCUUAUAUAGUUCGUUUUCAAUGUUCUCUCUUCACCUUUAUUGGAUCAAUUUAUAUACAUACAUAUAUGCAGCUAUUUACUUGCAUUCCCUGCUCUGCUGUUUGUUUGUUUUUUUUUUGUUGUUUUUUAGCUAGCUUAUUGACUCGCCUCUGUUUAUUUUUUCUUUCUAUUCUCAGCCAACCUGCGCCUUUCGCUACAGGCACAUCUUCUGCUAUUUAUGACACCCAACUCACCCCCCCUUCUCAAACAUCAGUUGUUUUAAGUGUUAAACACUAUCAGAUAUAUUAGUAUUGCUUCAGACCCGAGGAACAGAGGAAAACUCAUGAAAGUUUGUCUGUGGAUAGUUAAUGCAAUGUUAAACAAAAAUCUGCACCCCAGUCAAGCCAAACGACUUGCUUUUCCCACAGAAAUCAAAAAUCUGCAGUGAUGUUACUACUGCAAAGGAUUCUGGGUGGGCAUAUGCAAAUUAGUCUAACAAAGAAUCAAAUUUUUUCCUCAUUCCAUUUUAAACAUGGAUUCUAUAUAUAAUUUAUUUUUCUCCCAUAUUGCAUUGCUGACGAUGGUUUAUACCAUUUUAAAAUGUAGACUGUCUUGAGUAUGCAGUCCCCUUUAGAUGUAGAGAUGAGUAGCUGACUGUCCCUGUGUGUACCAAUCGUCCAUGGAUCAGUGUAAAACAUUUAUAGCACAAUGUAUAAUGUAUUAUUAAUUUGCUUUGUUUUUUUCUUUUCAGGACGUGUUUCUCCCUCUCCAUCUCAGGAAAGUCUUAAUUCUUCCAAAUCUGAUACAGACAGAGGAGGGGUAUGUAUUUAUUUGACAUAUUGUGCACAUGUUGUGUUUACAUUCACCAAAUAUUUGUGGGAUAUUGAUCAUACUUCAGACCUUAGAAUGUUUUAGAACCCUUGCCUUGGGUACUCCACCUAUGAGGAAGUGGAAGUCAUAUAGAAAAGUAUAGAGAUGGUCUAAUACGAGAACCGGUCUACAUGCAAAGAGGCAGUUGUGUUCCUAAAAUAAAUGUGGUUUGCUCAUAAACAGAGGUAGAGAGGAAGGUUCAAAUCACUUCCACUUCUUGAAGGACAAAUCUAGAGAAUCCAGGGGAAAUUUGGCAAGUAUUUGUCAUUUGUAUUUUAGAUGAUCUUUGCAUUCCAGUCUACAUCAUUUUUAUUAUUUCUUCUGACCACCUCUCUCCUCUUAACACCCAAAGUACUAGUCUAGGUCCAACACAGUUAUUUGUAAAUAAAGCAACUUUUCCUCAACUGGAUUUGAUCUUGCUGAAUCUCUUUGGGUAUAUGUGUCGAAGCCUGGAUAAAGUUUACAUUACACUACCUACCUUUGCUAAUACUACUUAUCACGCAAGCAUAUAUUAUUCGCAAAUGUAUGUAUUGAAAGAUAUAAAGCCUUUUAUUACAUCAUCUUUACUACUGUGCUGGAGAAAUAUGUUGUGCUCAUUAUACCCCAUUUGCAGUAGCUACAUCUAUUAUGGUUAUAUGUACCUUUUCUAAACAAUUUAUUGACACAGUGUGAGGAUUAAAAUGUGAACUCUGUACAAAGCUGUCCUGUGGAUGGCAUCUCCACUUUAAAUGUAUAUAAUAGAUUUAAUGGAAAUUUAUCUCUUUGUAGUCUAACAGUGGAGCGGACGAGUCAGACACGGAUGAUAAAAAUGCACCAUUUCGCCAGGUUCCGUUUUGUAAAUAUAAAGGACACACAGCUGAUCUUCUUGACCUAUCCUGGUCCAAAGUGAGUAAGCAAACCAACUUGUAAAAGGGCCAGGCACACCAUUAUUUUCAGUUCAGUCUUUUAUGACAGACAGCCACUAAAACUAAAGACAUGAGUUUGAUAGAACUUAAUAGGAAUAUCCAGAUAUUUUAGAAUACUAGCAGAUCCAUAGCUUUUUAAAAAAUAGAAUAUUAUUUUUCAGUUUACUUUUAAAAUGCCAGUGCUUUAUUUUGCUUAUUAAAUGUUUGGGAGCCUCUUGUAUCUUUGCAGUAUGCUUUUUGCAAGUUACAGCUCAGUUAAUUCUUUUGAAUGUAUACGAUAUUGGCGGUGCCGUGGGUAUGCAAGAUGCUCCUAUUUAUUUCUAUGAGAUCAUCUUUGUAAAUGAGGGAUUACACAGGCACAGUGCGGCUUCUGUGGGUUUUAAUGGGAAACAGGAGACCAUUCUGGAAAAAUCAUGCAAAAGAGAGAGAUUUUAUUUUUAAUAUUUUCCAAAAAGUCAUAUGUAAUGCUUUAUCAAUGUAAAACAAAUGGGUACUGAAAUCCACCUGGAGUGUCCCAUUAAGCAGAACAUGCACAUAGUGCAAGACCCCACACCCUGCAUGUGUGGUUGGUUUGAUUUACGAACAUCUCUAUUCAAUGUCCACCUGUUAAUUCUGCAUGCACACCUUCACCAAGCCUAUACUUUGCAAUAAAUACUAGCUGAUAGCAGAUUUGCUUACUACUAUCUGAGAUGUCUAACUGACCCAGAAAAGGUUUUAAGACCAACAUCUCCAAAAUGUAUACAGAGCUGCAGGUAAUUUAUUGGGGGGGAUUUGUAGGAGAUCACAAAAUGCCAGAAUUCUCUUGUAACACUUCUCUAAAAAACAUUAAUUUUAGAUCUUCCCUCUAGCAUUAAUGUUAAAUCAGGUUCCUCACAAACAGCAGUCUGAAUACUGUUAGCAUCUUCAGUGGAUGUUUUGUGGCCAAUCUCCAGUCAGUCACUCCCUGUGAUCACACACAUGCCAGUAAAUAGUGUAUAAUAAAUAUAUGCUGCCCAGUACAUCAUUUACAGAAUAAAAGCAGAGACCAGUCUGUGUCCUGAUUAGAAUGCAGCAAACAGUGAGUCUUGUUAUUCAUUUCUUAUAAAGUGGCUUCUUCUUUUAGCCCUUGAUUAUAUAGGAGAGCCAUAAACUAUGUUUUAAAUUACAGAUCUUGCAUAGCUGGGCUUUCAUCCAUGAUUAUAACUUUGCAGGAAUCAAUCAUUAGGUUGGCCAGAAAGCAUCUGUGUUGCCAGGAAGAGCGCAAUUUUUUAUUUCUGCGUUCUAACAAUAAUCACCUCCUUUAUCCCACAGAACUACUUCUUGCUCUCUUCAUCUAUGGACAAGACAGUCCGUCUCUGGCACAUUUCCCGGAGGGAGUGCCUUUGUUGCUUCCAGCAUAUUGAUUUUGUUACUGCAAUAGCUUUCCAUCCAAGGGUGAGUGAAUUUUAAGUAUAUGUCAUGAUGAUAUAUGUGUCUGCUUACAUUAAAUGUGUUUGUGAUUUUGACUCGUAUCCAUUCUUCCCCAAGCGCUGUAAGGCAUUUUGUAUUUGGGCUCACAAAACUUAUUUAUUCACUAAAGUGUGGAUUUCACUAUGGUUUGACGAUAUUGGCCUUAAAACUUGAAAUCCACUUUGAAUUCCUGUUAAUUCACAAUUUGUCUCGUGCCUUCUCUAACACACAUCUUUAGCUGGACUAACCUGCUUCCAUGCCAUGGAUAAGGAAUAUGCUGUGUGUUGUUAAGGUGUACACUGCAUCUUUGUGUUGAUGUUUGGAUUUUGCGUCAUUCUUCAAUGUAGGACGACCGGUACUUCUUGAGUGGCUCUCUGGAUGGUAAACUUAGACUCUGGAACAUUCCUGACAAGAAAGUCGCCUUGUGGAAUGAGAUUGAUGGACAAACAAAGCUUAUAACGGCAGCAAAUUUCUGUCAGAACGGCAAACACGCAGUGAUCGGCACGUAUGAUGGGAGGUGCAUCUUCUAUGACACAGAGGUAAAAAUCCUGUAUUUUAUGCUACAGCUUGUUUUCUCCUACAUAUAGUAAGGAGUAGUAGUGGAAUUUCAUUGAACUGACAAGUCAUCAUUGUUUCAGUACACACAUUAAUGGUCAAUAUAAAUAUUUUAUACUAUAUAAAAAUGACUUAGUUAUAAAGUUAUACAUUUAUUUGACUAAUAGUAAAAUCGCUAACUCUUGAUACUUUAAAUGUUUGCGAACUACCAAUCCUACAGUGCUCUGUCAACAAUAUUUAGCAGAUAUCUACAUAUAUCUUGCCAUUUAAAUGCUGGUAAUGCAACUAGGCAAAUGGUAGUUCUACAACAUUUGGGGAUCUGCCAAUUCCUCAACUAAAUUUUACUUUCUUAAAAACCAAAUGGUGUGUAUUCAGCUGCAUGAUAUUGGCCCCAUUCAGUUAUUAACCCCUUCCCAACCGCAGAUGGAAAUUUUCCGCCAACCAUGUCCUUCAGUUAAGGACCGUUGAUGGAAAAUUUCCGUCAUUUACUAAAGUUAACCCCAGAUCGCCGCGAUCGCUGGGUUAACAGUGCUCCAGUCUGCCUCUAUAUUAUAUUAUAUAUAUUAGAGGCAGACCGGGAGCACCCGAUCGGGCUGCCCCAGCACCGGUGCUCAUUCUGACAGGCUGUCAGAGCGAGCACAUGUGCUCAGUGUACUUACUUUCCGCCUCCCUGCACUUCCGGGUUCUGUGUGAAGUGCAGGGAGACGGAUCAGUGCUGCUGAUCUUAUCCCUGUGUAAAAAAAUUUAAAUAAAGUUAAAUCCCACCCCCCCUUUCCACUGCUUUAAUAAAAUUAACCCCUUCUCUGCCAGUUGAUCACUGACGACAUAGCUGAGCAACAUAUGAAGUAGUAUACAGUCGUAGUACACAUACGAUUUGCAAAAUAUACUGCGCAAACUCGCUUUGUGUGUCAAAAAGGCAGAAAAAAUGCUUAUUACCACUACACUUGGUACAAGCUAGCGGAAAAAUGAUCCCACGCUAACGUUCAAAAUAUACCUUUUGAAAUACCCUGGGAUGUGUUCUUUAAGAAAUGGUAUGCCUUUAUGGUGUAGUUGUAAUAUGUAGCCUGCUCAAGUGCUUCAAAGUGGGACACGGAUGCAUCAAAACCCUCCAUGAAAAUUCACACUUAAAAACCUUAACUUGUCACGUCUCUUUUACAGCAGUGUAACUUCACAAAAUAGUGUCUAGGUCAUACAUUGGGCAUAUUGUUUUACUCAGAAGACUUAGCUGAGCAUAAUCUGGGGGGUUUGAACUUAGUGGCACAUAUGAAAUGUACAAAAUGCCCAGCAAAAAUUUAAUCCGUAUGUAAAAAAUGCCCAAAAUUAUUUUUUACCACAUACUUUGGCAUAUAUUGGUGAAAUAAUGGGGACAUGUUAAGGCAUAAUAUGCACCAUAUGAGAUACACUGGAGUGUCUACUUUUACAAAUGGUAGGCCUUUGUGGUUUUUUUUUUGAAUAGUCAAACUGCUAUAAUACCCCAAAUUGAAGCAUAGGCCAAUUAAAUCCGCCUCUCAAAAUUCUACUGUAAAUGUUGAAACGGACAGGUCUCCUAUAUGGCACUGUAGCUUCACGAAAUAGUGUUAAAGACAUACAAUGGGGGUAUCAUUGUAUUCAGCAGAAGUAACUGAACACAAAAUAAAACUUUGUUCAGGAAUAGCACAAACCAACUUUACAAAAUACACAUGAGUAGUUCUUUGUUAUAAGUUUGUGUGCCAAAAACCCCAAAAAACUAAAUUUUACUCCAAUAUUUAGCAGAGAUUGGCGGUGAAAUGGCUACAUAGAAAGUGUCAAAACAACCUUAGGACAAUAGCCUGUGAUGUCUACUUUAUAUAAAUAUAUACUUUUGUAUGGCAAUUUUGUUUUUAUUUUGUGACUAUUAAGCUUACAAGACAAACAUACCAAAUUCUAAAAUCGCUCCACAUUAAAAGUUUAUUUUACUCCUUGUGCUUUGUGACCUGUAACUACCAAAAAAAAACCUUAAAAUCCCAGACACAUUGUAUAUUCUGUACAUCAGAACAACUAAAUGAAUUUAUUUUUAAUUACUUUCUUUAACCUGCACUAAUUAGGCACACAUUAUUAUUGCAAAAACUGUACAAAAAAACAAUUUUUCUUUUUUUUUUUUUGCAUUUUUCUUUUCUUUUUUUAUAAUAAAUAAGCGCAUAUAUAUAUAUAUAUAUAUAUAUAUAUAUAUAUAUAUAUUCAAUAUUCCUAUAAACCCACCUUUGACCUCUGCAACCAAUAAACUACUUUCAAUUACUUCCUCCCUCGGGCUAUCACAGUGGGCAAAUUCUCCCACCCAUGUAGCUGGCAAUACCCUUGACCUAAUCUUCACUUAUGCAUGUACUGUAUCUAAUAUCUGCAACACUCCGUAUCCACUCUCUGAUCACCACCUCUUAUCGUUUGCUCUCACGUACCCCCUCACCCAACAACCUCCGCCUAACCAGCCUCAACUCAGGAGGGACCUUAAUUCUCUUGAUCUCCAACAGUUGUCAGCUGACAUUGAUUCACAACUGCUGUCCAUCCCUUCCCUCUCCUGUCCUUCACUGGCCAUCUCCAUAUAUAACUCUACUCUUACAUCUGCCUUGAACACUGCAGCGCCACUCCAAACAAGCACCUCAAGGAGGACCCACCCCCAACCAUGGUAUACUAAAUCAACGCGCUACCUGCAAAGAUGCUCCCGUUGUGCUGAACGCUCCUGGAGGAAGUCUCGCACCCAGUCAGACUUUCUCCAUUAUAGAUUCAUAUUGUGUUCAUACAGUGCAGCCCUUGCCCAUGCCUUUCCUACCCUUCGGACAUUCUCCCCAGCCACUGACCAAGAGGUGGCUGCUCUUCUUUGCUCCUCUCGCCCCACCACUUGCCCGCUCGAUCCUGUCCCAUCUCACCUUAUCAGAUCUCUCUCCACUUGUCUCGUGCCUUCUCUAACACACAUCUUCAACUGCUCGCUCUCUUCUGGCAUCGUCCCUGCUGACCUUAAACAUGCCACUGUAGUACCUAUACUAAAAAAACCAUCCCUCGACCCGUCCACCCCCUCUAACUACCGUCCCAUAUCCCUGCUCCCUUUUUCCUCAAAGCUUCUGGAAAGACUUGUCUUUACCCGUGUGUCUCAUUUCCUCAAUUCCAACUCUCUCCUUGACCCCCUUCAAUCUGGCUUCCGCCCUCUCCACUCUACAGAGACUGCCCUUAUCAAAGUUACUAAUGACCUAAUCGCAGCUAAAUCCAAAGGCCACUACUCCAUACUAAUUCUUCUUGACCUCUCAGCGGCCUUUGACACCGUUGAUCAUGCUCUCCUUCUUCAAACUCUGCAAUCGCUUGGUCUCUGUGACUCUGUCCUCUCAUGGUUUUCCUCUUAUCUCUCCCAACGCUCAUUCAGUGUCUCUUUUUCUAAUGAUACAUCCUCCCCUCGCCCUGUCUCGGUUGGAGUCCCCCAAGACUCCGUCCUUGGUCCCCUUCUAUUUUCUCUUUAUACUGCCUCUCUUGGCAAACUUAUUACCUCAUUUGGAUUCCACUACCACCUGUACGCUGAUGACACCCAGCUAUAUCUCUCCUCCCCAGACCUCUCCCCUGCUGUCCUGCAACGUGUCACUGCUUGCCUUUCUUCCAUCUCUGACUGGAUGUCCUCCCGCUUUCUGAAACUCAAUCUCUCAAAAACUGAGCUCCUUGUCUUUCCUCCUCCUAAUACUGAUCCUCCUCUUUCGCUCUCCCUUCAAGUCUGUGGUACCAACAUCAGCCCAUCCUUGCAAGCGCGCUGUCUUGGCGUCAUACUUGACUCUGGUCUCCCCUUUGAGCCUCGCAUCCAGCAUGUCGCCAAAUCCUGUAGAUUCCAUCUUAAAAACAUAGCCUGCAUCCGCCCCUUUCUUGCACCAGAUACUACCAAGGAGCUUGUCCAUGCUCUAGUAAUUUCCUGCAUGGAUUAUUGUAACCCUCUCCUGCUUGGUCUUCCCAAAAGCCGUACUGCACCCCUACAGUCUGUAAUGAACGCUGCUGCUAGACUGAUUUUCCUCUCUAGUCGGUUCUCUCACACCUCACCCCUCUGCCAGUCCUUACAUUGGCUUCCUGUGUGCUAUAGGAGUCAAUUCAAGGCACUAACUCACACCUAUAAAGCACUGAACAACUCUAGCCCCUCUUAUAUCUCCUCACAGAUCCAUAGGUAUGUCCCUUCUCGGUCUCUCCGCUCUGCCCGUGACCAACUCCUGUCCGUUGUCCGCACCCGUACGGCCAACUCGCGUUUGCAGGACUUCUCGCGGGCGGCUCCCUUCCUAUGGAAUAGCCUGCCUCCCGCCAUCAGACUCUCCCCUAGUCUUGCAUCUUUUAAGAAGCGCCUUAAAACCCAUCUCUUUAGGAAAGCUUAUGGCCUCCAAGACUAACCCCUACCUCACAUACCGGUCUCUUGCCCUCUCCUAAAGGGCAGCCCACCUUAUCUGAUUGAAAAUUCCUGUCCUAAUGUGUUUUACACCCCACCUCCUAUAGAAUGUAAGCUCGAUUGAGCAGUGUCCUCUUCAACCUAUUGUUCCUGUAAGUUUAUUUGUAAUUGUCCUAUUUAUAGUUAAAUCCCCUCUCAUAAUAUUGUAAAGUGCUAUGGAAUCUGUUGGCGCUAUAUAAAUGGCAAUAAUAAUAAUAAUAAUAUAUAUGUUACAUCAAAUUAAAGCCCUUUCUGUCCUUUAAAAAAACAGUAUAUAAUAUGUAUCGGUGCAAUAAACGAGAGAGAUGCAAAUUGCAGUUGAAUGCAUACAGCAAGAAAAUGCAAAAAUUGCUUGUGUCAUUAAGCGUAAGACAAGCUUCUGAAGCUGUGUCCUUAAGGGGUUAAACUGGUCCUUUCAGUUUCAUUUGGGGGGGCUUAAUAAACAUACUCAGGAUUAGGAAUAUAAUGGCCAGUGGUGAGUCAAAAGCCUUCUCACUAAAUUCAAUCACCGUGUUACAGCAGGUACUUUUUGGCUCUUUUAGCACCAGACUAUUUUUGGGGGAAAGUAUAAAUCAUAUACAUUUUUUUAUUUUUUUUAUUAUUUGCAGGCAUAUCAACUGUGCGUAUUUUGACCAAAACGGAAAUAAAAUAAAAUGACUGUCGAAUUCAAAAUGUUUGAGGUCAUAUAAUUUCUAUAAACUUAUAUUUGUAUUUGCUAUUAAAUUCUAAUAAUACUACAGUUACUGCACUGAGAUAUGUUGUAUUUAAUGUGGAAUGUAUUGGACUUCAGAAAUGAAGUGUUCUAAGGAAAGUCUCCCUUAUUCUUCUAGCAUUUGAAAUACCACACGCAAAUUCACGUCCGUUCCACAAGAGGGCGAAACAGAGUAGGAAGAAAAAUCACUGGGAUUGAGCCAUUGCCAGGAGAGAACAAGGUAUGCUCGGGUUUUAUUUAUUUUUUAUUUAUUUUUUAUUUUCACUUGUGACAUGUCUAAUGAAAUAUUCUUUAUUUUUUAUUUUUCUCCUAGAUCCUUGUUACCUCUAAUGACUCUAGAAUAAGACUUUAUGACUUAAGAGAUUUGUCUUUAUCUAUGAAAUACAAAGGCUGUGUCAAUAGCAGCAGCCAAAUAAAGGCGAGCUUCAGGUAUAGCAGAAUUGUAGCCUAUGGAAUCAAAUUAUGGCAAAACUCUAGCUGUUGAUUAAUCCGUUUUUGUUUUGCUCUUUUAUUUUCUAGUCAUGAUUUUACAUAUAUUGUAAGUGGGUCAGAAGACAAAUAUGUCUAUAUCUGGAGCACAUACCAUGACCUGAGCAAGUUCACAUCAGUGAGGAGAGACCGCAAUGACUUCUGGGAAGGAAUUAAAGGUAUGUCCUUGGGUCCAUGUAUGCAAUCCUCUUCAAUGUUAAAACUGUUUCAUUUUGAAUGUAAAAUAAUUUUUUGGGCUCAUCGUUUCCUAAUAGUUGUUCAUUCAGAAUCACUUUCUUCAGCAGUCUGUGUGGUUAGUACAAUGCAAACCUCUCUAUUGCUUUUCUAUUUAGCACACAAUGCAGUUGUCACAUCCGCUAUCUUUGCACCAAACCCCAGCCUGAUGGUGUCACCAGAUACAACAUCUGAAAUACAAGAAUCUGAAAAUAAGGGGGAACAGGCAGACACUGACAACAUACCAUCUGGUGAGUCUUUUCCAUUGUGCCUAUCUAACAAACAGCAAACACACUAAGAGAAACAAACACACUAAGAGUGGAGAUGUGUGUUAGUGUUCCUUAAUAUUACAUGUAAUGUUUGGUUGGUCUGCUAUGCUUAUCUGAAAUUGAACAUUAUGAUAAGCUAAUAACUAUUUAUAAAAUCCUGAAAGGGACACUCAAAGCACCUAAACAUAAGCUCAUUGCAUGCAUUAUGUUGCAUUAAGUAUGCUACGAAUGUAGUUGCUUAUGAUGGCAAUAUAGUUCAGAGGUCUGUACGGUUCUAAUCCUGCCCACCUUAUCUACUUCUGAUACCAAACGAGGAAUCUACGCUUCCUUUGAUGUACAAAUAUUUGUAUGGAAUGCACUCAUGUAUAUAUCAUACUAAUUUCUACCUACCCCAGGCUGUGGUUGUGCACAUGCGCAGUCAGUAAAAUUGUGAGCAUGAAGUUGCCUGUCCCUCUUGGCUUACAACUCCCAUCAGUGAGAAUCUGGCAGAGUUUAAAAUUUACAACUGAUGUAAUGUGAUAGUGAGACAGCCACUUGCUGAAUCCUUUAUGUGGAAUAUAAUGCCAAUCAACAUCAUUUAGUGGUUGGCUGAGCCUGGUCAACAUAUUUAGCAAAUGUAUAGCUUCAUAUAGAAAGCCACCAUUUUAAUGGGCACAAUAAAAUCAAUGUUUAAAAACCGCACCUGAACUAAUGCAGCCUUAGUGUAUGGAAUUUGUUUUAACUGCAUCCUGAAAUCUCAGAAUCUCCCAUCUCUGAGUAUAUCUGGAAUAAAGAUUUCUCAUCAAUGCUUCUUUAUGAAAAGGACUUGUUUGAACAAUAUGCAGGAAGUAAGUACUGGGCAAGGAGGUGGAUCUUAAUUAGCGGAAACAUCUGUGCAAUUUUCAGCAAAUACAUUUUCUUUCUAUAUUAUUUAUCAACGGUUAUAUGGUUUGAAAAUGUGUGUGCAAUUUUGAACUUGGUUUCCAUUUGAAUCCCAGAAUACGCACUAAAUCGUGUUAUAAUAGAGCUGGCUGCUGUAUAUUUACUUAGGUAGCGCAUACACCUAUCAAACUGCAGCAGGUUCUUCUAGUUCUGACUGAUUAUUCUACAGCUAUUACUCAAGGAUCAUAUCUCUAGAUCACUCUGAUCUCCAAGCCAUUAACGCCUAUGUUGUUCUUUCACAAAACCACAUUUUCUCUUAUUUGUAGCAUGCUCUCUCACUUUUUUUUUUUUUUUACAAUAAAAUAUAUAAGCAAACACAAGUAUUAGCAAAUUAGUCUUUCUACAAAAAGUUAUUUAGUGAAAAUUUUGUAAUUAUUUAAAAUGUUUUUGUCUUUCAAGGUGCUUUGAAGUCUGAUCAUACGGAAGUGCUUCUAUCUGCCGAUUUCACCGGGGCAAUCAAAGUAUUCAUUAAUAAGAAGAAGAAUGUUUCUUAAAUCUGAAACUCGUAGAAUUUGCUCUGGAUACUAAUAGGAUGUUUUUACAGCAAACAAUAUCAUUAUAAGACCAGUUAAACAGAUAUUGACAUUCUCGUAAAUCUUUGCACUGAGGUGGGCGAGGUGUGAGCCCACACUAAAAUUAUUGGGGUAUUGCCUUGUCUUGUGAGAGCAGUUUUUGCAGUUUCUUGGAUGUCUGUAGUGUCCAGUCUUAGGCAAUCUUAAAGGGCACCUGUUUAUACAUAAAUUACAUGGAAACAUAUACAAAGUUUCAUCUACACAUUGUGCAAGGCAUAUUGCUGGCAGAAUCAUAGACCACAUUUUCUUAAAAUAUUAAUAAAUACCAAGGAUAAGGGUUAUACAGUCAUCAGCACAUGAACUAUGGCUGUUCCAGUCUGUGAAAUGCAAGACAACAACAUCAUAGUAUCUGGGAUUAAGAUGCAAGUGGGAACUUUCACAGUAAAACAAGCACUAGGAAACUGUAUAUUAGGAGCAAAACAAAAAAAUUAACAAUUUCAGCCCCGUAACACUCACGUCCACCUUUUUACAUUUUACAUUGGUCUCUGGCUUUCAGAUCACCAGACUGGAGGUUCAGGGUGACUGCAUGAAAUCAUGUGCCAUCCACUGAAAAAGCAGCAGUUGUAAAGUCAGUGGCCAAAUCCUUUAUGUAGAUUUCAUCACAAGAAUGGAUCUAGUUAGAGUGCCUUCUGGUGACUACAUGUAAAAUUCUGGCCUCUCACUUCAGGAAACAUUGAGUAACAUUUACUGACUGAAGCCGCCUACAUAAGUCACACUAAUGCAUUGAGUCUCUCUUUAUAGAGAUAAAAAGUGUGUAUCCUUAAAAGGACACUAUAGUCCUCAAAACAACUUUAGCUUAAUGAAGCAGUUUUGGUGUUAUAGAUCAUGCCCCUGCUGUCUCAGUGCUGAAUUGUCUGCCAUUUAGGAGUAAAAUCACUUUUUGUGCAACUCCUGCAUGUGACUUACACAGCCUUUCUUUAAAGAGUCAUCUAAUGUUUAAACUUUCUUUAUUGCAAAUUUCGUUUUAUUUAGAAUUUCUUAUCUUCUGCACUCUUGAUAGCUUGCUAGGCCCUGCAGGAGCCUUCUGUAUGUUAUUUAAGUUUAAUUUACGGAGCAGGAGAUAAAAAGGUUUAAAGUAAGUUAACAUCUGAUUGAAAAUGAAAUUAUUUUGUUUUCAUUCAGACUGUGACAAUCACAGCCAAGGGAGGUGUGGCUAGGGCUGCAUAAACCGAAACAAAAGUGAAUUAACUACUAAAUGACAGUGAAUUGAGCAGUGAGACUGACAUGGUCUAUACACAAAAACUGCUUCAUUAAGCUAAAUUUGUUUUAGUGACUAUAGGGUCCCUUUAAAGGUUCAUGCCAUAUUAUCAGCAAGUCGUCAAGUGUGAUUUUACAAGAAAAGUUAAAAUAAUGCAUCUAUUAUCAUUUCCAUGCUCCCAAUUUCAGUAGCACAAUGUAUAGGUUUGAUUUUAAAAUUAUCUAAUGAAGACCUUAAAAUCCUUUGGCAUAACGGGCCCCUGUUAAAAACAGGCAUGUCCAUGAACCUAUCCAAUUUCAAUUACCCCAUGUGUAAUUACUCUGUCAAUGUCUGCCUUUAGCAAAAUGAUGCCUCAAAUUGCCAGCCACUCUUCUAACCCACCCCAAAAUAUUCCUUAAAUGACUGGAUUUGAACCAGCAUUGCCAUGUCAUUGCAGUUUGGAUUUCAUUCUCCUGCUUUACAAACAGCCAUGGGGUGACAGUGUUAAAGUGAACGAAUCGCUUUCAUAAAUCCUGUUCUUGAAUUAGUUACCGUCCGUUAGUAGAAAUGAUCAUAAAAUGCAUUUUGAGACCAUAUUCAUACUGAAGGAAAACAUGUUAGACAUAGUGUACCAUGUCAUAGAAAGGGGCAUAGAAAAGUCACAUGCUGCCCUUGAAUGAAAAGUAAAUUUUUAUUUAUGAUUUUAAGUGAAAGGGGUGGUAUUUGUGGCUGCAUAGCAUGAGCUGUGUGUCAUCUUUUUCUCAUUUUUAUUUUUCAUUUUUCAUUCUGUGAAGAAUGUCUCAUGUCAUACGUUAGUUGUCAUGCUUGUGUCCAUGAUCAAUAAUACUUUCUGUAGAUCAAAACCGCAGUGGUUGACACUGACAGAUCACAACCUAGAGGUUUUCUGGCAAAGCCACAUUCCAUAGGGAUUUUUUUUUCUUCUGAUUCAUUAUCCGUUUAUAAAAAAAAAAUAAAAAAUUAAAAGUGGAUAGGGUGCUAUAUUGCGCUUCAUCCUGAAGUGUCCCUUUAAUUUGCUGUAAGUCUAAAUGUAUUUUUAACAUUGUGCUUUGAUCUGAUAUGUCAGAAUAAAGCAAUACUUGCAAACUAUAUUAGCAUAUUGAACAUUAUGCUUUCUCUUCCUUCUGAAUUAGUGAUGACCUAUUUGGAUUACACACAACUUAAAGUGGUUUUCUUCAGUGUGGAUGGCAAAGGUAUCUCGCUAAUGCUAUACAUGAUUGUCAUCUCUGUUCAUUAUAGAAGUAUGAAUGUGAUGAAUUCACUUUAACAUGCCAUCACCAAAGAACUGUACAAUGCAGCUUGGCUUACAUCAAAUGCUGAUAACAUUCCUGCAGAGGUUUAAGGGAGCUAACUGAAUUGGUUUCAGUAUUAAAACAUUCAGAUUUAACCUUUUUAGCAAACAGAAAGUGACCCUUAUUUUGAGUUUGUCAUUAAGCAUCAAAAUAAUUAACGGUUUUAAUCCUUUUUUACUCUGUGUCUGUUGACCUUCUCCUCAGAAAGCCAUACAUUGUUGGAAAGUUUUUUUUGUUGCUCAAUACAUGUGUGUGUUUAGAUUAAGGGUGUACAAGGCAGUGGGGCACUAUCUGGGCAUGUUUUUCAAAGACUUCUUUUAAUUCUCUCUUUGAGUAAGUAGGAAGAUAUAGAGGCAAGGCCCUUGGCCUCGUUCAUUGUGAUUCUUGCUACUCAGAUCUCUUGUCUGUUCCCUCUUGGCUUGCUCUCUACUCUGUUACAAAGAUAUGAUGUCAUACUAAGGUACCAUUUCUGCAAUACAGAGCAUCAAAGAGGGAAUAAAUAGGAAGGUGUGUAUUGCUUGAUUCACAGAAUCCCUGUAACCUGAGCUAAAUACACCAGUGAUAGAUUUUGUUGCCAGAGGUGCAGAACUCCAGGGCCACUACCUCUUGGUAGUCCAAUUGUAAAUGCCCUAACUUCAAUUCCAAUUGUUAUGCCACAUGCUUUAUGUACUAAACAGUGGGCGGUGGUGACGUUGCAGCCAGACUUCACAGUUAAGGCACUAUUAGUUUGGUGGUGGUGGGGGGGUUGAACAACUUUAAGUCAGCUGAGAAUUUGUUUCCCAUCCGAUCUGCAAGCUCAACCUAUGUUUUGCAAUUUGGCUGUAGACUCAAAAUAAUGCCCUCUUAAAUAAGCCUCUGUUAAACAGAUUAUUUAUUCAUGAUUUCUGCUUUGCCAGUGAUUAUGUGCAGCAAAAUGCAUUACAGGAAGUAGCAUAAGGCAAAAACAUUUAUUUUUUUAGGACAAUACUGAAGCAAUAGUAACAUUCUUAAAAUGCUUUGAAGCCAUGUACAAAGGGAGAGAUCUGCUGCUAUAAUAUUUUGCUUUUUAAUGGAGAAUAAUGUCAACACUCUUUUAUGGGGGGGGAAGAAAUGUACGCAGACAAAAUAGUUUUUAUUAACAGAAUGUAUUAUUUUGUUCUGCGUAAUCCUUACCUUGUAGAAGUUAUAUCGUCCCAUGCUACAAAAGUGUGAAAUUUGCAAAUGUCUUCAAAACCGCUCAGGCUAUUAAUAUAACACAUUGUAUCCAUGCAGAUUAAGCUGGCCUCCAUUGAUUCACUCAUUAGCUUCAUAUGUUAAGACCGAAAACGUUGGCAUUUGACAUACAAUCAUGUCCUUCAAGACAAGUAUUGGGCAAAUGCUUGGUUAGAAGUAGGUCUUGACUUGGCCAGAAACAGUUGAUAACUUUUUGGCAAAACAUUUCAUUGUGUCCCAUCACAGAAUGGACAAAGGGCCCUUUUUAUUAAAGGUGCCAAUAACAUUGCUGAUCAUUAAAAUUAUAAAUCAAGUGCACCAUUUACAAGUUAGCCUUAUUUAUUAGAUAUUGCCCUAAAUGAGAACGUUGAUGCUGAUCUUUCUACGUGAAUGAAAAGCUAUAUAUAUAUUUUUUAUUUUAUUUUUUAUUUUGCACAAAUUACAUUUUUUUUUUUUUUUUUCCAGAUUCUCUAUAUUGGUGGUAACUAUUGUUAGAAUAAAUUAUAUAUGUUUCUUAUGGGUCAAAACAUUGUACAAAAACCGUGAAAUUUUCUGGGAUUUGCUUGCUGCCAUUUGCUUCUAUCUUCUGUUGUGAAGUUUUUUUUUUUUUCACUGAUUUUUGUUCACUGGCUUUGCACACUAGGGCACAAUAUUUCUGUGUAAAGAGAGAGAAAAAAAAAUCUCAUUCCUUCUGUUAACACAUUAGAGAGAUGAAAGCAUUUUGGCUAUUCUAAGCAUUUUUUUUUUUCUUGUGUUUUAUUUUUUUAUUUUUUGUUUCAUCUGGAUGUGUUUAAAAAAACAAAAAAAAAAGAUAAAACUUGUUUACAUUUUUUAACUCUAGUAGGUUAAAGAAAGGGUGUUUUUUUUGUUUUUUUUCCUAGUUUUGUUUUCUUUAGAUAUUAUGGAUAAAGAAAUGUAUGUAAAUAUGCUCACUAUAUGCCAAUGAAGUAACGUUCUCAGCUGUUUACCCAGGAAAUGUUAUUGAUGGUUAAUAGUGUUAAAAAAAAAAAAAUUAUCAUUAAAAGCUGAUCACAGAAAA